AUGACAAGGAGGUCCAAAAGCCGUACGCCCAGGACUGAGGUGGGCACCCGGUCGGACUUGCCUCAUCCCUCACCCUUGCGACCCAAAGCCUUGCUGCUGUUCCCAGAGGCUGUCGGCUACCAUCCCAGCCUUUACAAGGAGGACCCUGGAACCAUCCGCCAAGUCACCUGCAAACAAGGCUACCUGGCUAUAGUGAAGACGGACAGGACCGUCAUCGUUUAUGACAGGGCAGAGGACGGAGGAUGCCAGGGGGGUCUCAGUGAGUAGCUCAUGACGUUUGGGAAAGUUGCUUUUCACAAAAUAAUAAUACUACUAAUAAUAAUUUAUUAUUUGUACCCCGCCCAUCUGGCUGGGCUUCCCCAGCCACUCUGGGCGGCUUCCAACAAAGAUUAAAAAUACAUUUUAAAAAUGUGUGCAUUAGGCGGAAUUGCAUGUACGUGUACAUUUCGUACUAAAAUGCUGGUGAAUUUCCGUGAGGAUUUUUAAAAUAAGAAAUUGCAGACUUAUGUGGAGAUUUAAGACUGGAAAAGUGUGUGUGGGGGGGGGGAGAUGAUAAACUGGCAGAUUCUCUAAUUGCUAAGGUGCUCUCUGCACUAUGCAUUUAAAAGCACAUUUAUACCACAACUUUCCCCCAAACAAUGCUGAGGACUGUAGUUUAAGACCGCUGCAAGUUGAUAGGAGACCCCCUCCACUUGGAGCUAUAAUUCCCAGCACAGUUAACAAACUACGGUUCCCAGGAUUCUAUGCGGGAAAGCUAUGACCGUUAAAGUGAUAUAAAAGUGUUUUAAAUGUAUGUUGAAGGAUGUGACAUCUCUUGAGCCAGUGUGGUAUAGUGGUUAAGAGCGGUAGUCUCGUAAUCUGGGGAACCGGGUUCGCGUCUCCGCUCCUCCACAUGCAGCUGCUGGGUGACCUUGGGCUAGUCACACUUCUCUGAAGUCUCUCAGCCCCACCCACCUCACAGAGUGUUUGUUGUGGGGGAGGAAGGGAAAGGAGAAUGUUAGCCACUUUGAGACUCCUUCAGAUGGUGAUAAAGCGGGAUAUCAAAUCCAAACUCUUCUUCUUCUUCUUCUUGGUCUCAUUUGAAAGGAAACUCUCUAGUGAUUUGCAGGCAUCUGAUGUACGUAGCCCUUCUCGGGUUUCUUUUUUUCCUCGACAUCCUAUCAACUCAUUCCUGUCAUCUGCAAUAUGAGGUUUACAUCAGCACCAGUUUCACUUUCUAUUCUGGAGUCACAGCAAAUGUCCAGCUCAUGUCAUCAUCCGCUGGCUUGUGCAAAUAACGGUUGUUGUUUUUUACAAAAAGAGAAGGAAAGAAAGAAAGAAAGAAAGAGAGAGAGAGAGAGAGAGAGAGAGAGAGAGAGAGAACAGACUAGGCCUUUAGCUAGAACAGCCACAAUGGAAAUAUAGGAAGCUUAAAUUGUUUAAAGCUAAUUGUAUUGAAUGUUAACAAAAUAAAAUUUAAGUUUUGUUUUUGUUUUUUAAAUAAGGGCUUAAUACUUAUCAAUUAUCCUGGUGUCUUUCAAUUCAUUUUCCAUAUUGGAAGACAGGGUCAAAUUCAUGUCUGAAUGGACAAUAGAGAAAAAGUACUGGGAGCUGCAACAUAAUGUUGUUGUAUGGAGUGCUUCUGUUCAGGUUUCCAGCCGCCUCGUUCUUUUUCUCUGCACACACCUCAAUGUUAGUCAGUUCUGGGGUGUCCCCUCUUAGUUUUUUCCCCAAAGGGUUUUAAAAAAAAAUUUAAAAAGGUACUUCUUCCCACUGUACAUACUUCCCCACCUAAUGCAUAGAUUAUGCCAUUUGUUUUGAGGGGGAAAGCACCAGACAGCAAGCAGUAUUUGUCAAGGAACUGCAGGGUCAAUAUGGACUAAGGGUGACAUCUUGUGAAUGCUGUUUCAGAAAAUAAUAAUACUAAUAGCAAUGGGAAAUUUCUGGAUGUGGAGCAAGUGGUAAUGUGAACAUAUCCUUCGUCUUAGUGUUACCCAUGUGGAACUGAGCAAGCACUCCCUGCAUAGUUAGAAGGUGGAAUGAUGGCAAAGACUAUGAACAUCCAGUUAAACUAUGGAACUCAUUGCCACAGGAGGCAGGGAUGGCCACCCACAUGGAUGGCUUUAAAAGAGGAUUGGACAAAUUCACAGGGGACAAGGCUGUCAGGAGCUUGUCCUACACUCGAGUAGGACCCUGGCAGAGACACAUGCCCGACUGGCAUGUUCCCUCCCUCCUGGUCGAUCGUUCGGAAGCUUCAAAAGCUUUCUUCAGCCCGAACAUCAGAGCAACCGAUGCCAACAGACAUCGGCAGACUUAGGGAUCCGCAGAGUCUUCGCAGCUUGCGUGACAGACCUCAGCAACUUAGCAUUUUGGCUAAUCUACUUUAUUUACAUAUAGACACACACGGAGCACUGCAACAUGGCUCCCUCUCUCUCUAGCAUCAGACAGCAAAGAGAAAAAGAACAAAGGACAAUAGUCCCACUUCACGGAACACAGUAACACAAACAUCCGUCACUUCCCACUUUGUGGAGUCAACAUAUAUACUGUCAUGUGAUAGACAACAAUCCCAUGACUGCAAUCACGGAGCAGGAAUUCUAACAAGGGCUGCCCAUGACUACUAGCCAGGAUGGCUAUACUCUGACUCCACAAUUGGAGGCAGUACUUCUUCUGAAUAUCAUGUUCCUGGAAACUGCAGGAAGGGAGGAGCGUUCUACUUGAGGGUUUCCCACAGGCAUCUGGGAGGUCACUGUGAGUAAAGGAUGCUGGACAGGAUGCUUAUGUUCUUAUGUUUCCACAUUGUCAGUCCUGCUGAACACCAGCCACCACUGGCGCUCCUUUAAGUGUGAUUAUGCAUAAAAACAAUUUCUGUGCUUAUCUUGUUCGAUCUUCCAGAGCGUAUCAAGUUAACCAAGGGAGCCAAGGUAGAUUUGCUAGACGGCGAAGCAUCUCACCUGCUCAUUCUCUCAUCAGAAGGAAAACUUUCUGAGCACAGUAUUGCAUCCAGAGGUGUUCAUUCAAAGCCCAGGUAGGAAACCUGAUCUUGACUGACUGACUGGGGUGUUGUUGGUUUUUUUGAAAGCAGCAGAAUUAUAUUGAAAAAUAAUAAUAAUUCCUUUGUGAUCCACACAUCUCAAUAAUGCAUGUUUACACCUGAAAUACUUGCUUGGAUUAUACAUGAGAAAUGUCAUUAUUUGAUUAGCACUGUUUCUACUUGCUUUUUGAAAACAGGUUAUUGAAAGAAUUGGGAGACAAACGCAUCGUCCAAAUCGCAUGUGGCGACCAUCAUUCCCUGGCAUUAUCAAAAGGUAUUGAACAAUUCUCACACAGCUCCCUUGGGUUUUUUUUUUUGAACAUAUAUACCCUGCCUUUCCGUUCCAGCUGACGCACCCCAGGUAGCUCACAUCAACUUUUGCAAAGCCAUCAGCUAAAAGAAAUUAAAUCCUUGAAAAAGACGAGGGAUGUGGCUAAAGACGAAAAUCAGUUGCAAGCGCAGGAAGCACAGGCAUCUGACUGGCCACUGUGAGAACAGGAUGCUGGACCAGAUGGGCCUGAUCCUGCAGGCUGUUCUUGUGUUCCAGGAGCCCAGACAUCAACAAAUCAUACCCUGAUCAGGCCAAAGGGCUGCUGGAGAUUUUGAUGUGGGAAAUCAUUAAUCCCAACUAUUCUUUGUGAGCUGCGUUCUGAAUGGUACACAGUUUCAAUAAAAUUCUUGUGUAGUGGGGGCACCUCGUGACCUCUCAGUUUCACCUACCUUGGGGGGAAAACAUAUUUCCCAAAGCUCCUUGGAGGAAGGGGUGAGAUAGACAUAGGAGGCGGCAAGUGGGUGGGCUUGUAUCUCCCCCUAGCAACUAGCUGUUCCUCUGUUCCUCUCUGCCCCAUACCCAGGGCCAAACCAGAUAUUACAUUAGCACAUAUAAGUGCAGGGGUCCUAUUCGGAUUGGUAAGAAAGUGUAAAGUCAGUGGGUCAUUAACCCAUUGUCCCUCUCCCUCCUUGGCUUCUUCUGAUUUGGAUUGAGGGCCCGGCCCCUAAAAUUUAUAUAGGGGGAAAAACUCCCCCCCCCCCCCGUUUUAUUUUUCUAGAAAAAGAGGUGCUGGAACUCACCAUGAACAUCUCCAACGUUCUCUUAUAAUGGCACCCACCUGAGAGGUGCUGGAACUGAGUUCUGGCUGUGGGGGGGGGGGGAGCCAUGGUUUCCCUACCCCACACAAAUUGCAGGUACAGAGCCCCCGAUCUGGAUCAGGACCACAGAGGGUGGGUAUGUUAAAGGGUUAAAGCCUCGUGAAACUCUCCCAUCCUGGGGUCCAUACUGACAAUGUGCGUGAAUUCUCCCUGCCGCCGCCACCCAGCAUUUAAAGGCAUAGAUCCAUAACUAAAAUGAUGUGCAAUUUGACCCUGAGAUCAACUGGUGUGGACCAUAGUCACUAGGUAGGGUUUAGUGGGUGUAUAUAUGCCCAGUGGUUUUUUCCGGGGAGGGCAUACCCCUAAACAUUUUGUGAAUCUAAGUUUGGCCUCAUUAAGGGGCAGUAUUUCAAUACGAGUAGGAAAAUGAGAGUACCCCUAAAUGUUUUUUUAGAAGAAAAAAAAGCUCUGUAUAUGCCAUCUCAGAGAUCUAGAGUGGCUCAGACCACUUCUAGCUUUUGAGGCCCUAGCUAUAGUAAAAACUGAAAAUGAUGACCCAAAAAACCAAAGAGUGAGUGUGUGUCAAAUGAUUAAUGAUUUUUCCAGUCUCAUUCUGCGCAAAUGCAUUACUAUGCAACUCUAAGGUGAGAGCGUUUUGCCCUGGUGCUCAUACAAGCACAUUGCAAAGCUUACUGAAUGCCAAAAAAUUGAUGCCCCUUUGAGCCUGAGGCCCAGGACAAAUGGUGCUCCUCCACCUCCCCGCCCCAAUUGUCCCAUUAUAUAUAUAACGGCAAAUACAUCUGUUGUACUUCCUUUUGUAUGUUGGGUUAAGGAGGAGAGCUCUUUGCCUGGGGUCAGAACGACUACGGCCAGGUUGCAGCGAGAAGGGAGAUCAACGCUGUUAAGGAACCACGACUUGUGUGGGAGCUCGAAGGCAUCCCUUUGGCCAAGAUUGCAGCUGGAUCUGCUCACAGCGUGGCCCUCUCUGUGUUUGGAACUGUCUAUUCUUGGGGAAAGAAUGCUUUUGGACAGCUGGGCGUUGGAGACACAGAAGGUAAGGAAAAGUGCUAUCCAUGUGGUGGAAUCUGAGGAAUAUUUAUGGCUAGGGCCCAGGUUACCUGGAAGACCCUACCAGUGUUUCUCAAACUUGGGCUCCCCAGCUGUUGUUGGAUUACAAUUCCCAUCAUCCCAGUGGUCAGGGAUAAUGGGAGUUGUAGUCCAACAACAGCUGGGGACCCAAGUUUGAGAAACACUGCUACAAACCUACCUGGAUGUUAAGAUCUUUGGGUGAGCCCCUUCUCCCGGUCCCAUCAACAUCAGAAGCCUGAUUGGUGGUGACACAAGAAGGAGACUUCACUGUGGCUGCUCCCAGAUUGUGGAAUUCUCUCCUCCGAGAAGCUCGACUGGCUCCCUCUUUGUUGUCUGAUUAGCUGCAAGAAGCUCCAUGGAUGUUCGGCUAAAAAAAUAGUUUGCAAACCGGAUCAGUCACUUUCAGGUUUGCAGCGUUUGGGAGCGAAAACAUUCAAGAGCUAAGCUGUUUGAAAACCAAGGUACGACUGUAUAUGCAUAUAGCUAUUUAUUUGUUUAAUGUAUUCGUAUCUCACUUUUCUCCCAAGACAGCUUGCAAUGUUUAAAAACAUCUUUAUGAAUACAAAGUAAUGAAACAUUUUUCUCUAAAAGCAGGGAGGGGAGUUUUUUCAGCUCAAGGGCCACAUUUCAUUUUGGGAACCUCCUGGGGGCCGCUUGCCAGUGGUAGGUGGGUAGAGCAAUGUACAGGACUUAACAUUUGUGCAGUCGGCCACAUUCCAUGCAUGCAAAAGUCAAGAGGUUUCUACACACAGACCCACACAGACCGUUCCAUCCCACAUUCACUCAGACUGCAUUAUCACAGUCCAAGGCCACAUUCCCACCAAGCAAAAGCAUCUGAGGGAGUAGAGCCCAAGCUACCAGACUUGAGCGAAGGGGUGGCCUGAAGAGAAGCAGGUGUGGUCUGAGGAACAUCCCAAGGGCUGGACAAGAGAGGCCUGAGGGAACCUGAGGUUCUCCAGCCCUCUUUGAAAGGAUCUCUUUAUGCCCUCUCAAACUGGUUCCAUUUCACUUUUCGUUCCUAUUUCAGACAGAUGCUCCCCUACAAUCGUGAAGGCCUUAGAGCACGAGAAGACAGCGUUUGUUUCGUGUGGCGGGGAGCAUACCGCCGUUCUCUCGAAGGUUUGCCUAGUUGCGGUUGUUUUAAUUUAAUAAUAAUAAUAUUAUAAUAAUUUAUUAUUUAUACCCCGCCCAUCUGGCGGGGUCCCCCUACGGCUUCCAACAAAACACUAAAAUACAAUAACCUAUUAAACAUUAAAACCUUCCCCAAACAGGGCUGCCUUCAAAUGUCUUCUAAAAGUCUGGUAGUUAUUUUCCUCUUUGACAUCUGGUGGGAGGGCGUUCCACAGGGCGGGCGCCACUACCAAGAAGGCCCUCUGCCUGGUCCCCUGUAACUUGGCUUCUCACAGCGAGGGAACCGCCAGAAGGCCCUCGGUGCUGGACCUCAGUUUAGUUUUGCUAUCUCCUUUACACUCGCUCUCUGAUUCAUCUCGGAGAGGUUACCUUACAAAAUAAAAAUAAAAAAAUAGAAGAUGUUUGUGGCACAUCUUCGGGAGAAGAAAGGGCUAGGGAAUAAACCUUACACAAAUCUGGAUUGGAGUCCCUAAGAUAGUUGGAUGGUGCCUUGCACAUCUCCUUGUGGCAACUCCUGCAGCCAAGCUAGUGCCAAACAUAUUGCUGUGCUUUCCUUUGGACCACAUCAACCUGUCAUCUGGGCAGCCCAGGACCUCCAUAGACAUUGCCCAGACUUGUGCCCUAGUGCUGCUAACACAACAACUGGACUACACCAGGAGUGGUGUAGUGGUUAAGAGCGGUAGACUCGUAAUCUGGUGAACUGGGUAUGCGUCCCCACUCCUCCACAUGCAGCUGCUGGGUGACCUUGGACCAGUCACACUUCUCUGAAGUCUCUCAGCCUCACUCACCUCACAGAGUGUUUGUUGUGGGGGAGGAAGGGAAAGGAGAAUGUUAGCCGCUUUGAGACUCCUUCGGGUAGUGAUAAGUAAAGGGUAAAGGGACCCCUGACCAUUAGGUCCAGUUGUGACCAACUCUGCGGCGCUCAUCUCGCUUUAUUGGCCAAGGGAGCCGGCGUACAGCUCCCGGGUCACGGGGCCAGCAUGACUAAGCCGCUUCUGGCGAACCAGAGCAGCACACGGAAACGCCGUUUACCUUCCCACCAGAACAGUACCUAUUUAUCUACUUGCACUUUGAGGUGCUUUAAAACUGCUAUGUUGGCAGGAGCAGGGACCGAGCAACGGGAGCUCACCCUGUUGCAGGGAUUCGAACCGCCGACCUUCUGAUCGGCAAGUCCUAGGCUCUGUGGUUUAACCCACAGCACCACCCGCGUCCCAGGGUAGUGAUAAAGCGGGAUAUCAAAUCCAAACUCUUCUUCUUCAUUAUCCAACUGUUUAUGCUGAUGCAUCUCACUUCUCUCUCUCUCUCUCUCUCUCUCUCUCUCUCCCUCUCCCACCAAGGAUGGAUUAGUCUGCACCUUUGGAGAUGGCAGCUGUGGACAGCUUGGCCACAACUCUAGGCGCAACGAGCUGUUACCACGACUUGUAGCUGAGCUGUUUGGUGCUCGGGUGUCUCAGGUGGCCUGUGGAAGGUAUGGCACGUUUUAUGGAGAUAAUGUUCUAUCAGCUGUGGUCAGGCAAAGGCUUCUCUGCCUUCCAAUGUCGUAAAGUGUCUUACCCGGGAGACCCGAGUUCGAAUUCCUAGUCCAUCAUGAAGAUCACUGGGUGAACCCAGGCCAACCACCUUCUUUCAGCCCAACUUACCUCUCAGGGUUGUUGUGAUGAAGAGGGAGAAAAAGGGAAGCACAGAGAACUAUGUAUGCCACCUUUGAGCUCCUUUCUGGAAACAUAGGAUACAAACGUAAUAAUAAAUAAUAUGAAUGACAAGUAUGCCAGUUUCUAAAAAGGCAUACCCCAGGAUCCCUAGGGAUCUGCAAGCACCGAUUCCCUGCGUACUGGGUCCACAACCAGAGGAAUAAAUUCUGGGCAAUUCCAGGUGGGGUAUUCACAGCCUAUAAUCCUUCUGGCCUAGGAAAUCAGGUGGCACCAGAGAGCCUAUCUGAUGCCACUGACUGAUAUAAAUCUGUCAGGCUGUGAUAUGUCGCUGGCUUAAAAUGCAGCUAGGACGUUAUUUUUCUCAAUUCAGACUGAAGCUAGUUUGGGUUAGAAAUGCAUCAAAACACAGUAUUUCAUUUUUUAAAAACUACCUAAAGAGUAGAUAUGAAUUGUGGCGAACAUCAUAUGUAUAUCACUUCUCAAACCAGUGGUGGGAGCACAUUGGAUGCAGAGGAAACAGGAGUGUCCACACAGCCCUAGUCUGGGUCAGUGCCGGAUUUACGUAUAAGCAAAACAAGCUAUAGCUUAGGGCCCCACUCUCUUGGAGGCCCCCCCAAAAAAUUAAAGGAAAAAAACCCUGGAUGUACAUUUUCCAAAAUAUAAGAUAAACAGCAACAGUGUUUUGUGUUGUGUAGGCUCCUAUGAUGUAAGUAAUGGGCCCUGCCUCCUAGCCCGCUCCCUAAAAUAUCACUGGUUUGUUCAUUUCUCUAUAUAGGGUGCCUACAUUCUGCAUGGACUGGUUGCAUGGCAACAUGAAGCAUGCAGCUGCAGACUGCAGUGCAGCACAGUUGAAUGUAGGUCAAGCUGUUGUACCUGUUAUCUAAUAUUAAAGAGUGCUUGUAGACUGAGGAUCAGGCAGCAUAGACUAAGGGUAUGAGUCUUAUGCCUACUGAUUGAUUUCAUGUAAUACAUAAUUUAAUUAUUUUGAUCUCAUUAUAAAAUUACUUUAGGGGGAAAAAUCAUCUUUAUUAUUUAGCAGGCCUAUAUUAUUAUUUACUAGUACAGUUCCCUGUUACCUCCACUUGCUACUAUAAUACUGUAGAUAAAUUUUAUAAUUAUAGUAAAUAUUUUACUUUCACUAUUAAUAUUCUUCUUUAUUGUAUUUCAGUUCAACCAUUACUUUGAUAAAAUACAUAUUUUGUAAUGUGCUAAUGACUUUAGAUACCAAAAAUUAGCAUAUAGCAUAUAUUCAACACAAAAAACAGCGACAAUUUGUUGUUGACAACGGACAGCUGGACAUAUAAAGGGCCCCAUUACCUUCAGUAGCUUAGGGCCUCAUCAAACCUAAAUCCAGCCCUGGUCUGGACAAUGUGUUGCUGAGGUCAGAGUUUCUCUCUGUACCACUACACCACUGGCCUUGACUUUCUAAUAAUAAUAAUAAUAAUAAUAAUAAUAAUAAUAAUAAUAAUAAUUUAUACCCUGCCCAUUUGACUGGGCUUCCCCAGCCACUCUGGGCAGCUUCCAACAAAAUAUUAAAAUAAAGUAAUGCAUCAAACAUUACAAGCUUCCCUAAACAGGCCUGCCUUCAGAUGUCUUCUAAAAGUCUGGUUGUUGUUUUUCUCUUUGACAUCUGGUGGGAGGGCGUUCCACAGGGCAGGUGCCACUUCCGAGAAGGCCCUCUGCCUGGUUCCCUGUAACUUGGCUUCUCGCAGUGAGGGAACCGCCAGAAGGCCCUCGGUGCUGGAUCUCAGUGUCCGGGUAGAAUGAUGGGGGUGGAGAAGCUCCUUUAGAUAUACUGGACAGAGGCCGUUUAGGGCUUUAAAGGUCAGCACCAACACUUUGAAUUGUACUUGGAAACGUACUGGGAGCCAAUAUAGGUCUUUCAAGACAGGUGUUAUGUGGUCUUGGCGGCCGCUCCCAGUCACCAGACUAGCAUUCUGGAUUAAUUGUAGUUUCCGGGUCACCUUCAAAGGUAGCCCCACGUAGAGCUCAUUGCAGUAGUCCAAGCGAGAGAUAACCAGAGCAUGCACCACUCUGGCGAGACAGUCUGCGGACAGAUAGGGUCUCAGCCUGCGUACCAGAUGGAGCUGAUAAACAGCUGCCCUGGACACAGAAUUGACCUGUGCCUCCAUGGACAGCUGUGAGUCCAGAAUGACUCCCAGGCUGCGCACCUGGUCCUUCAGGGGCACAGUUACCCCAUUCAGGACCAGGGAGUCCUCCACACCCACCCACCUCCUGUCCCCCAAAAACAGCACUUCUGUCUUGUCAGGAUUCAACCUCAAUCUGUUAGCUGCCAUCCAUCCUCCAACCACCUCUAGACACUCACACAGGACCUUCACCACCUUCACUGGUUCUGAUUUGAAAGAGAGGUGGAGCUGCCUCAAAGUCUCACCCAAACUGCAGAGCACCCCUACAGAUGCCAAUUUGUGUUUGGCAAAUUUUAAAAACGAGAUUCCUGUGUGGAGUUUUUGAAAUAGCUGGGUGGUUAUUGAGGAGUGGUGGAGGAACAUGAGGCAUUAAUUCAGGGUGGGGGAAGCUCAGCCCCAUGUGUAGGGCAGUAUGCAGUGUUGGCCCCCCAAUCAGGAAUUGCUACCAAUAAAAAAUGACUGCCCCCAAAGCAAAGGUAGUGGGAAAAUUAAAAGCAACCGCUGGGUUCAACUUGAGUCAGUGGCAUUUCUGCACAUAAUCUGUUAAGUUGUCGGUGAACAUAUCAGACGACACAGCGAUUCUUCAAACAGCUCUUGUUUAUUCACAGGCCAGAACAGAACUGAACUGAAGGGUUCAGCCAGCCUGCUUAUAUAGAGCUCCACUAGAACGCAACAGUAACCAUUUUCUGUAACUAUCCAAUCACUGAACGUCACUUUCAAUCCCUUAUUUGCAUAUGUGGACCCGAGUGAAAACUAUCUACAGUAUCCCCCUGCUGGCCCAGGGUGAGAACUUCAGUACAUAACAUACUCAACUUUAAUUCUGUGAACAGGUGGCAUACUCUUGUCUACAUCGUGGACCUGGGGGAAAUCUACUCAUUUGGAUCUGGAGCAGAAGGGCAGCUUGGACAGGAAGGGAAAUGUGACCGACUGAUACCUCUUCCUAUUGGCAGAGAAUUCAACAGGGGUAAAUCAUGCUUAUUGUUUCCAUAAGCAGAACUUUGUGUCCUUGUGCAAAUUAAGGAAAUUCCAAAUUUAAGAACCAUCUGUAUGGUAAAGGUAAAGGAACCCCUGACCAUUAGGUCCAGUCGUGGCCGACUCUGGGGUUACGGCACUCAUCUCGCUUUACUGGCCAAGGGAGCCGGUGUACAGCUUCCGGGUCAUGUGGCCAACAUGACUAAGCCGCUUCUGGCGAACGAGAGCAGCGCAUGGAAACACCGUUUACCUUCCCACCAGAGUGGUACUUAUUUAUCUACUUGCACUUUGAUGUGCUUUUGAACUGCUAGGUUGGCAGGAGCAGGGACCGAGCAACGGGAGCUCACCCCGUUGCGGGGAUUCGAACCGCCGACCUUCUGAUCGGCAAGUCCUAGGCUUUGUGGUUUAACCCACAGCAUCACCCGCGUCCCAGAACCAUCUGUAAAUUACAAUAAAAACAGUGGCUACUGCUACUCAUCAUCCUCUGAGCACAAGGAGAAGUCCCUCUUCAUUUUCCCUUUCCCUGAUGGUAACAAAGUGCAGAGCCAUUGGGGUGACUAUGGGGAAGGGGUAAAUGGGCCAGUUGCACCUAACAGUAGCAGGAUAAUGCCCUACUGGAGCAGGAAGCAGGGAGUGGCCCUCAGGGCAAAAUUUUAAUGGUAGCUUUUGAAUUUUACUACCCUUCUAAUUUUGCCACAACUAUAGCUCGAUCCUCGAUCCAAGCUUUGCUGGCUUGUUCACGUAAGUGGAAUCUACACACACGUUAAAAAACGCUGUGAAGAUGCUUUUUUAAAAAGGUUUUGAAAAAUACAUUGAAUUUGCCAUAGCUCACUUUCGCCAUCUAGCGUCACAUUUGUAUACUGCACUUCACAACACAUUUAAAACGUUUUAUUUGCACCUGUAUAGCUGAGUCUCUAUUGGUUAACUAUAUGCCCAUGAUGUUGUACGGAUACUGCAAGAAACUUGCAUGCAUUCAGAGCACUGAUCCCACAAUAAACAGCCACCUGGAAGCUCCUCCAUCUCUUUGACUUGCAUCUAUAAUUGUCAGUUUUAAUGGGCAAGCUUUUGCUGUCAAAAUGUGUUAUAAAUAGCUUUUUAUGGUGGUUCAUGGUUUAUAUAACUAAAUUCAGAUGACACAGUGUGAGAUCUCUCCUCGCUGUACUGAGCUAUGCUAGAUUUCCUAGCCAAACUUCUAUAUACCAAGUUGCAAAUGGAAGAGUUCUUAACAAUAAUGGAUGGCUACUUGAAUGGAUGUCUUCUUUAUGAUCUGUCACAGUAGGGGACACGUCAGAGGAGCUGGUUAAAAUCAUCGCUGGAGAGAACCAAAGUAUUGUACUUCUUUUAAAGGAAAAGGUAAGCAAAAUUUGAGGAUUUCCCCUCCGAAAAAAGAAAAUAAUGUUGUGCGUAAUUGCAAAUGCCAGAAUUAUGGUUGUGGUUGCUUGUGUGUAGUUACCAGAAAAAUACAAACCAUCCUUUAAUCUAGGGAUGGAGAAGCUUUGGGUCUGCAGUUGUUGUUGGGCCUCAACUCCCAUUAGUCCCAUUCAGCACGGGACCAGGGAAUGAUGGGAGUUGUGGUCCAACAACAUCUGAAGAGCUGCAUGUUUCUCUCCUCUGCUUUGAUCCCAUCCAGUGCCAGCCUUGCCAUUGGAAAAGGGGAACAUUUGUCCAAGACUCCAGGCUCUGUAGGAAACGCUGCUUUGCCAGCUGUUCGCAUCUGGACCCAGAGUUGUAUCCAGGGUUCCAAAACAUCUUAUUGGUUAUCCAGACAACUGGCAAACUGCUGUCUCACCACGUCUUGUCCUUCAUAUGACAGCCCCUAUUUUAAUAAUAGCAAUAAAAAAUAAAGGGACCCCUGACCGUUAGGUCCAGUCACAGACAACUCUGGGGUUGCACGCUCAUUUCGCUUUAUUGGCCGAGGGAGCCGGCGUACAGCUUCCAGGUCAUGUGGCCAGCAUGACUAAGCCGCUUCUGGCGAACCAGAGCAGCGCACGGAAAUGGCGUUUACCUUCCCGCCGGAGUGGUACCUAUUUAUCUACUUGCACUGGUGUGCUUUUGAACUGCUAGGUUGGCAGGAGCAGGGACUGAGCAACGGGAGCUCACCCUGUCAUGGGGAUUUGAACUGCCAACCUUCUGAUCGGCAAGCCCUAGGCUCUGUGGUUUAACCCACAGCGCCACCCACAUCCCAAUAUAAUAUAAUAUAAUAUUCAUAUAUAUAUAUAUAUAUAUAUAUAUAUAUAUAUAUAUAUAUAUAUUAUUAUAGCAAUAAUAAUGUAUUCUGUACAGUCAAUGGUUCUAUAACGUUGUUGUUGUUGUUGUUGUUGUUGUUAAAGACUAACUUACUGCUUUACAGUUGAUGUGAGACAGUGGGGGAACAUCCAUGCACAGAAAUAAACUUAUCACACACUGAUGUGAGCGUGGAGAGGAGAUAAAAGUUGUGUUGCUUGUCCCUGAUCACACAUUUGGUAACAUCCAUUACCCAAGAAUGUCUUUGGCCUUGAUCCAACCUCAUUCUACAUACAAAAAUUCUACAAAUGCAGUAUCGGAGGGAAGAAUCACAUUUUCCAUCUGAAGCAACUAUCGCAUUUCCCCAGCUACUGAAUAUAGUAUACCCAGUAUUGGGAAACUGUGGUCUGCCUGCGACCAAAGAGCAAUUUCGAGGGAAUGUAGGAAGCUCCUUUCUACAAAGCCAGACUGUUGUUCCAUCUAACUCCGUAUUGUCGACAGACAGAGCCACUGACAAUCGAUCAGGCAAGAACCUUUUCCAGCCUUACCUGGAGUCACUAGGGAUUGAACCAGGAACCAUUUGCAUUCAAAAACAAAAGAAAACAAAAACGUGCUCUGUCACUGAGUUACUGUCCUUCCUCAAAGGAGGACAACUGCCCUAACUUUCUACAGUGAAGUUUAAAGGCUAGCUUUUCACUUUGUUCUAAUGCCAUGAUUUUUACAUUAUCCCGGUUGCAUUGCCCACAUGCAGGAAGAGACACAGACUCUCACACAUUCACCCAGCCACUAUUUCCUGUGGGACUCUGGCCGAAUGGCAGAUCACCAGAGAAGACCUCUUACUAGGCUUCUGAGAGAAUUUCAUGUUCUUUUGUCAUAUUUCGCACAGAAGUCAUACGCAAAUUUAAACCGAACGAUUGCCAGAGUGGAGGAGGAAAAGACAGAGAAGUGGGUUUCUAAUUCGGAUCCCAAUUGCUGGCAGACUAUGAAACAGUAAGUAAAUACACACACACACACCCCACUAUGCAGCAAGUGCAGGAAUCUAGCCAUCGUUAACUUUUGAAAGAUUUGUUUGAAGCAUGCCCCGGUCUCAUUUUAAACUUUGUGGGGUUAGCCUUAGAAAUCCCAAUUUAAAAGGCAGGUUUUAUGCACUAUAUCAUCGUUGCACAAUGCACUGGGGUGAAGGAUGUAGUCUGUCGGGGCAACUUCUAGACAGUUGCUGUUUUGUGGGUGGGCUUUGAUCACAAUGAAAGUGGACAACAAACCCAUUUUCUCAAAAAGCAAACAGACUUUGGGCAGUAAAGAAAGUGAUGGGAAAUGCCCCGGGAAGUGUGGUGUAACAGUUGUCAAAUAAUCUCCCUGCAUGUUUAUGCUGCUGUGGCGCCUCUCCCACCUUUUUGAAAAUUUCAGCAUUGUAUUUCAGGCUUGAUUAUUGUAACUCGCUCUACGCGGGGCUGCCCUUGAAGCUGACCCAGAAACUUCACGGGUGCAGAAUGCUGCGGUGAGGCUCCUUACGGGGUACUUGCCGCGGGAUCAUAUUCAUCCAGUGCUUUACCAACUGCACUGGCUCCCUGUGGAGUACAGGGUCAGGUUUAAGGUGCUGGUUUUGACCUUUAAAGCCCUAUGCGGCCUAGGACCCAUGUACCUACGGGACCACCUCUUCUGGUAUGCCCCGCGGAGGACCUUAAGGUCGCAACAUUUUGGAGGUCCCAGGUCGCAAGGUGGUUAGAUUGGUCUUUACUAGGGCCAGGGCCUUUUCAGUAUUGGCCCCGACUUGGUGGAACGCUCUGUCACAAGAGACUAGGGCCCUGCGGGACUUGACAUCUUUCUGCAGGGCCUGCAAGACAGAGCUGUUCCGCCUGGCCUUUGGUUUGGACUCAGUCUGACCCUUAUGUUUCCCUCCCCUUAUGGUUUUGAUCUAUGGGCUACUUUUAAAAUGAGGCUGCAUUUUAAAUUGCGUUUUAACCUGUAUUUUAAAUUGGUGGUUUUUUCCUAUUAUGUUUUUACUGUAAUUUUACUGGUGUUAGCUGCUCUGAGCCCGGCUCUGACCGAGGAGGGCAGAGUAUAAAUAAAAUUUAUUAUUAUUAUUAUUAUUAUUAUUAUUAUUCUCACUAUAGCUGGGGGAGAGAGGGUGAAUCCUUGUCCUGCAAAGAGGGACUCAUCAGGAAGUUUAAAACUUAAAUCAGAUGUCCUUUGUCCAGUUGUACCUCUGUUGCAAGUCAGUUUCUCAAAGCAAAGUCUGAAAGAUCGCUUUCUUCCUUUCCAACAAACAGGGAUGUAAAGUUGAUCUUCUCCUCAGCAGCUUGCAUCAACGGAAGCUUCGUGGAAAGGAGGUAAAUGGCACUCAUUUGAGGACCAGUCGUAAGGACACAAGAAGAGCUUGAUGGAUGAGGCCAGUGGUCCAUCUAGUCUAGCAUUUCGUUCUCACCGUGGCUACCCAGAUUCCUGUGGGAGGCCUGAAAGCAGGACCCAAGGGCAACAACACUUUCCCCGCUUGUGAUUCCUGUUGGUGGCGAGGAAAAAUAAAAUAGGUCUAAAAGGAAAAUUUCUGGAUGCCAAGAUUCAGGUUUGGGGCAAGUACUCUAGUGAGAGAACCCCAGCAGAGAUUUAAAAAUCGCAAAAUAUGCAGCCAAAUAAAGUUUGGCUGUUAGACAUUUAAAAGAUGCCCUUGUGAGUUCCAAAAUGUCCCUCUUCCCUUAGCAUAGAAAAAGACCACACAUUUGGUAAGCUUAAAAUGGUGUGCUUACAAACUCCCCAAAGGUCAGAUUCAUGUGAUUUUCCAUGCUGAGCUUCUUUGGUAGACUGAAGGGGAACAAUAGGUUUGAUUACCUUCCUCCCAAGGAGAGGGGGAGUGACCUAACUAAGCCUGGUAGGACAGCUUACUCUAUGCCAUUAACCCCUUCAUGCAUUAAUUAGACUUAAGCAUGUUGGUUAACUGGCAUUCAGAGGCAUACUGCCUUCAACAGUGAAGGUAGAACAUAGAAAUUAUGGCUAGUAGCCAUCAAUAUUCCUCCUCUCUGUGAAUUGUGUCUAAUCCUCUUUUAAAGCCACCUACAUCCAAAUUUAUAAACUAGGGAGAAUGUGCUAAACACAAAGCUAACUAGAGCCCCUUUCAGAUAUUCACACCCACAUAUAGCUGAAAGUUUACGCAGUUUGCAGAUUUCCACAAACAAGGGAAGGGAUUGUGAUCUGCCUGUUUCUUUCUAGCAGAGCGAAACAUUUCAGGACAUCUCAGGAGGUUGCGGCUGUGGACAUGUCCGCUGUGUUACUUUUCCAUGAGAAGAUUUCUACUAAGCCUAAAGUCUUCACAGCGGUAAGAUAUGGAAUGCAGAGGCAAACAGUGUUUCUUGAUUUUUAUCCAAAGGCAGUAGUUUCCAAAGAAAUAAUGUAAGAGCAGACAAGCCUACUUAUAUGACUGUUACAAGGAAACCACUAUUACCAAGGUUUUCACAACAAUUUCGGGAUGUAGGAUUGUAUUGGUUUAGUUCUAGGACAGGCUUCUCCAGCCUGGUGCUUCCAGAUGUUUUAGAAUAUGACUCCCAUGGGCCCAGCCAGCAUGGCCAGUGGUCUGGGAUGAUGGGAAUUGUAGCCUGGCAACAUCUUGAGGGCACUAUGUUGGGGAAGCUUGUCUAGGACUGGGAUAGUCAACAUGGAGAAAAAUAAUGGUAAGAGCUGGGACCAAAUAUCCAUUAAAUACAAAAAGUACUGUCUCCAACAAUUUUGUGUAAGCUUACAUUUAUAGAAGGUACACACAGUGAUCAUUCACAGCAGCAGUAGUUGGUGGCAGCCAGCAGAGUCAUCCUAGCUUUGCUGUGUUAAUACACCUGCAUUGGGACAAGAAACCAUUGUCUCAAUCCAACCCUAAACUAAUAGAAUUGAACUUCUUGAUGGGUUCUAGGUCUCCCUUUGAAAUCCCUUUGGUGAAGAAUGUCAUCUUUCAGGCUGGCUGCAGAAUGACCUGGGAAAGCAAAAUAUCCCCUUACUGGUUUCUGAGUUCUGCUGUUUCUCAGGCUAAAGUUACUGAAGACUAUGACAUGGAACCAUAGAUUUGUAGAGUUGGAUCCCAUGCAAUGCAGGAAUAUGCAGCUGUCCUAUACGGGGAUCAAACCUGCAACCUUGGCAUUAUCAGCACCACACUCUAACCAACUGAGCUAUCCAGCUGGAAUGGUGCACCAAAGACUCCUGGGUCUACCUCUGGUAGUUUAUGCUGAAGCAAAAUGAAGUUUGUUUCCUUCGUUCUGUUGAACUAAACUUACUACAAGAAAGUAAGCGUUUAACUUUUAUAUUCUUCCUUCAUCUCUUCAAGGUGAUAAAUGCCCUAAAGAUACUCCUGCAGUCUGUCCUUGACUUCCCUGGCUCUCCUGAAGCGCUCUUCCUCAUUGUGCCCAUACUCUUACGGAGGCAGGACAGCCAGUCAGAUCAUCUCCUCCUUGAACUGGCACAAACCAUAUGGUUUCGCCCACAGAAAGAGAAGCAAUUGCUUGGUGAGGCGGGUUCACUAAGUAUGGUAACUUCGCUUCAUUCCAGAGGUGGGGAGCAUGUUGAUGGGUGGGCCACACCUCCCAUCAGCACCAGCCAGGCCAGUGCUCAAGGAUGCUUGGGGCUACAAUUCAACAACAUCUGGAGGCUACAGGUUCUCCAUCCCUGUUCUAAACACAUUCUGAAAGGGUCUUGAGUAAGUGGGCUUCUGGAAGUUGAGGACUGAGCAGCGCCCAAUCUGAAGAUUCAGCAUUGCCCUUGUAGAACUCAGCUGGGAUGCAGACAGAACCAAAAGAAGUUGGCUGUGGCUCCAACUACUGUUUGGGCUCCCUGCCUUUGGCCCUGCCAGUCCCAAUGGGCACCAGCCUCCAGUACGUACCUCUCCAGAGCCCUGAGGUCUUUUGGGGAGGUCUUGCUUGUGGCCCCACCAAUGGGCAUGGCCUAUUGCAUAGGCAGGGCCUUCUCUGUGGCAUCACCCCGUUUGAGGAAUUCCCUCCCUGUGGAACUACAUGCCCUCCAGAUGCCCUUUGUAUUGUGCAUUCGUGAUGCUGUCAGGGAGGUCAUACGCAGGCAGGCCUACUUUCAAUACCGUUUGCGCCUGUGAAAGUUGCGGAAUGGCCACGUGGCUUCAUUUCCCAUCAGUGCACAUACCCUGUAACUUUCUGUUAAAAUCCUUUAACUUUUUCAAACCACAAGUGGUUUAUUUUUUCUACUGCUUUUGCUGUUCUGUAACCUCUCCAGAGAUGGGACGCGGGUGGUGUUGUGGGUUAAACCACAGAGCCUAGGACUUGCCGAUCAGAAGGUCGGUGGUUUGAAUCCCCGCGAUGGGAUGAGCUCCCGUUGCUCGGUCCCUGCUCCUGCCAACCUAGCAGUUCGAAAGCACAUCAAAGUGCAAGUAGAUAAAUAGGUACCGCUCCAGCGGGAAGGUAAACGGCGUUUCCGUGUGCUGCUCUGGUUCGCCACAAGCAGCUUAGUCAUGCUGGCCACAUGACCCAGAAGCUGUAUGCUGGCUCCCUCGGCCAGUAAAGCGAGAUGAGCGCUGCAACCCCAGAGUCGGUUACAACUGGACCUAAUGGUCACGGGUCCCUUUACCUUUACCUUUUAACCUCUCCAGAGAGCAGUAAUGCGCUAGCAUUGUGGGAACACCUCAGAACAAGCUAAAGCAGAAUAAAUUUACCCCUAAUGUGUUAUCAUCAUGCAUUGGUCUGGGGAGGCCCAAUACUUGUCCCUUUCCAUGGUUUGGCAUCGUCUAAAGACACACCUGUUCUGUCUUUCGGGGUCUGAAGGAAAUUCUGUGCCUUUUUAUAGUUUUGGGGGUUUUGUCUGCUGCAUCAUGGAAGUGAUUCGGUUGUUGUUUUAAGCAGGUGGUUUUUAAUUUUUUUUUAGAUUUAUUGUUGUAUUUAGAUAUUUGACUACGCUGUAAACCACUCUGGGAAGAAGGGUAGUCUAGGAAUAAACUAAGACAACAAAAGUUUAUUUCUUUACAGAAUCUUUGUGGGCCAACCUAGAAAUUGCCUUCUUCAAGGAUCUGGUGAGCAUUUAUCAGAGGCUUGCCACUGCCAAGCUGUCUUCUCUCAUUGAACGUAGAAGAUAUCCUGAGGAAACACUCCAAGUUGUUUUGCUUCUCCAUGUCCUCCGAAUGCUUUAUGAGGUAGGGAAAAGCUUGAAAUGAAGGCGUGAGGCGUCACAUGAGAGAUCUAACUGGUGAAGGGACCAGCUGUAAUUGUAAACCAGGGAACCAGGCAGAGGGCCUUCUUGGUUGUGGCGCCCACCCUGUGGAACGCCUUCCCAUCAAAUGCCAAGGAAAUAAACAACUAUCUGACUUUUAGAAGACAUCUGAAGGCAGCCCUGUUUAGGGAAGCUUUUUAAUAUUUGAUGAAUUAUUGUAUUUUAAUGUUUCGCUGGAAGCUGCCCAGAGUGGCUGGGGAAACCCAGCCAGAUGGGCGGGGUAUAAAUAAUAAAUUAUUAUUAUUACAUUAUAUUAUUAUAAACCAUGUAAAUGGUCCCAGUGUCAGUCCCCAGCAUCUCUAGGUGGAGUUGGGGCGAUCCUGUCUGGAAUUGUGGAUGCUGCCUGCUGGUCAACGUUAAAGCAAACAGAGCUAGUCUUGAGUAUACACACUGCUGCCUAAACACUGUAAAUUGAUGGGCCAUUCGCUUGGCACCUCACUGUUCUUUCUCGUCCCCAUGGUGGAAGCAGAGGAGGCUGAGGACCACAUCCUGAAUCUCUAUGGCAUACCCCUCCAUUAGGAAGUAUAGCAGUAAAGUCUUUUAACUUUCCUACUAAUAGACACACUGUGGCAUGUCUAGAACAGUCUACGUCUUUAAAAAGCCAAGAGGAUCUUGCUCAGAAUAGCUUCUGCAUGGUGGCUACUCCAUUCAGUAACCAGCUGCUACCAGGAAGUCUUGAGGUGGGGCAGAAACUUCAUCCACCACUUUGGAAAUGUGAAAUCUGAAUUCAGCAGAUUUCACCCUGCUCAGGGUGAGAGAAUCUACUGCUUUUGGGGGGUACAUUGGUUGGACUUGGAACUAAUGUCUUCCCAAUAGCUGCACCAACUCUUUGAAACUCCCUACAAAGCUCACCUUACUACAGUGGUACCUCGGGUUGCAGACGCUUCAGGUUACAGACUCCGCUAACCGAGAAAUAGUACCUCGGGUUAAGAACUUUGCUUCAGGAUGAGAACAGAAAUUGCGCUGCAGCGGCGGGAGGCCCCAUUAGCUAAAGUGGUGCUUCAGGUUAAGAACAGUUUCAGGUUAAAAACUGACCUCCAGAACGAAUUAAGUUCUUAACCCAAGGUACCACUGUACAUCCAUAUAUUUCCUAUGUUCUUAUGAGUUGGUUAGCUGGUUUUAUUUUUGUAUUAAUUGAAGCUACUAAGUUAUGGUGUCUUUCUUUUGUAAUUGGCUAAUUUUGGUUUUUAACCCUACACUUACAAAUGCAGGUAAAUUGUAGAAGAAGCUUAAGAAUCCAGGAAAGCAACUUCCGCAUCCCUGAAGUGAUAAAAAUGCUGGCUCUUCUAGAUAUUCUUAAAGGAGCUGAGGUAGUUUAACAGUCAAGUGUUAUGUUACUCUUGCCAUCUCAAAGUUGUUUUCCAGUGUAUAGAAAAAAGAAAAGAAAGUCUCUCUCUCUCUCUCUGGAUAAACCAAACUUCCUUUACAUCCGCACUAGGAAGUUAUAUUUUUUUAAAAAUCAGUAAUUGGCAGAUGUUUUUUUGAGAAGGGCAAAAAUGAAAGUGCUAAUUUUACAUUUGGAACAAAAUGUAUUUAAUCUUCAGAGAAUAGAGCCAUGUUUCCAUAUUCUCCACUUUCUUCAUACUGAUUUUUAAAUACUUUUAUCUCAUGUUGUAAAUUACUUCUCUGUGUCAUUUCAGUUGCUCAGAGAACUCUUUGAGUUCCCUUUUAUCUUUGAGAUGGAAGUUAAGGUUUUCCUGCAUCAAGCAGCAUGCAACACUCUAAAGAGGAUGGUAUGUAUACCCCAAAAAUAUUACAUAGCAUGUAGGGUCGCAAAACACUAACAACUAGUAACACCAAUGUUUGUAUCCUCAUAGGCAAAUUUUGGCAUGACCAGUGAACUACUUGUAAGGAGACAACAUCUGGUACAGGAUACCUGGCAGAGUUUAAGAAAUGCAAACAGAGAUCACCAAGCCCUUAGGGUAAGAAACCAAAUUUCAUACCUAUACUCAUGACUGUGGAACAUUCAUUUAGGUGCAUUGUGAGUAUUUAUGAUCAAAAGACUGAAUACAUAUUCCCAGAUUUUUAGAGGUGAGAUCCAUGUGGACAAUACACUUGCACCUUGUUGGGUCACUAAGCUACUUCUAUGGGAACAGAACAGUGGACUUUAGCCAACAGGUAUAAAGAAGCAUUGCAAUUUCAUCAUAGAAUAUGCACAAGUGAUCACUAAGGAAACUGAGUUGUUAGUCAAGGGUAUUGUAUACAUGAAUCCAACUCCUCGAAGGAUUCCAUCAAUGGUGUCUCCGAAAUUUUUUUACACAUCACUUGGGAAGACAGGUGUACUAAUAUCAGUGUACUGGAAGAAGCGAAGAUCACCAGUGUUGAAGCAAUGAUUCUUCAACAUCAACUUUGUUGGACUGGUCAUGUUGUGCGGAUGCCUGAUGAUCGUUUUCCAAAGCAACUACUCUAUUCCGAACUUAAAAAUGGAAAGUGUAAUGCUGGUGGUCAACAAAAGAGGUUUAAAGGCUGUCUCAAGGCAAAUCUAAAAAAAUGUAGUAUAAACACUGACAACUGGGAAACGCUGGCCUGCGAGCGCUCCAGUUGGAGAACAGCCUUUACCAAAGGUGUCAUGGGCUUUGAAGACAUUCAGACUCAGGACGCAAGGGAGAAACGUGCUAAGAAGAAGGCAUGCUUGGCAAAUCCACACCGUGAUCAACUCCCACCCAGAAACCAAUGUCCCCACUGUGGAAGGAUGUGUGGAUCCAGAAUUGGCCUCCACAGUCACUUACGGCCUCACUUUUAAAACCGUGUUUAUAGAAGACAAUCUUACUCGGCUAUGAGUGAUCACCAGAGAAGAAGAUACAUGAAUAGAAUAAAAAGACAGGCAGCCUUCUUUAAAGCAAACUCAAAGUACAAUACUAAGCAGUGCAUUUGUUUUCAUGGGUACUUUACCUGCUAUUCAAUGUCAUUUUAAUCUACACUAGCUCAGGUGUCAGAAUCUCAAUUCUGCUGCAUGCAUGAAUCCAAAGAUGUACGUGUGACAACAGCACAGCUUUUAAGAGUGAGAGAAACCCCGAGCCUUAGCCAUUAUCACCAUGUUUACUAUUAGAUAGACAAUAACCUGAGAAUUCAAGAGUUGGCACACCUGGAGCCAUCUCUUACAGUAUCUAAUUCCUGUAUGCAAGACCCUUCUGCCACAGAAAUAUUUUGCAUCUAGAGCACAUACUAGGCCAGGCUUCCUCAAACUCGGCCCUCCAGAUUGAGACUACAAUUCCCAUCAUCCCUGACCACUGGUCCUGCUAGCUAGGGAUCAUGGGAGUUGUAGGCCAAAAAAACAUCUGGAGGGCCAAGUUUGAGGGAGCCUGCUCUAGGCAAUGCACUGCUUGUCAGCAUUAGGUAACAUGUGACCAUUAUACAGUGGUACCUAGGGUUACAUACGCUUCGGGUUACAUACGCUUCAGGUUACAGACUCUGCUAACCCAGAAAUAGUACCUCGGGUUAAGAACUUUGCUUCAGGAUGAGAACAGAAAUCAUGCUCUGGCGGUGCAGCGGCAGCAGGAGGCCCCAUUAGCUAAAGUGGUGCUUAAGGUUAAGAACAGUUUCAGGUUAAGAACGGACCUCAGGAACGAAUUAAGUACUUAACCCGAGGUACCACUGUACAGCUCUGCACAGAGCUUUCCCCUGCUCCAGGGACCAGAAAGGAUGCAUGACUGCAUCUCCUGUCGCCCCAUUCACACAAGCCGACCCCUACAGCAGCUGUCCUCUUGUGCAUGUGUCAGAAAGGAAAUGAAGAAUGCAUGAGGUGCUGUUGACACAAGGCUCGCCUGCCUCGCUCCCUUAACCGCUUCAUCGGCUAACUUAGUGUGCAAUGUUCUAACAGGCAUUUAAACCUUAUCCAAGCAAGCUUAGCGCACACUGCUCCUAGCUGAUCAUUUCAGAGCCUUGGGACAAAACAUUAGCCGUGGAUAAAGAAAGCCAAAACUACAUUCUUUAUUCGACACCCGCACCCCAAGAGGCCCGACGCACUUCCGAGCCUAACCUAGUUGUGGCGGAAGAGUUUAAGGCCCAUCCAGGUCCAAAGGUGGAAGAACACAUAAACUGGGAUCGUAACCGGAAGGAGCAGGCUGUAGAAACACAAGCUGCUUGUGCUAGUGCAGCCCUGGGGAAAGUUUUCGUCCACGCUGGCCGAGUAAAACAGACCCGCCAAAGACAAGAGUGGGAUGAGCACGGUCAUCGUAGGGAGUGACAGGAACAUUCUUCUUCCGCUUGUGCUUGUCUUUACACCCAAAGAUAAUUGUCUAGGUCUGCCCAGGCUCCUCUUCCCGCUUCUCUUUGCCAAUCAUCCUUGCAGCCUGGGGUAUCAUAUUAGGAAUGCCAUCAGUGAUGGGGUAGGCAAUACCCAGUUCUUCGUUAAUUAGUUCAUUGGUGGAUUCUUCGUACCUAGUAAAUAUAAGCAAAUACUGCAUAGGUCAGACUUACUGCUUUCACUGGUGUAAAGUAUAUUAUUAUUAUUUACAGAAAGGUGAACUUAAAACCAAAACUAAAAACGAGUAAAAACAACCUAAAAUGCUCACCAAUUAUAUAUCUAUAUCUGUAUCUAUCUAUCUAGAUAGAUAGACAGACAUAUAUAUAGAUAUAGAUGUGAGAAUGAUCCAACACAACUCCAUCCCACUAAAAUAUAACCAGAAAAUUAAGGUCCCUAAGCUUGGGUGAAUAAAAACAUUUUUGCCUGGUGCCUAAAAACAAAUAAAGGUAAAGGUAAAGGGACCCCUGACCAUUAGGUCCAGUCGCGGAUGACUCUGGGCUUGCAGCGCUCAUCUCGCUUUAUUGGCCGAGGGAGCCGGCGUACAGCUUCCAGGUCAUGUGGCCAGCAUGACUAAGCCGCUUCUGGCGAACCAGAGCAGCGCACAGAAACGCCAUUUACCUUCCCAUUGGAACGGUACCUAUUGAUCUACUUGCACUUCAUGCUUUAGAACUGCUAGGUUGGCAGGAGCAGGGACCGAGGAACGGAAGCUCACCCCGUCACGGGGAUUCGAACCACCGACCUUCUGAUCGGCAAGCCCUAGACUCUGUGGUUUAGACCACAGCGCCACCCGCGUCCCUCCUAAAAACAGAUAAUAAUGGCAAAUGCUAAUACUAUAGAAAGAAUGCAUAAUGGGCAACUUAUUAUUCCGAUAUGUUAUGGUCAUCAUGUUUGGUAAGCCAGCGGCUUACAAUUUCACACCAUAUAAGAACAUUUUCUGCAUUGGUGCAUUUGCUGAAGGCUCCUCCCCCAACAAUAUGGGGGUGGGGGGAGGUUUACUGCACUUUCAGAAAGAUGCAGGUCAGAUCAGUUGGGCCUCCCAGUUGCCAUGCACCAACCGAAUGUUCUAGAAUAGGCAUGUCACCUUCGCGUGGUGUCACACUGCAGAGAAUUAAGUUACCUCUCAGGAAACCUUACCCUUCCGUUUACUGAUCUUGUCCUAAAGGAAUUCCCGAGAACCUUAGAAAAACUACCGGUAUUCUCUCCUGGCCUCAGUUCUUCACCUGCAAUAUGGCGAUGAUAAUGCUGACCUACCCUACAGGGCUGUUGUAAGGGCUUGCAGCAAGAUGGCGUCUGUGAAACUCCACGACCUUUCUAAAGUGCCAUAUCUUAACCGCGCAUUGCAUUGCAUUUGCAUUAAGCCAAAGGCGCGAGAGAAAUUUAUACCAAGAAACAGCCCUUUUUGCAGAAACCGCUUUUUGCAGAACCCGAUGAAGGGCGGCCUAUUAAAUCUAAUAAAUAAAAAAGCAAUAAAAAGGAGGCGAGGGCAAGGUGGAAGGCACAUUCGGAAAGGGAAGGACGCAAGCGGAGAAGGGCAGCUGUAGGCGACACGGGUUUAAAAUUUAAGCGUGGGACCCGGGUUGCAAGAACGUCUGGAAGCAGAAUGACAAAGGCCUUUGCAGUGGAAAAGAGGGGUGGGAAUCAACGCAAAGGCAGCCGGCUAACCUGAGCGGCUUCUUGGACAAGGGGCACGCGAGGAUCUCCAGCAGGCCAGGGUCGAAGGGCGGGCGCUGCUGUCCUUGGGCGCCGCCCGCCUUGUCCUCGCUCUCGGCCGCGGAGCACCACGCGCGCCGGGCCGGUGCCGCUCGCGCCGCCUGCCCCCAGCGCGGAAGGCGAGUCAGGAGCCGGAGCCCGGGUAGGGCUUGCAUGAUCUGCAGCUGCGCCCUGACGCUGCGCUUCCGUCUCUGCAGCGCCGAGGCCAGCCAGGAAGGGAAUCCGGCUUGGGCAGGAUCGUUUCCUGGGUCAGGCGAUCGCUGCUGCUGUUGUCACAUAGGGGGAGAGAGGGAGUCUGCGUAGUUGGUUCCUCGUAGUCGAUCGCUCAACUGCUAGGUGGUGCUGAAGGACUGCAUACGCUGCAUAAGCUGUGGAAACUUUUGUAGAGGACGCGCUUCGGAGGAAAGCGCUGGGCAUUUGUGCAUUUACUUGCAAGGAAGCUUCGUUGACUUGGAGUAAGAUGCACGCAGGGGAUCGAGGCUGCCGCAUUUGUGCGUUUACUUGCAAGGAAGCUUCGUUGACUUGGAGUAAGAUGCACGCAGGGGAUCGUAGCUGCUGCAUUUGUGCGUUUACUUGCAAGAAAGCUUCGUUGACUUGGAGUAAGACGCGCGCAGGGGAUCGUGGCUGCAUAUCCCAAUGCGGGCUUGCUUUUCAGGAAGCCUCUUGGAACCCCCUGGAACUUCUGAGUAAACGUGCAUGCAUUCGACUGGGGCUCCGCCGCUGCAAUCCUGUGCAUAAACGUGGCAGAUCCUAGGCAUGUUCCUUCCAAAGUUUGCCCCACUGAUUUAAAUGGGUCUUUCUCCCAGAUGUGCAGGGCAUUGCAACCAUACUUCAAAAUGAAUGAAGAGAGGGGGACUUAUUAUUUCUGGGUAAACAAACCUAGGCUCGGAUCCUCAAUACCUGAGUAGCUACAGUCAAGGAUUGCAGCUUUACAUGGGAGCAAGUCCUUCUGAUAUGAGUGGGGCUUAUUCUGAGUAAACCUCUGUACGAUCAGAUAGCACAGUUUAUGCAAAAUUGAUUUAAUCCUGGAUUGGGAAGUAGUGUCCCUCCAGAUGUGGUUGGAUCCCAAUUCACAUCAGCCAUAGCUUGCAAGGUCAUUGGUUUGGAUUAUGGGAAUUUUUGGAGCCACGCUUUCCGCAUCCCUGAAAUCAAUCAAGCCUCUUCCAAUUUCAGCUGGCUUAAGGGGAGUCGCGACAAUUCAGACACAGUUUUACAUCUGCACAGUGCUCUUGCACCCCACUCUGUCACAGGAGGCACAGCUAAUUGGUAAAAAAAAUGUUUUUACCAAGUUAUUUUGCUAAGAUGGCUGCAGUCAUUCCUGGAUUGAGAAAGCUGCACCACCAUUGUCCAUGCAUUGGUCACCUCAAAGUUUGGUUACUCUGCAAGACACUCUGUGCAGCUGCCCUUGAGGUUGGUUUGGAGGCCACAGCUGCAGAAGAACAUGGCAGCUACAGAUGGCUGUGCAGGCAAACGACUGCCAACGUAUAACACCUUGCUCACGGGAUUUGUUCAGGCUGCCAGGUGAAGUUCAGGGAUGUUCACCCAAAUGCAGAAGGCCUGUACAAGUCAGGAUCAGAUUAUUUAUGCAAACCUUAUACAGUGGUACCUUGGGUUAAGUACUUAAUUCACUCUGGAGGGCCAUGCUUAACCUGAAACUGUUCUUAACCUGAAGCACCGCUUUAGCUAAUGGGGCCUUCUGCUGCUGCCGCACCGCCGGAGCACGAUUUCUGUUCUCAUCCUGAAGCAAAGUUCUUAACCUGAAGCACUAUUUCUGAGUUAGCAGAGUCUGUAACCUGAAGCGUAUCUAACCUGAAGCAUAUGUAAUCCGAGGUACCACUGUACCUUGCAUACCCAGUAGGUCACUGCAGUCUGUGGGGGAACUUCUCUUGCAAUUCCAAAGCUUUCAGUAGGCCAGGCUUCCAGUGUUUCUGCCCUGAGAUACAACAGGUGCCCACUUUCUGCACUUCCCAGAAUUGCAGAGUUGGAAGAAGAAAUGGAAUAUUUUUUGCCCUGGUGAGCUUUCACAGAUGGAUGAAUGGGUUUCUGCAAUGGGUAUCUACUUUGAAUUUUUUUUUUUAAUGCUGUUUUCUGUGUUUUUAGUGGGGGUUUUUUUUUACUAGCUUAUUGCAUCUUGUACAUUGCCUUGAGAGGUAUAUGUGUGAGUGUAAGACGAUAAAUAAAAGAGGAUCUAAUUGUGAUGGACCGCAUAAAGCUGUUAGUGCUACUUGAAUUCAACAAAGAAACACUGCCCACAUUCAGUCUUUGUAAGAGAACCACUCCUACAAAUUGCAUAUAAAUAAUUUGCUGGGUCGCCCCCCCCUCCAGGUGCGUUUUGAAGGUGAACCAGGGAUUGAUGAUGGUGGGCCAUCCCAGGAGUUCUUCACCAUCAUCAGUAGGGACCUUUGUGCUCCAGAAGAACAGAUAUUCAGGCACUUCGAAGAAUCACAUCUGAUUUGGUUCUCCCACAAGGUAUGUAUGGCUGCAUUUCCAUGAUGUGCUUAAUUUAUGUUGCGUCCCCAACAUAGAGUUUUUCUGCAGGAUCAGAUCUCAAGUCCCAUCGGUUCCAGAACUGUGUUUCCAACAAUGGCUAUGCAGAUGCCUCUGGGGCGUCAUGAGUAGGGCUUGAAGGCAAUAGCCAUUCCUUGUUUUUUGUUCCUACAUCUGGUACUUACAGAUAUACUGCCCCUGUCAGCGGAGCUUCCAUUUAGCUAAGAUAGAUAAUAGCCUUUGAGAGAUGUAAAGGUAAAGGGACCCCUGACCAUUAGGCCCAGUCGUGACCAACUCUGGGGUUGCGCGCUCAUCUCGCUUUACUGGCCGAGGGAGCCGGCGUACAGCUUCCAGGUCAUGUGGCCAGCAUGACUAAGCCGCUUCUGGCAAACCAGAGCAGCGCACGGAAACGCCGUUUACCUUCCCGCUCCUAUUUAUCUACUUGCACUUUGACGUGCUUUUGAACUGCUAGGUGGGUCCAUCUAUUUAUCUACUUGCACUUUGACGUGCUUUCGAACUGCUAGGUUGACAGGAGCAGGGACCGAGCAACGGGAGCUCACCCCGUCGCGGGGAUUCAAACCACCGACCUUCUGAUCGGCAAGUCCUAAGCUCUGUGGUUUAACCCACAGCGCCACCCGUGUCCCUUGAGAGAUGUACCCCUCCUGAAUUUGCUACCACUUUUCAGGCCAUCACAUGGCGGAAAGAAUAAUGCUUCUCUUAUACUGCAAUUGGCUUCCUAAGUCUAUUUUUCUUUUCUUUUCUGAACUGCAGUUUAUCACCUAGCCCAGGGGCCAGCAAACUUUUUCAGCAGGGGGCCAGUCCACUGUCCCUCAGAACUUUGGGGGGAUGGACAGACUAUAUUUUGGAGUGGGGGAAAUGAACGAAUUCCUAUGCCCCACAAAUAACCCAGAGAUGCAAUUUAAAUAAAAGGACACAUUCUACUCAUGCAAAAACACCAGGCAGGCCCCACAAAUAACCCAGAGAUGCAUUUUAAAUAAAAGGACACAUUCUACUCAUGUAAAAACACUCUGAUUCCUGGACCAUCCGCGGGCCAGAUUUAGAAGGCGAUUAGGCUGGAUUCUCCCCCCGGCUCCUAGUUUGCCUACUCAUGACCUAGCCUGUAUUACCAUAUGUCAUUGUCAAAUGAGGGCAUACGGGAAGGGAUUGUCUCUGCACAGGAUCCAGAUUUCAGAGCACCAGUGUUGCGCACAGAUCCAGACUAGGCAUGAUAUUAUGAGCCCAGCUGCUUCCAUAGCUACUUCUCAGUGGCAUCUAGUUCCAGGGAUGCAAGUCAAAUCUCAUCAGCCUCAACCAUUGGCCAUGUUAGAUGGGGCUGAUGGGAUUCAGAGCCCCCACACAAUCGGGGGGAGGGGGGAUAUAGGUUCUACAUCUCUGACCUAAUCUGCAUUUUCCAAUAUAUGCACAUAUAUAUUUUUUUUCAAAUUAGGUACCAGCGCAGGAAGACAUAUAUUUUCUAAUCGGGAAGCUGUUUGGGAUGGCUCUCUAUAAUAUGAAGAUAGCUGCUUUCCCUUUCCCCCUUGCUCUGUUCAAGAAGAUGGCAAACAUUCAGCCAACUCUGGAAGAUUUAAAAGAGCUCUCUCCUGUGGUAGGAAGGUAUGGAAUAUUCUGCAUGUCCAUGUGAAAUCGCAUUGUGAAGAAGUACCUUUCCUUGUUUCAUUACCAGAAUUGCAGGGUUUACUCUGGGGUGACUAACCUGUGUUCCUUCAGAGGUAGUUGGACUCCAGCCCAGCCAGCAUGACCAGUGGCCAGGACUGACCAUUCGCAUCAGGAGGAACACGGGUUAAUCACUCUUGGGUUAGAUAGACCUUAUACAGUGGUACCUCGGGAUGCGAACGGCAUCCAUUCCGGAGCCCCGUUUGCAUCCUGAAUAUAACGUAAGAUGCAACAGCACGUGCGCGGGUUGCGUUUAGUCACUUCCGCGCUUGCGCAUGACGUCAUUUUGACUGCGCAUGUGCGAGCGGCGAAACCCGGAAGUAACGCGCUCCGUUACUUCCGGGUUGCCGUGGAGCGCCACCUGAACGUGCUCAACCUGAAGCGUAUUUAUCCUGAGGUAUGACUGUAUGUUGAAAUCCUUUUUGCAUAGUGGGGCAUAGACUACAACUACAGUUUUAAACUCGCUUAUUUGGAGGGCUGCAAUCCAAACCCCAUUUCCUUUGGAGGGUAAAUUCAGUAGGAUGUUUGAGGCGGUAUAGUUAGGACUGUGCUAAAAAUUCCCUUCAAAUCAGUCGGAGUAAAUGUCAGCAAAUACAUUUAGGAUUGGAACCAGACCAUUCUAUUUCCCCUUUUCUCUUUUACCCACUAGUAAUCUUCAGGCAGUCUUGGAUGAAGAUUAUGAAGAUGUCAUUGAAAACAUGAUGUUGGAUUUCACAGUAAGAGAUGUUGAUAAUCUUCUAACAAUCCCUCCCUAUGUUUCUCCCAUGCACAUGCGGGCAAGCACAUUUCCUUUUUUGUGGCUGAACGGAUAGUUUUUUCAUCCAUUAACAACAACAACAAAAUCGACCCUACUUUCCCACUCUGAAACAUACAAACCAUGCAAUAAACGUUACAAAUCAUAACAGUAAAAAUACCUGUAAUCUAACGGUACUAAAACAGAACGAUAGAACACUUUUUAUGAACCCAACUUUACAGGAUAAAUGUUGCGGGUGUCAAUUAAAAGCUCAGAUCACUAGAACAUUGGGAGUCUAAUGUGGGGUGAAGGAGCAUUUUGCUAUUGAGUGUCGUAAUCUAUUGGGGGCUGUACCUGAGCCAAAAGUUGGGUGGCUACCCCAUUUUCUCUAUUUCUUCUACCCCCUUUUCUGUCUCUUGUCACACCCUUUCCCUUUACGAGAUUAGCCCAAGGGUUGCAUGUUGCCACAUCUUCUGCCUAAAAGACAAUAACAAUGGUUAUGCUUGGGCAUGGAAUUCCAGAAUGAGGGUGCCACCACAAACAAAGCCCUCCUUUCAUUUGCCCCCUCUCAGAAGGUGACCUUCAUUCCCAGGCAACCCAGUGCAUCUAGCUUUCAAAAUAAAAGAACGGAAUGGCUUAACGACACGUGUUUGUUUGUUGCAUCCCUUUUUAGAUAACAGAAGAACAUGAUGGAUCCAUAGUUGACGUUGAAUUGAAAGAAAAUGGUGCGAACGUUCCAGUUACCAAGUGCAACAGGCAAGAUUUGUUAAGUCCUCUCCACCCCACCCUGUUUUUAAUCAGUUAUAUUUGGACAGAACUAUAUGUUGCAAUGAAAGCUCUGGGUUCUCAGUCCUGUAUUUCCUUUAUAAUGCUAAUGGAGGGUUAUCUGGAGGUGGCCAGAAUCUGUGUGUGUGUGUGUGUGUGUGUGUGUGUGUGUGUGUGUGUGUGUGUGUGUGUGUUUUGCUCAACCCUUCCCUUCUUCGUUGAUUCCCCUCUGAAAAUGCUCCUGCUGGAAUGUUUCCUUCCACCCCUCCAAAAUCACUAGUGAGACUGGCUGCCAGCUGUCUUGGGGGGUUUGCAGAAGAGAAUUGGCAAGCUCGGGACUGGUUAAGCACCCCUCUUUCCUUUCCACCAAUGCUCCCCUGUAACUGGAAACCAGACAUUUGUCGAUGCCAAAACACAAUACAAGAACAUAAAUGCUCUUAGAUACCUUUCAGGGGUCAAAGCUUUGUUUCAGCAAAGUCAGUGGCUAACUCGGAUCUUUGGUUGGGCGAGGGGGGGAAAGCAACCACGUUUAGUCCUGGGGUUUAAAUCACCUUUCUGCUAAAGAUGCUAGGUAAUGCUGUCGUGAGAUUUUGCUAUCCUCUGUGGCCCCUUUGAGCUUGAAAAGCUCCAGAGAUGGUACCUGGUACCUUUGCCAGAGGGGAAAAAGCAUAGGUCAAGGUCCUAGGGCCAUACAUAUGGCAAAACAUAAUAAUCAUGGAUGUUGGAUGUUGAAUCAUAUGGGUGAUACUCAUGCAUGCUUAUCGUAACCCACUGCUACAAAUUGUCCAUGGUUUCACUGGCUCCAGGAUGGCUGCUGGAGGAGAAAAGGCUGAGGAAGCCAUGAGCAAAUCUUAGAUGGAAACUUUUCAAGACUUUCAAACUUCACACACGUUUUUAGGGGAAGGGGGCAUGGAGACCUGGAAUGCCCCCAUCUGACAUUCCAACAAAAAGGUGACAUGGUUGUAGCAAAAAUAAUAUUUAGCAGUUAUAUAAUUUUUUCAGAUGCCUACCCCAACUCACAUAAAUUGCCUUCUGUAUUCUUGGCAACAACCCUCUAAACUCGGGUUCAGUAUAAUCUCCUCUGAUUUAUGGGAAGCUGAGAGGGUGGUUUCCCCGAAGACACCCAGUAAUUUAACAGCAAAGGCACAAUUCAAACCAGGGAUUUUCCAACUCCCAGCUCAGUCUCUUCGGCUGCUGUUCUGUGCCAGCUUAUCUGAGGUUGGCACCAUUGAAUUCAGUGGGACUUAGUUCUGAGUAGACAUGCUUAGGUUUGAGCCGAGAGCUGAUCUCACCAGAUAGUAUGGGCACAGUUGCUUUCUGCAGACCCCCUAAAAGUACUCUCUUCAAAAGUUAAGAACUCAAGUUACACUGCUUAUUUGUUUCAUGAUCUGGCGAGAGUUUAUUUCGAUACUUUUACAUCUGUAUGUAUAGACCACUUUGGGUCCUUCACAGAAAAUCAGGCUAUAAAUAUAGUAAAUAAAUGAACUGCAUUAAUCUAUUUCCAGGAAAGAAUAUGUUGAUGCUUACGUGAACUACAUGUUCAGUACUUCAGUAGAAAAGCAGUUCGGGGACUUCGUGCGUGGAUUUAAAACAGGCUGCCCAAAUGAAAUUUGGAAAAUAUUUCUUCCUGCUGAGCUCCGUGUUGUUCUCCUUGGACAUACAGAAUAUGACUGGGAACAGCUAGAAAAGGUAAAACAUAAAUUUACCCAGGGCUCAAUUGACUACUGGAUGAAAUAUGCUAUAGGAAAGGGAUUGGGAUGCCCUGACACUGUUAUGAUUUGUUUUUGUGGUUCUGCAUAAUUUUAUUUAUGUACAUUGUUUAGAGGUAUUAAUUAUUUUACUGAAAUUGUGGAAUUUUUUAUUCUUAGUAGUUGUAGUAGUAGUAUUGUCCAAUUGUGAAUGUAGAAUUUGUAUUGUAUUGUAUUGUAUUGUAAUUCAUUUGGCUGGGAUUUAGAAACAGCUUAAGAGAUUUCGGGUCAAAUAUGAAGAAAUAUAUAAAGUAACUAAAUAUUUAAGAAGGCAAAAUAAAGGGAAUGUGUGGAGCAGCCCUCAGAUUCCCUGCACAAAGUCAUAAGGGGGACUGAAAUAUCUCGCGGAAUUAUGUUGGGCAACAAAUGUUGAUUUAUGUAAAGAGAUACUGAAGGAUUAACUGCAGGGCUAUUUUUAUUUCCUAUGACAGAAUGCGAAGUACCAUGGUUAUGAAAGGUCGGAUGAAACAAUUGAGGAUUUUUGGGCUGUGUUUCAUGCUCUUCCUGAAGAAAAGAAGAAGAAUUUCCUCUGUAAUAACGUAUUUCUUUUAAAAAGUCAAAAUGAAUCAUUUGUUUGAUAUUAGAAUAGGAGAAGAUGAUGCCAAUAUAUUUCACAUCUGGCAAAUACUGCACCAGAUUUUGUUUCAUAUAGUACAUGGGUCUAAAAAAAAGCCUGGGACACAAUUUUUCACCGCCCAUUAGUGGCUGUGGUGGCUCAUUUGCCAGAUGUAAUAAUGUGUUUAGCGUUAACUCUGGAAAUGUGUACUCGAUUCUGUCCAAACUAAGUCUCCUGUUGUAUAUUUUGCACUAGGAGGCUUAGUUUGGUCAGAAUCAAAUACAGGCAACUCCUCAUUUAUGUGGAGGUUACAUUCCGAGGCACAGCGGAUCUGUGAAACCACGUACAGUGGUACCUUGGGUUACAUACACUUCAGGUUACAUACACGUCAGGUUAUAGACUCGGUUAGCCCAGAAAUAUUGCUUCAGGUUAAGAACUUUCCUUCAGGAUGAGAACAGAAAUUGUGCUCUGGCGGCACGGCAGCAGCAGGAGGCCCCAUUAGCUAAAGUGGUGCUUCAGGUUAAGAACAGUUUCAGGUUAAGUACGGACCUCCGGAACGAAUUAAGCACUUAACCCGAGGUACCACUGUAUACUGUAUUUGAAACACCCUUGAAAAAGCCUGAAAAUGCCUUGUUCUGCCCUCAUUCCACCCCUUUUUUUGUGUGAUUUUUGGGGUCACUUUCAGGUUUGGCACGAUGCAUGUGUGUGCAGUUGCGCACAUAUUGAACAUGCCUAAAUGGGGGGGGGUUGUCUGUAUACACUUCGUUGUUGUUGUUGUUUUUAAAAAACUCCAAAUAAUUUUUAUUGGUUUUCAUUUAAAUACAAGAACAAUGUAUAAAUAGAGUAACUUGUCCAGGGGAACAUUCUUGCUAAGUUUCAUACGCAGUACACAAGCAAUAUGUUUAUUUAGGCCUUGUCAAUUCAAGUAUCCUCUCCACAGAGAGUGUUGUGAGUGGAAUAAAAGUCUUUUCUGUCUCAUUUAUAAAGGAAAAGAAUGGAAGCCAAGUCUUGCCAAAAGUGGCCUGUCUUUGAAGUGCCUUUAAUUACUCUUCUGUGGCAAGUAAGGUGUUCCAAUAGGGACACAUUCCAAAUAUUCCUUACUCAGAUUUCAACAGGGAUUUCUAUAGGUUAUUUCCAGUAUUGGGCUAUUGUUAGUCUGCAUAGACUUGAAAGCCAGACAUCACUCAGCCCUAACACACAUCAUUUGUAAUAUAUUGCCAGGUCAAAAAUUAUGAAACCAGUAUCAUAAUAAGGACUUCAAAGCGGUUUGGGACGAUAUAUCAAUAUAUCGCCCAGCCCUAAUGGACAUCCUGGAUUCUCACCUGCCAGCUAACCCACAGAAAUAGACAGGAAAAAGAAGCUGCUGAAUUACAACUUAUUACCCAACUUAAAACCAUAUUGGAUUCUCACCUCAUUAUACAUGAUAAAGCAUUUUUCGCCAUCUCACCCCUUGCUUUUUUCUGUAAGACCAAUUGCAAUCGUUAACAGUCGUCACCAGGUUUACCACACCUGUCAGCCAAUCACCCAUUCCCACCACCUUUCUGAGUAAUACCCUUCCCCACCCUCUCACUAUAUAUAAAGGUCUGAUGACUUCCAUUUCAGUGUAUCUGAAGAAGUGUGCAUGCACACGAAAGCUCAUACCAAGAAAAAACUUAGUUGGUCUCUGGUGGCACUGUGGGUUAAACCACAGAGCCUAGGACUUGCUGAUCAGAAGGUCUGUGGUUCAAAUCCCCGUGAUGGAGUGAGCUCCCGUUGCUCCGAUCCCUGCUCCUGCCAACCUAGCAGUUCAAAAGCACGUCAAAGUGCAAGUAGAUAAAUAGGUACUGCUCCAGCGGGAAGGUAAACGGCAUUUCCGUGCACUGCUCAGGUUCGCCAGAAGUGGCUUAGUCAUACUGGCCACAUGACCUGGAAGCUGUACGCCGGCUCCCUCAGCCAAUAAAGUGAGAUGAGCGCUGGCUGCAACCCCAGAGUCGGCCACGACUGGACCUAACGGUCAGGGGCCCCUUUACCUUUAAGGUGCCACUGGACAAUUUUUUUUUAUUUUUUAUAUAUAUUUCCACAGGGUUGGGUCAUCAUCAUUAUUUGCUAAGAUGCGUUCUGGCUAUGUGUUGUUUAAUUUCUACCAUCUCUUCCAGCUUUUCUCACAGGGACCGACUGCUUCCCAGCUCAUGGAAUGGAACGAUUCACAGUCACUAUUGCGGAUUUGAGAAAAGAAGAUCCAGACCUGUGGUACCCUGAGGCCUCCACUUGCUACCGAGUCUUGCAUCUUCCUAGAUACAGCAACAGGGAUGUUCUCCAGAAUAUGCUCCUCAUCGCUCUAGAGAACUAUGAAAAAUUUGGCCUCUCUUAAAAAGCCUGGAUGUAAUUUCGCUGUCCUCUGCACCCCACCUCGAAACUGCUGUCGUUUCCCACAAUUUGCUUAAACAGCUCUUUCCAUACAAGAGAUAUAGGUCACUGAAACAGUCCAGCAGAGUGUAUGGUUUAGUUUUUAUUAAGUUUAUGAAUCGCUCCCCACAGCCAAUGGAAGUCUGUGUUGAAAAUGUAUUGGCACCAGGGAGAGCAUUCCAUAAUUUUUGGGGGGUGGGGUGUCAGCACAUAAAAGGCCUGUUUCCUUGUGGUCGCCCUUUGAACAUCUCUUGUAGGGAGCAUCUAGAGAAGGGCAUCAAAAGUUGACGGGUCCAGUAUGGGGAGAGGUGGUUAUAGAAGUAUUGGGCUCCUCAGCCACAGAAGGGCUUGGAAGUCAGAAGCCGCCCUUUGAAUUGGGCUUGGAGACAAAUUGGUAGGCAUUGGAGAUGGACCAGAACCCGAGUUGCAUUUCCACCCAGCUCACUGGGUGACCUUGAGCCAGUCACUCUAUUUGUCUCCUGACCUACCUCACAGGGUUGUUGUGAGGAUAAAAGCUGAAGGGGGCCAUGUUCACUGCCCUGUGAUCCUUGAAAAAGUUAUAAAUAAAUUAUAUUUUCAUGCAAGUCGAAGAUGCACUCUGAGUCUGCUUUUAUCUGGAACGCAAUGGAAUGUAUUGGCUUUGCUCUACCUUCGGUUCAGAUCCUAGUUGCUGGCAGGAGGGAAGAGGGCAUUUGGGCUCAUCUUUUGCUUGCUGGUUUCCCUCAGGCAUCCGGUUGGCCACUGAGAGAGUAGGAUGUUGGAUUAGGUGGGCCAUUGGUCUGGCUCAGCAGACUAGUCUUAUGUGUACUUGGUGAAGACUGGAGUAUAGUGGUACCUCGGGUUACAUACGCUUCAGGUUACAUAUGCUUCAGGUUACAGACUCCACUAACCCAGAAAUAGUGCUUCAGGUUAAGAACUUUGCUUCAGGAUAAGAACAGAAAUCGUGCUCCGGCGGCGCGGCAGCAGCCGGAGUCCCCAUUACCUAAAGCGGUGCUUCAAGUUAAGAACAGUUUCAGGUUAAGAAUGGACCUCCGGAACGAAUUAAAUACUUAACCUGAGGUACCACUGUACAGUGGUACCUUGGUUUACAAUCGCUUUGGAAUACAACCGUUUUGGAUUACAACCACGUCAAACCCGGAAGUGCGUGUCCCUUUUUUUGGAUUACAACCCAUUUUGGGGGGGAGGCCCCAUUGGCGAAAGCAAACCUUGGGUUACAACCUUUUUUGGUUUACAACCGGACCUCCAGAACAGAUUAUGGUUGUAAACCAUACAGGUACCACUGUAUUGUGUCCAGUUCUGGACACUACUAUCAUCUCUAGCUAGCAGGACCAGUGGUCAAGGAUGACGGGAAUUAUAGUCCAAAAGCAGCUUGGAGACCCAAGUUUGGGAAACCCUGGUGUAGAGGACUGAGAGUUAAAUUCCAGAUGUAUUGUGAGGGCAACAGGUUAGCUACCCUGGCUGUAGACAGGCACUGCCCCGUGUUGCUGAGUCAAAGGCAGAGAUCUAUGAGGUCACUAAAUCGGCAACAGCUGCUGCAAGCCUUUAUGAACUCAUUGGCUUAGCCUUCCUUUGCUUGCAAGCGGCAGAAUGAAACACUGGCCUCUGUGAGGCUGGUGGCUUGGCUGGAAUUCGGGGGAAACACCUGACUGAGAAGUCACCAUGUCAUCUUGAGCAUGGCCAGUAUGCAUUGUCUUGUGUUCAGGUAUGGGGCAGCACAGGUUUUUUAGAAAACAGAAGGGCAAGAUCAUUUAAUAGGUGAUUUCUACGUCACCUGGUAUUUCUCCAGCAAACAAACUGGUAUGUUGGGGGAAAGGCAUAGGGCACAGCUUGGGAACCUGUGACACUCCAGACAUUUAAUUUUUAUUUAUUUAUUUAUUCAACUUAAAUGCCACCAUUCAUCAAAAGUUUGCCAGGUGCAGUACAACAUGAAGAACACAUUUUAUGGAGCAUAAUAAAAAUACUAGUAAUAAACAGAACAACAAACAGAAUAAUAAAAUAAUAAUAGGGCUCCCCCACCCAGCUUUAACAGCCAUAUAUUAUUUACUGGCCAAAGGCCUGGGGUGAAGAGGGAUGUUUUCACCUGCCGCCUAAAGAGAUGUAAUUAUGGCAUCAGGCAUGCCUCUGGGGAGAGCAUUCAGCAGACGGGGAGCCGCCAAAGAAAUUGCCUUUGAUGUGAUGGACUCCAACGCCCAUCAGUCCCAGCCAGGAUGGCCAAUAGGGAAAACUGGAUUUGUAGUCCAACAACAUCUGGAAAACCACAGAUUUUGCAUCCUUGGUGAACAGCACAAUGAAGGAAUAACUUUGUGUGUGUCUACAAAGGAUACAUUUAGGGGUAGCAAAAGAAGUGGUCUCCACCCUCUAUUCGAAAUCUUACGUGGUUAUAUAUGACCUGUAUCGGAGACUAAGGUACUGUUUCUACAUACCAUGUAGGUAUCUUUUGUCAACAAGUCUGUAGUCCUAUAAUUGGGAACAAGCCCCACUGAACCCGGUGGGUGUUCCUUCCAAGUAUCUAUACCUGGUAUUGGGCUGCAGGGAUGCGGCUUUAUAGAGACUCUGUACAAUCAUAGCCCUAUUUAGCUGGGAGCAAGCCCCAAUGAAUUCAACAGGACUUCUGAGUAGACAUGGUUAGGAUCGCACAGUUAUUUAGAAAGGAGCACCACCGAACUCAGUCUUAGUGGGAGACACUUUGUUCAGCUUCUCUUCCAUUCCAUCGUCCUCCGGAAAACCUUCCCAAGGGUCCUCUAGUACAGCCCCUUGAAAUGCAGGAAUCACGGCUAAAGAAUCCCUGACAGAUGGCCAUUUUUCCAUCUCCACCGUAUUAAGCAGUUGGUCCCUUACCUUUCUUGCCCUGAUUUGGCCACAGUGAUCCAUGCGACGGUCACCUCCAGGCUUGAUUAUUGUAACUUGCUCUACACGGGGCUGCCCUUGAAGCUGACCCAGAAACUCCAGCGGGUGCAGAAUGCUGCGGUGAGGCUCCUUACGGGGUUCUUGUUGCGGGAUCACAUUCACCCAAUGCUUUACCAGCUGCACUGGCUCCCGGUGGAGUACAGGGUCAGGUUUAAGGUGCUGGUUUUGACCUUUAAGGCCCUAUGCGGCCUAGGACCCAUGUACCUACAGGACCGCCUCUCCUGGUACACCCUGCAGAGGACCUUAAGGUCCACAAAUAACAACACUUUGGAGGUCCCGAGCCUCAAGGAGGUUAGAUUGGUUUCAACUAGGGCCAGGGGCCUUUUCAGCACUGGCCCCGACGUAGUGGAACGCUCUGUCACAAGAGACUAGGGCCUUGCAGGAUUUGACAUCUUUCCACAGGGCCUACAAGACAGUUGUUCCGCCUGGCCUUUGGUUUGGACUCAGUCGGACCCUUGUUUCCCUCCCCUUAUGGCCUUGAUUUGUUAGCUAUUUUAAAAUGAGGCUGCAUUUUAAAUUGCAUUUUAACCUGUAUUUUAAAUUGGUUUUUUUUCCACCUCCCUCUCUUUCCCCCCUAUUAUGUUUUUACUGUGAUUUUAUUAUUGGUGUUAGCCGCCCUGAGCCCGGCUCUGGCCGGGGAGGGCGGGGUAUAAAUAAAAUUUAUUAUUAUUAUUAUUAUUAUUAUUAUCAUCAUCUAAGCUCUUGUUUGAAACCCACCACUGAAGGAGAACCCACCUCCUUCUGAGUCAAGCAGCCUUUACUGUCAGAAAGUUGAUGCUAAUGUUUCGUCAUAAUCUCUUUUCUUGUAACUUGAAUUCAUUGAUUUGGGUCCUACCCUCCAGAGCAGGAGAAAACAAGCUUGCUCCAUCCUCCAUGUGACAGCCCUUCAGGUGUUUGAAGAUGGCUAUCAUAUCACCUCUCUUACUUUUCUUUGUCAUCUGAAGGGCUGUGUCACCCCCCCUUUUCAAAUUAGCUGCUUCUGAUGCAUGUUUCGAAAUAUUGUUGGUUUAGUCCUAGCGUGUGUUCAUUUUACAGUAUGUGCUUUAGUUUUGGGGUUUUUUUGGCUUGCUUUCUGCAUCUUAUCAUCAGACAUGGUUUCAAGUACUGCCAGACUGUAGCUGUCGGCAACUAGGAUGAGACUGAGGUUGCACCCUGAAUGUUAACAUGGGGAUCUCUGAUGUGUUCUGUUGGAAUGUUUAUCUUUCAUGACAGCCUGUCCACAUUAUGUCAGGACAUUAUGAGCAUUUUCCUUUCCUCAGCGUGCUGUGUCUGAUUCAAAAUGGAAAGGAAGUUAUCCUGUGCAUGCUUAUGAGCACGAAUUAAGUACUUAACCCGAGGUACCACUGUGCAUCUCCUUCAUGAAAGUUGUUCAAUGGGACUGGUACUCAGGACCCUGCGCAAUGGGGCAUCCUGACUGGCAGAGGUUUCCCCAUAUGAAUAAGAGAUCCAGGUGUACAGAAUAGUAGGGACCUUUCACACACUAGCCAAACAUACUGAUGGCAAGGGUGCAUGACUGCCGAGACGGUCUUGCAAUCCCUUAAAUCUCCUGUUACAGUGGUACCUCGGGUUAAGAACUUAAUUCGUUCUGGAGGUCUGUUCUUAACCCGAAACUGUUCUUAACCUGAAGCACCACUUUAGCUAAUGGGGCCUCCUGCUGCCGCCGCGCCGCCGGAGCACGAUUUCUGUUCUCAUCCUAAAGCAAAGUUCUUAACCCAAGGUACUAUUUCUGGGUUAGCGGAGUCUGUAACCUGAAGCGUAUGUAACCUGAGGUACCACUGUACUUCUGUUGUGAACAGUCACGACGCUCCGUUUGCCUGCAUCUAGCUUUAAGCGAAUUGCCUUUCGCAUCCCCUGCCACACACCCACACCCACACACGCAAGUGCCAACUGAGGAAAUCGCUUCCUACAUCUGGCAGAGUGGACUCUAUCGUCCACCGAAAGCUUAUGCCAUAAUAAAUCUGCUGGUCUUCAAGGUGCCAGGAGGCUCUUUGAAGUUUUUGCUAUCAGAGCUUAAAUGAUUAUAGGUCUAUUUACAGGUUAAGAUUGUUUCCUUCUCCUAGUCUGUUGCAAUGCAACUGGCCUAUAGGAGAUAAAGCUGAUGGGUGGGGUGGGGGUGGGGAGAGACUUUAUAGGCCAUUAAAACCUUCCCUCCCUAAUCCCUGUUCCUGUAAGAACUGCCUCUUUGCAAGCAAAUUGAAAAGCCUGCGACUCUUUUCUUCUUAAAUGGUUUUGGAACGGCUUAAUCUCUGCCUUCACUAAUACAUUCUGUGCAGUGCAAAACAAGUGAACAGUAAAUGUUACACUAUAGGAGAAUCAAUGCAUAGGAAAUCUUCUGUGCGUUUCAGGUGCAAACUACUCUACAGCUGUUGCUAUUUACCAGAGACAAGCCCUCUUUUCUGGAUCCCGGCCCAGAAAAAUCACUGGCCCCAUUUUUGCUUUUUUGUUCGGGUGAGCUUCUUCCGAAGAGGCAUUCAAGUCCCACCUUUCUGGAAAGGUUAGCCAGGCAGGGGGGCACAGUCUUUGUAUAGUACCGUACAGCACUUUCAGCAGUUCCUUCAGUUCCCUGACUUGGAAGCAGGAAGAACUCUGGAGCAAUGGGAUUUGCUGAGCAAGUGAAGAGUUACCAAAUCAUCACAAGUUAAGUAGCACGGAAUCAAAACGGCUAGGCACGCAAACACCACACAGCCUGUGGCUUAGGAAAAGUACACGCCACGGUUCAAUUAAAAGUUGAUUUACAGUGUAAUCCCGCGCAUAUCUACUCAGAUGUUCAAUGGGGCUUAGUCCCAGGAACAUGUGGAUACAGGAUUGCUGUCUUUAACAUCAAUAAAAGCGAGAAAUAAGAAAAUUUCACGAAAGAACACAGUAAUUUCUAGCUAAACCUGGCUCAGAUGCAAUAACUAAAAGCUCCUCCAGGUUAAUUGACUAUGCAUCCUGAUUUGCUUGCACAAAAAGGUGUUUUUCUAAUCCUUUACAGCCCAGGUUUCAUACCCGCUAUAACAGGGGUCAGCAAACUUUUUCAGCAGGGGGCCGGUCCGCUGUCCCUCAGAUCUUGUGGGAGGCCAGACUAUAUUUUGGAAAAUAAAAAUGAACAAAUUCCUAUGCCCCACAAAUAACCCAGAGAUGCAGUUUAAAUAAAAGCACACAUUCUACUCAUGUAAAAACACACUGAUUUAGAAGGCGAUUGGGCUGGAUCCGGCCCCCGGGCCUUAGUUUGCCUGCCCAUGCGCUAUCACUUCAGCCUGGAGAUGGGUCUCUCCAAGCCCUACCUGGAGACGCCAAAGAUAUUUCUGCAUGCAAAGCUCUGACCUUUCCCUAAGAAAUGGACUUUGUACCAUACAUUUAAAGCACAUUUUAAAAUAAGUGCAGCCAUGUAUUCAUGCACUUCCUUGAGCCAGUGAGUCAUGCCUGGCGUUCCCCUCCAAUUAACUCAAGAGCGCUUGCCUCCAGCUCUUCCCCUGCGCCUCAAGGGCUCUCUUCUGAUUCAUUUGUUUGUUGUCAAGCUGAACCCCGGGCUCAAAACGACAUUGCACAUCUGCCACAUCAUUGUACAUCAGAACGAUAAGUGCAUUUUGCAAUACUUUUGUGUCGUGCAGCCCAAACCUGUAACUUUUGUCCUCAGAAUUAAAUUCUACUGGGUUAAGCAUAUGCACAGGAUUACAGCUUUCUAGCAGACUUCUAUGCAUGUUUACCAAAGUAUGCCCCACUUUGUUCAAUGGGGCUUUACUUCCUAGUAAACAUACUUAGGAUGUCAGCCUAAACACUCCAGGUCUUUAUAUUUUCCUUCAAAUGCAAAGCUAAAAUUUUCAUCCAUGCUUCUAUCCAGAAUACCCAGCAACCGAAGGGCCCUGCAAGAAAUCAUUAGCAGAGGAAUCCUAUACAUGCCUACUCAGAAGUAACUACCAGAGAAGUGGGCAUAGGUUUGCUACCCAAGUAUCCAGUGCAUCAUUUCUGAGUGUUGCUAAUGCAAUAUAAAAAUGCAAGAGCCAUUUAAGAACAGACUGUUCCUUCUAAUCAAUGCAUCUCUCUUAUUCAGUUAACAAGCACAGCGAAUUCAAAAUAUAGGUUGUUGGUUUUUUAAAGCAUCCCUUGCCAAAAUAUUUAGCUGGAAUAUGGCCUGGGGAUAGAUUUCAAACUCACCUGGAAAUUAAUUCUCAUCAGAAGUUACUCUUUGUGGCACGGCUUAUACAGUAUAGCAAAGUAACUUGCAGGAACAUAAAGGUGUUCAUUGUCUACUUCAAUUUAUCAACCUCCUUGGAGCUUAUAUGCAAUCAGGCUCCCUGCUGCCUGUCUCUGUCAGAAGUAUUGUUAGAGGGCUGGGCUGUGGAUCACCUGCCCUUGUUCCAAAAAUGAUUUUUAACUUUACUUCCAGGGCUGGUUCACAUACUGUGCUGGCCAUUCACUUAUCCUCUUAAUUUGCUCUGGGACCAACAUAUGCAGCUAUACAUAUGCAGUGUCGUGCUGAGUGUGUCGGACUAGGACCUGGCAGAAUCAGGUUCAAAUCCCCACUCAGCCCUGACGCUCACUUGAGCCUAUCAGACUCUCAGCUUAACCUACUCCACAGGGUUAUUGUUAGGAUAAAAUUGGGGAGGGUGGGGAGAGCCACAUUGAACUUCUGGGAGGAAAAGUGUGCUACAAAUCUAAGAAUCAUUAACAAAAUUAGCAUAUGCAAAUUUGUGCCACAGGCCCCUGUGUCUUUUGAGUGUUUAGCAGAGCCUCUGUACACUGAAUAGUUAUGAUUAGUCUCUGAGAGAACUGCCCUCUGACCUGUCAAAUAUUUCCAUCUAAAUAUAAAAUUUGCACACUUUUAAGUAACCUCCUGCUGCCUAGUUUAGCUUGGUGCCAGUGUGGUGUAGUGGUUAAGAGUGUCGGACUAGAACGUGGGAGACCUGGGUUCGAAUCCCCUACUUGGCCACGCAGCUCACUGAGUGACCCUGGGCUGGCCUCUCAGCCUAGCCUAUCUUACAGGGGUGUUGUGGGGAAUUAAAUGAGGGGGAGAACAAACCAAAAAAGUGGGAUAUAAAUGCAAACAAAUAUCUCAGUUGGUUAGAACAUGGUGCUGAUAACACCAAGGUUGCAGGUUUGAUCCCCAUAUGAUACAGCUGCAUAUUCCUGCAUUGCAGGGAGUUGGACUGGAUGAUCCUCAGGGUCCCUUCCAACUCUACAAUUCUAUGGUUCUGUGAAAUAAAUACACAGUGCAGUUGCACCAGCACAAUAUGGACUUCACAUUUUCCUCCAGCGCCUCUAGGGUUAACUGUCAGGCCGCCUCUCUCCCCCCCCCCCAAACUAGAACUCUGGGCCCAACCUACCCCUCCUUCCCCAUGUCAGCCUCUGGUGGAAGCAGCGAUUGGUUCAGCCGGAGAGCCUCCGCGGCUUCCCAUUGGGUGCGGCUCAACACGUCAACCACGUAAAGGCGGGGCUCGCGCUUGGCUCUCGCUGCUGGAGAAGGAAGCAAAACUUCGUUGUUAUUGUAGCGCGCAGCAGGAAGCAGAGUACAGAGGUGCCGCCUCCGUCUCCGCACCUGGGACUCCCGGGGCGCAGCAGCAGCCAAGAGCCGGUGAGCGUUCCAAAGGCGUUGCUUUGCGUUCCCCGGGCGCUGCGUGCGAUCCUGUUGUGCUGUCGCUUCCUUUUUUUUGCAGGCUUUUUUAUAGAAGGGUGGGGGGGGUAGCUCCCUUUCGCUCAGCUUGGAUAGCGGAGGCUUUGCAAGCUUCCCGAUCUCUCUGCGUCGUGCAAUUCAGGCUCUCCCAUUAGAUCAAUGGGAUAUUUUGCCUCCCGGGUAUAAACGGGGGUGAUAGGCUUGCAGUUGGGGGGCGACGAAUAGAGAGACCCACAGCAGCCUCCUAGCAAACCCAACUCCUUUCCGAUUCCUGUUAAUAAUGGCCUCGCUGCCGCCUUUCUCUUUUUCUCCAGACGGGGCGGGUGGAACGAAUAAUAAUUUCAUUUAGCACUCCACAGCCCUGGAGUGACAGAGCCUGACUUUGAGCCCGCGAUCCAAUACGCACACUUAACCUGAAGGGGUCAGUCGUAUUAAGAAGAGUCCACCCCACCCCUCUACUGGAUCAGGCUAAAGGCCCACCUCGUCCAACAUCCGUCCAGGUAGCACUAAGACGCCCAUAAAGCACGGCACGGGCGCAGCCUGUGGGUCUUGCUGCCGAGUUAGGCGUGCCUAGGCUUGGGUUGGUUUGAAGACUGGAAGAUGAGGAUAACCCCCCCCCCCCCCCGUAUUGUCACACGGGACCCCCAAUAAUCUCCCUUUCUGCGCUUGAUCCUCCCAUGCAGUGGGGCAAAGAAAGAUUGCUGGCUGCGUAUGCGCAUCUGUGCAAGAUUAUGUCUUCCCCCUUUCCAGCAAGACAUUUUAUUCUACGCGGCCACUGGCACCGAUGGAUGGGAGGCAGCUACGAGAUCUAAUAGCUGUAGCCGGGGGAAACCCGGAAAGCCCUGCGCAAGCCAUAUCCUGUCUCCUUGCAUCUCGGCUGCUGCUGCGCAGGAGAACUUCCCGCUGGAUUAUGCCCGCAGGUUGGCUGUAGAAAGAGCUCUUGGGAAAGCAGCUAUUACCCUCGGACUUUUUAUUUUUAAAAAAUGGCUUCUUAAAUUAUUUGCUGGCCUUUAAAUAAUUUUGAAAGGUUGCUGAAGAUUCCCUCUGCCUGUGCCGUGUUGUGUGUGUGUGUAUCGAGGAGUAGGUGGGAAUGACAGUCAAACCGCUAUUUCAGUAACGCUUGCACCGCGAUGCAAAGACCGGGCGUAUGUGCAGUUGCGUUCAUUAGAAAGCAGAAAUCCUAGAAACCCGGACAGCAGGAACCGGGGCUUUCCACGUCACCCACGGGCAGAUAUUUGGACCGGGUGGCGGCUAGUUUCCGGGACUUUGCGCGCGCGGCGAGUGGAGGUGAUGACGGUGAUAACAAUCCCCAUCCCCCGUCGUGGACCCGCGCCUGUUUCCCGGUUACCCUCCGCGCCGUAGGACCGAGGAGGUCUGCUCGCUUGUUCCCUCCCACCAGCCGAUUUCCAGUAGCUCCAGAUGAGCUCAUUCCGGUGCCUCUUCGGAACAUGCAAAAGAGAAUACAGUAAAGCACUUUUGCAAAUCGUCUUCCCCAGGCUCAAACCUUUAAAAAAAAAACUGUGGCUUUUCCGGGGGUGGGAGAUGUUCAGACGUGGUGGGCGCGGCGUAUUUUUGUCGGGGUUGCAUGGGGAAGAAGCCACGAUGGCGAUUGCUUUAAACUCCAUCCUGAACGUCUCGAAUGCAAAGGAGGAGAAAGAAGGGUGGCGUCGUUUUUAUCUGUUUGCUUUUCGUGGUGGAUCGGCUGGCUUUGAGGGAUCCUGCAGCCGGCGCAGAGGCACCAGGCAACCGGCUGGCUGAAAUAUAAGCAGGGAGAGACACGUGCCCACGUGCGCACGUGCCCCUUCCAUCGGCUUGCAAAGCUAGCUGGGGUGUGUGUGUGGCUGGCUGCGCGUGCCCGCGCGUGUUGGCUGUACGUGCUUCUGCUGGCGUCUCCGUGCAUAGACAGGCAUCCUCUGACCCCUCUUCAUCCCCCCCCCCAUGCCUCAUUCUUUAGCAGAGGCUAGUUUAUGGGAUGCAUUUGAGCAGGCUGUCAGCAGAAGAGUGGAGCUCUCCAAAUCUUAAAAGAGUUUGGCAAAUCUCAACAUGUUUGUGGCAUUACUCUUUGCAUAUAGAUGCCCUGUCAGCUUCAGCUGUCAGAUGCACACAGAGGUUUAUUAGAAAUAGCUGAGAGACAGGGAUAGGAGUUGCUUCCUGAGAACUCAUUCAUUGAGCAUUCACACCAGGGAGAUUUAUAGAUUGCCUGCUUAGGUUAGUAAUAAGGGGCAAUAUUUAUUUAUUGGUUGAGAUUGUUUUUCAAUAAAUACAUAGAACUGGGGGAAAGAACAUUUCUGAGUUCCUGAGUUAUUGAAUAUUUGGGGGCGAGGUGGGGUUAUUGGUUUGUUUUUGUUCCCGUUUUUAUUGUGUAUUUUGUGGUUUUUACAUCGUAUUUUUAUGUUGUGAACCACUCUGAGAUUUGCAGUUGAAGGGUGGUAUACAAAUUUAUAAUAACAGGUCUCCAAGGCUGCAAAAGGCUAAAUAAAUAUUUCACUUGCACCUGCUGAUGUAUUUAUUUUUUUACAUCCCUGCAAUUACCAAGCAUUGGUUCAUCAAGAUGAUUCUCCUUAAAGUGUUAGGUACGGCAGCUAGUUUUGCCUGAGCACAGGCUGACCUUUUAAGGAAAUCACUUGCUUCCAAGUUCCAUGGGGUGGAUGCUGUUAAUCCACACUGUUUUCCCUCUGGGGCUUGCAGCUCUAGGGCUAGGCAGCAUCACACUCAUGGCCUGAUUUGGCCUAGGGGUUGCCAGUUGCCGACUUCGCUGCUAGUGUUUGGAUAUUGAAUUAAUACUGCAAGGAAAUGACUCAUAUCUUAAGGACAUCUCAGUAUUUGCUUUGCUUUUUAAAGAAAUAAUUUACCGAGAGCCUACGGUUGUGCUGCCCAUGGAACAGAGGAUCAGGGAUGUUGCUGUUGGCGCAAGAGGAACCUCAAUACAGUGAGCUAGAGUCCUGAAACAAAAGUGAAUGCUUCUUCUGUUUCAGCAUAGGAAAGGAGCUGUUACAUUAUGUAGGGCAGCCUCCUUCAACCUAUUGCUCUCCUGAUGUUUGGGACUACAACUCCUAUCAGCCCCAGUCCAAAGCAUACGAAGGCCACCAGAUUGCUGAAGGUUGAUGUAGAAGGAGUAUAGUGUAGGUAAAGGUAAAGUAAAGGGACCCUUGACCAUCAGGUCCAGUUGUGACUGACUCUGCGGUUGCGGCGCUUAUCUCACUUUAUUGGCUAAGGGAGCCGGCGUACAGCUUCCGGGUCACGUGGCCAGCAUGACUAAGCCGCUUCUGGCGAACCAGAGCAGCGCAUGGAAACACCGUUUACCUUCCCGCCGAAGCGGUACCUAUUUAUCUACUUGCACUUUGACAUGCUUUUGAACUGCUAGGUUGGCAGGAGCUGGGACCGAGCCACGGGAGCUCACCCCGUCGCAGGGAUUCAAACCGCCAGCCUUCUGAUUGGCAAGUCUUAGGCUCUCUGGUUUAACCCACAGCACCACCCGUGUCCCUAUUAUAGUGUAGAUUGGGUGUAAAACCAUUGUUUGUUGUUGUUUAGUCGUUUAGUCGUGUCCGACUCUUCGUGACCCCAUGGACCAGAGCACGCCAGGCACUCCUGUCUUCCACUGCCUCCCGCAGUUUGGUCAGACUCAUGUUUGUGGCUUCGAGAACACUGUCCAACCAUCUCGUCCUCUGUCGUCCCCUUCUCCUUGUGCCCUCAAUCUUUCCCAACAUCAGGGUCUUUUCCAGGAGUCUUCUCUUCUCAUGAGGUGGCCAAAGUAUUGGAGCCUCAGCUUCAGGAUCUGUCCUUCCAGUGAGCACUCAGGGCUGAUUUCCUUAAGAAUGGAGAGGUUUGAUCUUCUUGCAGUCCAUGGGACUCUCAAGAGUCUCCUCCAGCACCAUAAUUCAAAAGCAUCAAUUCUUCGGCGAUCAGCCUUCUUUAUGGUCCAGCUCUCACUUCCAUACAUCACUACUGGGAAAACCAUGGCUUUAACUAUACAGACCUUUGUUGGCAAGGUGAUGUCUCUGCUUUUUAAUAUGCUGUCUAGGUUUGCCAUCGCCUUUCUCCCAAGGAGCAGGCGUCUUUUAAUUUCGUGACUGCUGUCACCAUCUGCAGUGAUCAUGGAGCCCAAGAAAGUAAAAUCUCUCACUGCCUCCAUUUCUUCCCCUUCUGUUUGCCAGGAGGUGAUGGGCCCAAUGGCCAUGAUCUUCGUUUUUUUGAUGUUGAGCUUCAGACCAUAUUUUGCACUCUCAUCUUUCACCCUCAUUAAAAGGUUCUUUAAUUCCUCUUCAUUUUCUGCCAUCAAGGUUGUAUCAUCUGCAUAUCUGAGGUUGUUGAUAUUUCUUCCGGCGAUCUUAAUUCCGGCUUGGGAUUCAUCCAGCUCAGCCUUUCGCAUGAUGAAUUCUGCAUAUAAGUUAAAUAACCAUUGUUUAGCUCUAUACAAAUGAGCUAUGGGCCUGUGUACUCCCUCCUCUAUUGUGGCUGCAAGGAAGAAAUCAGAAGAACCUGCCUACGUUUGCAACUAACCACAGUUUGUUUGGUCCCAAUGGGAUAAACUGUGGUUGAUCUUAGCUAACAAACAUACACCUCGUGGCUCCUGAUUUUGGCUUUUUGGAAUCAACGGUAGUUAAAGCAAUCCAUAGUUCCCAUGUCUGGACAAAACAACAAACUGGCUAUUUGAAAAUUGAGGUAGUGCUUCUGGUCUCCACAAUGCAGAAGUGGAAUGGGUUUCUCAUGUGUCUGAACCUUGUUCACUUAGUAUGGCAAACCGUACUCUUUCCAGAUCAGCUCAAAGUGUCCAGCCCUACUUACCUUGCCCUAUGCAGGCAGUCGCUGCCCAUGUCACAGCCUCUACUUAUACCGCAGCAGCUGUCGUUGCAGAUUUUGAUAGCUUGCCCAGCCUUCCUCUUCUUCCCCUGUUAAAUAACUGUUAUCAGUGGCCAUUACUUCCCCAUCAGCAUAUAAAUUGCUAGACAGCAUUCUGCAUGGGAGCCAUCCUUGAAUGCAUAAGACUGGAAUCUGGAUGCUGACAGUGUCUCCCACCCCACCUGUUCCAGGUUCCUUGGCUAUACCAUGGCGGACAGCUUCCCAUGGAAUAGCCCAGUUGGUCUGGGGUGAUGUGCGGUUGUUAUGAGGAGCAUCUGCCUUAAGUUCAGAUGCUGACCUGCGGUGAAACAUGAACACCGACGAGGACACGAAGUGCUUUCCAUGUAGAGCGAGAGUUGUGGAAGGAACAAGCCGUCAAUUUACAUAACGAAGGCACUGUCAACAGAAACAAAUUUGUUCGGGCAUUAAUGUCCCAGUGAACAAGAGCGUUGAAGUUUUAUUUGCUGCUGUGGCUGCUCUGCCAGCUGGCAAGUUGCAUUCGGAGAACGCUCGCCACUGAACAUGGUGGUAUUUGUGUGUGUUGUGUUUUUGACUUCCGGAAAAGGGGGGGGGGGCUGUAUUUGCAACACGUGAUCCAUCACACCAAGUUCUGAAGGUGCAGAGUGGAGGAUUAUAUUAUUAUUAUUGUUGUUGUUGUUGUUGUUGUUGUUAUCAUUGCACUUGGUUUUCAUGUGUAAUGCUUACCAUGGUGCCCUUUGGGUUGCUAAUUUGGUUUUCAAUUGUGGAUUAUUAAAAAUUAUUUGAUUUUUAAUCAGUGUUUUAAGAUACGUUGUAUGAAAUGCUAUAAAGGUUUAAGAAAAAAUAGAUUGUUAAAUGGUGAAAGGAGGGAAAGUAAAGCUAAUAUAUUAAGAUAAAAUAGAGGAUAAAAACUGGAAAAGAUGGAAAGGACUUGCUGAAAUAGCCAAUUGAACUAGAAUACAAAAAGGGGAGGCGUGAGGAGGUCAAAGAAAUAAGCAAAUGAAAGAUAAAUUAUGGGAAGAUUUGUUGUAUAUAUUUUUGUAUUUUUUUCUUUUUCUUUUUUCUUUUUCUUUUCUUUUCUUUUUCUUUUCGUUAUUGUGAUAUGAUGCUCUGUUUUUCUGUUUAACGUGUUAUCUAUUUUUUCUUUUUGUAAUCUUUUAAAUCUCAAUAAAUAUUAUUUAAAAAAAAUUAAAAAAAAUUUUAAAAAUAAGAUACGUUGUAUGCUGCCCAGAGGCCCGUUCCCCCAUCCCAAAUAUUACCAAUAUAUAGUAAAUUGCUUAAAUAAAUGAAAUUGAAACUCUUAGAAAAAUAGUUUGCCACUGGGCAUCUUUUAGGAAAGUUAUUCCAAGGAAUGGAAGCUGCAGAAAAGAACUACUGCUCCUUUGUUUGCAUGAUGGGACAGGAAAUGGCUCCUUUUGCCGGCAUCACUUCCUGUUGUCCUGUUUGUCUGGUCUGUAGAUGAUUCCUGAUUUAUGGAUUGGUUUCCCCUCUUCUUCUCCCUCAGGAAAAAACCAAGAUACAUGACUUGCUAAAAGAAGAGAAGAUGUUAUGUUGGGGAUAUUGGUCUUUGGGACACCCUGGGGAAGGUAACGUGCUGCAAGCGAUAAUCGCCGAGCCCCGGAGCAGCGGGUUCAUUCACGAGAAGAGCGUCAAGGAAGUGGCUUGUGGCGAGAACCAUUCUAUCUUCCUGCUGGAGGAUGGCGAAGUGUAUACAUGUGGCUUGAACAGGAAAGGGCAACUCGGCCACGAGAGGGAAGGAAGCAAGCCAGGUAAGGUGGUGUCACCGCACCUGCAGCCAGGUGCUUCUUCGCAUUUAAUGAAAUAGCUCUGCUGGUAGCUGGUUUGUCUGUGUUACUCCUUACAUUUUAUUAUUAAUUGUACCCCAUCAUGGGAGGUUUAUACUGAAGGGUGACCUAGAAAUUAUAUUGAAAUAGGAGUACAGUCUGGCAAUGACGCCAGCCUGGAGGUAUAUAGGGCAGGGCCAUGUUCCAUUCUGGGUAACCUCCUGGGGGCCACAUGCUGGUGCUGAGCAGUAGGUCUGGGUGAUAAUACCGACAUACCAUCCGAAACCAGUUUGAAGUCCAUAUCGUGAUAAUCGGUUUUCAUUAUUUUUGACCUGGCAACAUAUUGCGAAUCGUGGGGUGUGUGUGUGUGUGUGCGCGCGCGCGCGCUAUGCAAAAAUCACAGCAUGGGAAAAACCAUGAAGUCAGCCUCUGCAUAGCUCCAUCCUUAUUUCAGACUUCACAGAAGCAUGGAAUUGAAAGAGUUGGAAGGGACCACGAGGGGUAUCUAGUCCAACCCCCUUGCAAUGCAGGAAUCUUUUGCCCAACGUAGGGCUCAAAGCUACAACGCUGAGAUUGAGUCUCAUGCUCUACUGACUGAGCUAUCCCAGGAUAUAUCAGUAUAUUUGCGAUGUUUUCCUGGUGAUACAUCGUGAUGCUGAAAACCAAAUAUUGCCCAGCCCUGCUGUUCACCUCUACAUAGUUCCAUCUUUAUUUCUGACAUUGUCAUAUAUUGAUAUAUCACAAUGUUUAGCUGGUGAUGUAUCACAGUGUUGAAAACCAAAUAACGCCCAGCCCUGCUGAGCAGGCAAAAGUGGGCUAGAGCAAGAAUCAUAAAUGUCACCCUCGUGUAGUAGGCUAGUUUCUCCUCCCUCUUUGUCCUGCGUCCGAACAAGCAGGAGGCACUGUCAUAGUUCAAGGGCACUUUCCCACCAUGGAUCAGGGCCUGCGAAGGGAGAGGUUUCCGAAGGCCAGGUAGACAGGCCCCAGAGGCUUUCCUGACAGUGUUCCAUUAGUUCUUGCGGCUGAUGCUGGGAGUUUCCAUUUCAGCCACCGGCUCCUGUUUGGCUCACAUUUCAUUCUGGCUGAUCCCAAAGUAACCUUUGACGGGAGAUAGUAGGCUAGUGUGUCAGGAGAGUGUCGUGUUCAGGUGAUGCUCCCUGUCCCUUUACUCUUGAACGAAGAGAUGCGUAUGAGUUUAGUUUGGUCCAUACUGCAGCCCAGAUGCUUAGUAGAAGGCUAGCAGUCCGUCCCCCGUCCCCCCCCCCCGUCUGUGGCCAUGUCUGCACUAUAUAUAUUUCAAGUGGAAUUAUACCACUUUAAACAGUCAGGCUUCCUCCAAAGAAACCAGACAACUUCAGUGUAAGGCAGUUGAGAGCUGUUACCUUCAUAGAGCUACAGUUUUCAGAGUUACCUGGUAAUAGGAACUGGUGGAUAAACCACUCUGACCACCCUUAACUGGAGGGCCACAGCUUACAGAUUCCUGCCUUCGAGGGUCGUGGUUCAGGGAUUGGGUCUUGGGGUGGUGGUGGGGGACUUUUCAGUCUUGAUACCCCCACCAUGGAUAGGGGAUUGCCAGUUUGGCAAAUAUGCCUGAGAUCCCUAAGUGUUGUGUAAAAAUAAACUGGGUGGGAGGUACAGGAAACUCAGGUUGGUAUUACCAGUGAAAGUAUAAAAAGGUAAAGGUAAAGGUACCCCUGCCCGUACGGGCCAGUCGUGUCCGACUCUAGGGUUGUGCGCCCAUCUCACUUAAGAGGCCGGGGGCCAGCGCUGUCCGGAGACACUUCCGGGUCACGUGGCCAGCGUGACAAAGCUGCUCUAGCGAGCCAGCACCAGCGCAGCACACGGAAACGCCGUUUACCUUCCCGCUAUAAAGCGGUACCUGUUUAUCUACUUGAACUUGGGGGUGCUUUCGAACUGCUAGGUGGGCAGGAGCUGGGACCGAACGACGGGAGCUCACCCCGCUGCAGGGAUUCGAACCGCUGACCAUACGAUCGGCAAGUCCUAGGCACUGAGGUUUUACCCACAGCGCCACCCGCGUCCCUCAGUGAAAGUAUACUCUUGGCUAAAUUUAGCUUGUGCUUUUGAGUUGCAACCAAAAAAGCUCUUUUCACAAACUUCCUCUUGCAGAUUUUCAUUCCUGAGAAGUUUGCUCUUGAAAUCCUGCUAUUCCAUUUCUGUUCCAUCCUUUUGUAGGAAUUAUUUAAUCUGCCCCAGGCACCCUGUUUUUGAAACUGUUUGUCCUUAAUGUGUUUGCAGGGUGGAUUUUGGGAGGCUUUGCCAGCUGGCUGUAACAUACUGUGCUUUUUUCCCCAACCAGGAUGCAGAAAGUUUUCUGGCUUGGUACUGAUACGCAUAGCAUUUGCUCUAACUAGCUGGCAAUCUGGUCAAGCUCCCAGGUUUGAACUGUGUGCUUCCGAGAUCAUGAUGGUGACAAUUCAUUUCUCACUUUCUGCACCAAAUUGUCUCGUAGUGAUUUGCGUGAUAAAAAUAGCAGGAAACUUUAAAAUCAGGUACAAAAACACAUAAGACUUAAAACACUUAUCCAUAAAUAUAUAUACAUCAAAGGAGCACCCCAGUUACAGGCAUGAAUACAAAAAGAGGUCACAGGCAUUGCUUGUUAUUCUCCCAAUUAAGGAACAAAGCCCUGGGUAAAUAGAAAUGUUUUUGCCUGGCACAUAGAAGAAGAAAAAAGAGAAUGAUAUCACCAGGUGUACUUCCUUGGAGAAGAGUGUACCACAAGCAGGGAGACACGACUGAAAAGACCCACACCUCCCUCAGAAAAUGCACAGCCCUCAGAUGAGGAACGCAGGGUCCAGGUUUGUGCUUCUUGAGGCACUGAAGUCUUGAGCUGCAUAAGGCUUUAUAGGCCAAAGCCAGCACCUUGAAUUGAGCUGGGGAUCGUGAGCAGGAGAGCACAGUAGCACUCAGAUCCUGCUUGUGAGUUUCCUGUAAUCAUCUGGUCGCAGUGUUAGAAACUCAGAUAUAUGAGCUAAUCGCUGAAUGGCACCUUAAACCCAGGUUACGGUUGCCACAACAGAGUAUUUAGGUGCCAUUUUCUCCCUGUUUCUAUGCUGCUUUAUAUUUCAAAGAAAAUAUCUUGAGAGUGGUUUACAAAACCUGAAAACGUCAAACAAAACAAUCCAGAAUAAAACAUAUUCAAGCUUCAAGGAAAAUAUUUCAGAUUCUUCUCUAAAGUGACGUUUUGCUUUCUCCAUAUUUAUUUACCAACUUUAUAUAGCUGUCCUGUAGCAGAAGUGCCCUCCAGGAAGCCAGUGUGGUGUAGUGGUUAGAGUGUUGGACUAGGACCUUGGGAGAUCAGGGUUCAAAUCUCCACUCAGAUAUGACCUUGGGCCAGUCACAGCCUCUUGAUCUACCUCAAAGGGUCACUGUAGGGAUUAAUUGAGGAAGGCGUGAACCAUAUACUUCUUGGUGAAUCAUAGAAUCAUAGAAUCACAGAGUUGGAAGAGACCACAAGGGCCAUCGAGUCCAACCCCCUGCCAAGCAGGAAACACCAUCAGAGCACUCCUGACAUAUGGUUGUCAAGCCUCUGCUUAAAGACCUCCAAAGAAGGAGACUCCACCACACUCCUUGGCAGCAAAUUCCACUGUCGAACAGCUCUUACUGUCAGGAAGUUCUUCCUAAUGUUUAGGUGGAAUCUUCUUUCUUGUAGUUUGGAUCCAUUGCUCCGUGUCCGCUUCUCUGGAGCAGCAGAAGACAACCUUUCUCCCUCCUCUAUGUGACAUCCUUUUAUAUAUUUGAACAUGGCUAUCAUAUCACCCCUUAACCUCCUCUUCUCCAGGCUAAACAUGCCCAGCUCCCUUAGCCGUUCCUUAUAAGGCAUCGUUUCCAAGGUCGUUUUGAAGUGUGAUCCUGUCCUCUGGGGUGUUAGCCACCCCUCCCAGUUUGGUGUCAUCUGCAGAUUUGAUCAGGAUGCCCUUGAGUCCAUCAUCCAAGUCGUUGAUAAAGAUGUUGAAUAAGACCGGGCCCAAGACAGAACCCUGUGGCACCCCACUAGUCACACUUCUCCAGGAUGAAGAGGAACCAUUGAUGAGCACCCUUUGGGUUCGGUCAGUCAGCCAAUUACAAAUCCACUGAGUGGUAGCAUAGUCAAGACUGCAUUUUACCAGCUUCUUUACAAGAAUAUCAUGGGGCACCUUGUCAAAUGCCUUGCUGAAAUCAAGGUAGGCUACAUCCACUGCAUUCCCUUCAUCUACCAGGCUUGUAAUUCUGUCAAAAACGAGAUCAGGUUAGUCUGACAUGACUUAUUUUUCAGAAAUCCAUGCUGACUAUUGGUGAUCACAGCAUUCCUUUCUAGGUGCUCACAGACUGUUUGCUUAAUGAUCUGCUCCAGAAUCUUCCCUGGUAUUGAUGUCAGACUGACUGGGCGGUAAUUAUUUGGGUCCUCUCUUUUCCCCUUUUUGAAAAUAGGGACAACAUUUGCCCUCCUCCAGUCUGCCGGGACUUCGCCUGUUCUCCAGGAAUUCUCAAAGAUGACUGCCAGUGGUUCUGAGAUCACAUCUGCCAGUUCUUUUAAUACUCUUGGAUGCAGUUCAUCUGGCCCUGGAGACUUGAAUACAUCUAAACUAGCCAAGUAUUCUUGUACUAUCUCCUUAGUUAUUCUGGGCUGUGUUUCCUCUGCUGAAUCAUUUGCUCCAAAUUCUUCAGGUCGGGCAUUGUUUUCUUUAUCGGAGAAGACUGAGGCAAAGAAGGCAUUGAGGAGUUCAGCCCUUUCUGUGUCCCCUGUUUGCAUUUCACCAUCCUCUCCUCUGAGUGACCCCACUGUUUCUUUGUUCUUCCUUUUGCUACGAACAUACCCAUAAAAGCCUUUUUUGUUGCUUUUAACCUCUCUAGCAAGCCUGAGUUCAUUCUGUGCUUUAGCUUUUCUGACUUUGUGUCUACACGUGCUGGCUAUUUGUUUGAAUUCCUCUUUGGUGGUUUCCCCCUUUUCCAUUUUUUGUACACAUCCUUUUUAAUCUUAACUCAGUUAAAAGUUCUUUAGAUAGCCACCCUGGCUUCUUUAGGCACCUUCCAUGUUUCCGUCUCAUUGGUAUUGCCUGAAGUUGUGCUUUUACUAUCUCCCUCUUAACAAACUCCCAGCCAUCAUGAACUCCCUUUCCUUUUAGUAUUACUGUCCAUGGGAUCUCACCCAGCACUUCCCUAAGUUUUAUGAAGUCGGCUUUGAGUCCUAGUAUGCUUGGCUGCUCCUUUCCGCUUUAUAGUAAACUUCAGAAGAGCAUGAUCACUCGCGCCUAAUGAUCCUUCCACUUCUACCCCACUAACCAGGUCAUCAACAUUGGUUAGGACCAGAUCUAAAAUGGCUGUUCCUCUUGUUGCUUCUCCCACUUUCUGGACAAUGAAGUUGUCUGCAAGGCCAGUGAGAAAUCUGUUUGACCUUAUGCUCUUGGCUGAGUUUGACAUCCAACAAAUAUCCGGGUAAUUGAAGUCCCCCAUUACUACUAUCUCCCUUCCUUUUGCCUGUUUGGCCAUCUGUUCCAGGAAGGCAUCAUCUAUGUCCUCCGUUUGGCUUGGGGAUCUAUAGUAAACUCCCACAAUGAGGUCACUGUUAUUCUUCUCUCCCUUAAUUUUGACCCAAAUGCUCUCACUUUGGCUUUGAGGUUCUAAAUCUUGGAUCUCUUCACAGGUAUACACAUCCCUGACAUAUAACGCCACUCCUCCUCCUUUCUUGUCUGGUCUGUUUCUCUGAAAUAGAUUGUAUCCCUCCAUUAUUACAUUCCAAUCGUGGGACUUAUCCCACCAGGUUUCAGUGAUGCCUAUUAUGUCAUAUUUAGUUUGCUGUACCAAGAGCUCAAGCUCAUCUUGUUUAUUUCCCAUGCUUUGCGCAUUAGUGUACAGACACUGAAGUCUAUUAAUCAUUCCCCCGUGCCUCUUAUUUAAGGAUUUUUUCCUCCCACCACUAGGUCUGCGUGCUGUUUGCUCCAUUUGGUCUAUGUCAUUUGGAUGAUCAUCUUCAUCAAUUGAUAGACUCCUACCUUCAGGAGCAUUGUCUCCCUCCCCCACAUUAGUCAGUUUAAAGCCCUCCUGAUGAGGUUUCUGAGUUUUUUGGCAAAAACAUUCCUCCCAACCGUUGUGAGGUGCAGCCCUUCGCUUGCCAGAAGUCCAUCUUCAAGAAACUGCAGUCCGUGAUCUAAGAAUCCAAACCGUUCCUGUUUAUACCAUUUGCGAAGCCAGCUCUUCACUUCCACUAUUUUUCCCUCUCUCCCUGGGCCACGUCGUUCAACUGGGAGGACAGAUGAGAUGACAAUUUGUGCAUUUAAUUGCUUCAAUUUCCUGCCCAGAGCCUCGUAGUCUCUUUUGAUCUUCUGGAGGCUAUUGCUUGCAAUGUCAUUGGUUCCCACAUGAACCAAGAGGAGGGGGUAUUUGUCAGUGGGUUUUAUGAUUCCUUGCAGUCGUUCAGUUACAUCUUGGAUCUUAGCCCCGGGGAGACAGCACACUUCCCGAGACAUCUUGUCAGGCCCACAGAUCACUGCUUCUGUUCCCCUCAGUAGGGAAUCCCCUAUCACCACUACACGCCUCCUCUUAGGUUUGGUCGGGGUUCUUCUGUGAGCUGUCCGUUCCAAGGUCGCCUGCACAUUCCCUGAGGACUGACUUUGCUGCUCGUCUUCAUAUACCUGAUCGACUGUAAUGAGGGAGAGAUCCUCAAAUGGAGUCUGCUCUUCAUCUUCCAUGCUAGGGGAGGACCUCAAAGCGAUUGUGUAUUUCUAAACAAUCAGAGUGAACCCUGGGCCUCCUACUUCUUUGAGUCACGUUUCUCCAUAUAUCUGGCUCCUGUGUUGGUGAACUAGCCUCCUUCUCAGGGGAAUCCCCUGUCUCCUCCUUGGUGGAGACGGUGUGCUCUGUUGCUUCCAAGAAGAGCUCCAGCUCUCUAAUUCUUUGGAGCGUAUAAAGCGAUAUAAAGGCAAUAAUUAAGCUCUUCUGCUUAGCUGCUUAAGAAAGCUGGAGGGGCCAGCCAGAUGGAGUUGCCAGUUGCCAACCUGUCGUCCAGAGAUCUCUGCAUGGUCGCAGGUGGACCUGCGCCAUUUGCAAAAAGUCCCUGGGGAAUUACUAACACUGUCUGGUUGGUCACUGGGGGAACAGAAUGUUGGGCUAGACAGUCCUUUGGUCUGAUGCAGCGGGACUCUUCAUAUGUGAUAGGAUCUGACCAUAAAAAAAACCCCAGCUGUAAUAGGCUAUCUGAUGCCAAUCAUUUGUCAGCAAGAAGAAGCUCAUGGCUGAGGAUGCCUCAGGUUUCUAUGCCCUCGUGUAUCUUGGAGGGAUGCAGGAUGGAAGUUUGGAGGGCCUGUGAAUGCUUCUGUAGAUAUUCCUGCCCAUUGAAAUGUCCACAUCCGAAGAUUUAUCCUAGCAGCUGCAAUUAAGAUUAAGUAACGGGUGUUGUAGUGCAGCAGCUAGGAAGAAAAUGAAGUAAAUGAUUUAUGAAUCGGAGACGUGUCCUCGUUUUGCACCCCUCUGCUCUUCUUGCAGGACUGAAAUCUUUUCCUCCCUGGGAUUUUCGCUUGACGGUUUCAGGGACCCUGCGGCAGUUAAUUGUGCCUCCUUUUCUCCAGAUCCCAAACGGCAUUAAAGGGACAAGUUGAUAGACCAAAAAGCACAUUCCAUCUGGGAAGGAACUGUUCCAUCUGCUUGUGAAUCACUGCGAUGCGCAUAGCAGCUGAAAGUGGGGAAGGGAGACUGUUCUCCUGGACAGCUAUUUUCAGUUUUAGCAAGCUCUUAACAGCACUGCCAGCCUCUUAGCGGGGCACCAUCUGUACAAAAGCCUUUCUGUUCUGCCUGGUGUGCUCCAGCAAACUGAGCACCUCCUCUGCUGCUCAGGAUAGCUAAAUAGUAGUACGUGUCCCUUUCAUGCAGUCAUACACUUCUCUCCAUUUAAAACAUCUUUACAAGCAAGAGACGGGGAAAUCCUUUAGCCCCGAGACCUUAGCUUCCACCAGUCAUGGAUGGCAUCCCCCCCCAUUUUUUUAUUCAUUUUAUAGCACAACUAAACAACACAAACAGAAAAACAAACAAUAUAAACAAAUUCUUGUCUUAUCCUUAUUUUUUCUAAACAUUGUUAGGCAAGCUUCCCCAGGUCCCCCCAUCCGAUUUUCAUUUUACCUCAUCUUUAGCAGUUUACAUAUAUCAUAAUUGCUAGCCCUUUUUUUAUCACACUUGCUUUUACCAUAAAAAUCUUUUUAUCACUUACAAAUAAAACUACUUUAAAAUACACUAUCUUCUACUUCUAACCCUACAGCCUAUAUCCACUUCCAGAGCUAUUCUAAGAUUUAAAUAUUAACAUAUUUUUUCAAGUAUUCUUUAAACUUCUUCCAAUCUUCUUCCACCGUCUCUUCUCUCUGGUCUCGGAGUCUCCCAGUCAGUUCGGCAAGCUCCAUAUAAUCCAUCACCUUCAUCUGCCAUUCUAAUUGGUAAAUCUUGUUUCUUCCAAUUCUUCGCUAGUAAUAUUCUCGCAGCUGUUGUAGCAUACAGAAAAAAAGUAACAUCCUUUUUGGGGAUUUCACCCCCCAUUAUAGACGGCAUUGGUUAAACAAUCACUGCCCAAGUUAGAUUGGAGUUACUUUGCAGAUGAAAGUGGUCUGUAAUGGUUCUAGGGGUUGCUUGUGUGUAAAUCAACGCCACCCUUGGCUGGUUGCCUGAAUGAACCCUUUCUGUCUGGACAGCCACUCGCCCGUGGCUGUCUCAAUCGCUGGCAGAAUCCGUUAGUGGGCAUUUCUUGAACUUCUUCCAGCAAAGAAGCUCUUUGACGCCUAGUCUCCGCCUACUUUCCCUGCGCGGAAGCCUUCUGCGCAGGGAGGGUGUGGGCAUCGGAGGACCCGUGCUCUCCCCACUGGUUCCCGGCGAGGAGUCUUGGAGCCACCUCGCCGAUUCCCCCAUCUGCCCCCCUUCUCCACUGGUGUUACGCUGAUUUCCUUCCCCAGAAGAUGUGCUGCUUCUCUCCCUCUGGCUCCAAUGGCAGUUCCCUGACAUGGUCAGAGGCUUGUUUUGUUCUCUGUUGUCCUAGGAGGCUGUUCUACAUCUACUGGACUUAAGUUAUGGGUGACUGUAUCUUAACGGUAGUUAAGAGAAGCUUCUUGACAGUCAGCUCCUACUGCUUGCUUAUUUGCUAGGGGAAAGGGCCAUAGCUUAGUUGAAGAGCACCUGUCUUGCAUGCAGAAGGUCGCAGGUUCAAUCCUUGGCAGCUCCCGGUAGGGAUGGGAGAGUCUCCUUCCUGAAACCCAAGCAGUUUGUGGUGAGGGAUGGGACUCCUGAGGAAAAAUUCUUGCUCUAAGUUGACGGGCUGUGAAGUAGCUCUCUGCAUCCGGGCUGUGUGGCUGCACACAGUGCGCACACAUAAACACUGCACAUGUCUGCUGCAUCUAACUAACAUGUUUCUCAUCAGCCUCUGUAUCAUUUCAAAAUGGCUGAAAGCGAAAUGACUUUAUUUUCAUACACCUCGUACCUGGCAUUGCUUGUGAAGUCUUAAAAACCAAAAAUCAGUGCAGUUUUGAGUUCAGUGACUAAAGUUUGUGCCUUUGUGAAAAGGCUCAGUCUGCCAUCUUGAUUCAAAAUGGCGUCCGGUGGUUUCCAAAUCCACACAGAAAAUCUGAUCCUGAACCAUCACACAGAAUUUGGUUGUGAUAUAUUAAGACCCUGUCCAAAUGCGUAGCUGGCAAAUGAACAACUUUCCAAAAUUUAUAUGAAAUGAGAUAUUUUUUUAAAGGUGUGUAUAUCUCUUUCUGCACACAUACACCCAAACUUUGCUUUGAACAAUAAUCACAUGUGUUUUGUCGCUUAGCAUGUUCCACCAGCGUUAUUCUUCUCUUUUCCCCUCAGAGCAAAUUGACGCUUUAGCUGAUCAGCGCAUAGUCCAUGUUGCCUGUGGGGAAUCUCACAGCGUGGCCCUCAGUGACCAAGGCCAACUCUUUUCCUGGGGGGCAGGUAGCGAUGGACAGCUGGGCCUCACAACGGCAGAAGACUCGGUGGCUGUACCAAGGUAAUCAGAGCGGUUACCAAAUGCUGUGCUUUGCUAUGUAGCUUGAUACCAGCGGUGUUCAGACUAAAUAAUCCCUUGUUGCUUUUUAGGGUGUGUGUGUGGAUUGAAAUUCUACGCACUGACUGGGCACGCACCCAUACCCUGCUGAACUUUAUAGUACUACAAGGGACCCUAAAUGUGCAUAUUAGCACACCAAUGCACAUGUGAAGGGGAAGGCGAUGGCACAUUUCGCCUCCUGUCAUGUGGAAGAACUGUGUGCCUGUACAUUGGCGCAUGUGUGGUGGGAGAGUAGCUGUGCAAUCCUGCAACCCCUUCUCACUUUAUUUUAAUGUGUGCUUGAGUUUGUGGACGCACCUCCCCUCUUAGUCUCUCGUAUUUGCCUUCUCUACUGUUGCCUUGACCCUGGACCAACAUUUUGGACCAAUGGGCACACUGAAUUUUGAGAGAACGCUGUGGGCAUUGGACACAAAAUGGCCGCCAUGGAGGUGUGACAUUACGCAGCGAAUUAGACAGCACAUGCAUGGUGCAUCUUUUCCCAUAAUUUUCUUUUUGUACUUGAAAAGGCUCCACCUGUUGAAUUUCUGCAAGCUUCUGUUCAGCCUGCAGUAGAAAUCUUCACUCUCCAGUAGUUUUAUGUGUUAAUUUGCACUGUGCGCUCUGGUACAAUCUAAAAGUGCACCAGAGACCUUAAUUUAAGAAUCUCAUCCCUAAGGUGAUGCAAGAGCCAGGCAUAGUUAGAACACCAAAUGAGAGGAUACUAUAAAAAGGCUAUUUUUAUCUAAAGCUCCUCUUGUUGUCUGCACUGAACUGCAGUGUUUUAAAAAGCAAAGCCAUUUUUGCUUAAGCUUCCAGGUGAUGCGUUCCAAACUGUUUAACAUAAGUUCCCUUCAUAACGACACAAUUGUUAAGACUAGAGGAAUUAUUUUAGUGUGUGCUUCUGCUGUUGUGUUGUUGUUGUUUUAAAAAAUAAAAUAAAUGAAUUGUUUUGCUGUUUUAGGUUGAUAAAAAAACUGAACCAAGAGAUGAUACUUCAGGUCUCCUGUGGCAAUUGGCAUUGUCUUGCUCUUGCAGCUGGUAUGGUAAUAUUAACUUAUAAUAGCUAAGCUUUCUUUUUUUAAAAUUUUUAUUUUAUUAACGUUCUUAAGUCACAUAUGUAUGCAUUAUCAUAUUACAUUACAGGGCAUAUUAUAAUAUAAUUUCCAACAUGUACAUAAAGUUUAUAUACCAAAUUUAUGUACCUAAAGAAAGAAAAAAUAAAAUAAAAUAAAAAACAAAGACAUAAAGCCAUUUCAAAAUAACAUUUGUACCAACACUAUGGACUUCCUGUCAAUCUCAUUGUAUAUUCUUUUUUUACAAAUGAAUGUACUCUUAUUAUUGUUUAUUUCUUUAUAUUUUAUCUAGUACAUUCCUAUAACAAUUAUUAUUGUUUAUUUCUUUAUAUUUUAUCUAGUACAUUCCUAUAUCAAUUCCUAUAUUAAUCUUGUUUCUCAACUCAAUUUCUCUCCAAUGUCAAUCGAAUGCUAGCAUAGAUAGCAAACCUUUACUAAAUUUUUGAACAUAUAUCUUAUAUAUAUCCGAUUUCUCCAUAAAUUUUUGUUUUGAAUUGCCUCUCAGGCUAUUUGUCAACUGCACCAUUUCAGCAAAUUCUUGUAGUUUAUUAUGCCAGUCCAUUAUUGUCGGGGCUGCUUCUUCCUUCCACCCUUUUGCCACCUCUAAUAGCUAAGCUUUCUUACUAGUUCUGCAACAUUACUAUUAGUAGUAUUAGUAGUAACAAUUAUGUUUUAGAUUCUGCCUUUCCUCCCGAAUGAAGUACAGUUGUACCUUGGAUUCCGAACAUUUUGGUACUUGGACAUUUUGGCUCCUAAACGAUUGAAACCCAGAAGUGAGCGUUCCAGUUUGUGAACGUUCUUUGCAACCCAAAUGUCUGAUGGGGCUUCUGAGGCUUCCGAUUGGCUGCAGGAGCUUCCAAACUUGGGUCUCCAGCUGGUUUUUUUGGACUACAAUUCCCAUCAUCCCUGACCGCUAGUCCUGCUAGCUAGGGAUGAUGGGAGUUGUAGACCAACAACAGCUGGGUUUACCCCUUAGCCGUUUCUUCUCCCAAAGAAGGCAAGGCAGUGAAGGCUUAGAAUCAGAGUUUCCCUUCUCCUAGAUGGGCUCCCUUCUCAGGGUGAUGAGCCCCAUCUGCUCCUCACCUCCCUCUACAACAUGGGCAGAAACCACCUUCUUGACCACUGGACCCGCUAUUGGUCUCAUCUGUUCAGUCCACCGGAUCCUGUCUUUGCAUGCAAGGAAAGUCCCUCACUCACUGAGGGUUUGAGACCCAUUGGCUACCCUCACCUGGUUUAGCCGGCCAGUUGAAGCCGUUCCCGGGGUGUGGCAUGCUGACAGCUCCUAGGAGCUACAGGUGAGCUUGAGUGCAGGGUGGGGACCAAAGGUGGAUGGAGCACGACGUGUCCCUCACCAGAGGUACUACCCCUCUCUCAACACAUCAUACACUCAUUCUGUCAAUACGCUGCUGUAAUAUAACAGGGGGUUUAUUUUUCUGACCGCUGUCAACCUGUGUCUUGGUUUCUUUUUUCCAGAUGGACAGUUCUUCUCCUGGGGACAGAACAACCACGGGCAACUUGGGCUGGGCAAAGAGUUCCCCUCCCAAACCAGUCCUCAGCGCGUCAGAUCGCUUGAAGGGAUCCCUUUGGCCCAGGUGGAUGCAGGAGGGGCGCAUAGCUUUGCCUUGUCUCUCUCUGGAGCUGUGUUUGGUUGGGGGAAGAACGCUUCAGGACAACUGGGACUGAGUGACGAGAGAGGUAAUUCAAGCAGUAGACGAUGACAAUUUUUGUUUUUGGAAUUAUUCUCGUGCUGCUCACCCAACGUGAAAGGAGAUCUGUGCUUAUUAGUUUUAAGACGUGUAGACUACUUUUCGUUCCUUGGCCCCACGGGGCAGCUAAUUUGAUUCUAGCCCAGCUUGGUUGCAGAAUUAAAUCACGCUGUGAUACAUACUACAGUGGCUACCUCAGGUUACAUACUCUUCAGGUUACAGACUCUGCUAACCCAGAAAUAGUGCUUCAGGUUAAGAACUUUGCUUCAGGAUGAGAACAGAAAGCGUGCUCCAGCGGCGCAGCAGCAGCAGCAGGCCCCAUUAGUUAAAGUGGUGCUUCAGGUUAAGAACAGUUUCAGGUUAAGUACAGACCUCCAGAAUGAAUUAAGUACUUAACCCGAGGUAGCACUGUACUACUACUACUACUACUACUACUACUACUGCUACAACAGCAGCAGAAACAACAGUUAGUUAGUUAGUUAGUUAGUUAGUUAGUUAAUAUGCUGCCCAUUUGUGUGGCCUUCAACAAAUGAAACACAUUAAGCACAGUAAAACAUCAAACAUUAAAAAAGAAAUUCCUAUACAGGGCUGCCUUCAGAUGUCUUCUAAAAUGUGAACAGGGCUUGGCUGUAUCUUGUGUGGCCUCACUGCUUGGCUUUGGGAAUAGUAUACGUAACUGAGUUGAUGGUAACAGGUUGUUUUGUUAGCCCACCUCUGUAGCAGCUUACUUUAAUUAUUAUUAUUAUUAUAUAUAUAAUCUAUAUAAUAAUCUUGUAGGUUGAGAAACUGAGUUUAAGAGACCAAGACUUGCUCAGAGCUGCCCUGUGAGUAUUGCAAUAUUUCACAACCUCGUUCUUUGUUUUCUCCAACUGCAGACCGGGAGUCUCCCUGCCACGUGAAGCUCUUGAGGACUCAAAAGGUUGUCUAUAUCAGCUGUGGGAAUGACCACACAGCAGUCCUGACAAAGGUAAAGGGAAAAUCCUUAUUAAGCAUCAUCAGGGGUACAGGUGGAGGAGACAUGAGGAUUACUUGCAGGUUUUGAGUUUCCACACUUCCAUCUGUGACUAGGCUUCUUUAAUGAAAGCAGUAUUCUUCUAUAAUGAAGAGAAAUAAUCCGGAAUGCUUCUCCCUCACCACUGAGAAACUGUAUGUACUGUCCCUUGGGUGCACACCAUCUGUCUGCUUUGACUUGUUUUUAAUUUGUCUGCUAGAUCUAAAACGUCCUCCUUUGUCACUUCUGUCUGACUUAGUUUUUAUGACCUCCACAGAGACAUUGGUUUGGGUGUGGGCAUCUUACUGUAAUGCUUCUGUCCAUUAAAAAAACCAAAACUAAAUCAACAGCUGCCUGAGGAUAAAGACAAAACAAGCACACCCCAGAGGUAGAAUAGGUCUCCCCUUCUUCUUAGAUUUAUGUAUAUUACUUAAUAAUACUUCUUUUUCUUCUUCUACUACUACUAUUCAUUAUUAUUACUGUGGUACCUUGGUUCUCAAACGCCUUGGUACUCAAACAACUUGGAACCCAAAUACCGCAAACCUGGAAGUAAGUGUUCCAGUUUGUGAACUUUUUUUGGAAGCCAAACGUGCUCCGUUUUGAGUGCCACACUUCUGUUUUGAGUGUUACUCUGAGGUCUGUCUGUUUUUGCUAUUUAUUUUGUGUUUUGGUUUUUGUGGCUUUUUUGUUUCAUUUUUGUGACUGUGUGGAAUCCAGUUCAGCAACUGAUUGAUUGAUUGAUUGAUUGUGUGACUGCAGUAUGUUGUUUAUUGCUUUUGUUUUAUGGAUCAAUGGUCUCGUUAGAUAGUAAAAUUCAUGUUAAAUGGCUGUUUUAGGGGUUGUUUUUAACAGUCUGGAACGGAUUAAUCCAUUUUGCAUUACUUUCAAUGGGAAAGCUCGCCUUAGUUUUGAAACUAAGCUUGGGUUUUGGAACGGACUUCCGGAACGGAUUAAGUUUGAGAACCAAGGUAGCACUGUAAUAUUAUUAGUACCUCACCCUUUUGACUGGUUGCCUCAGCCACUCUGGGCCACUUCCAAAAAAUAUAAAAGCAUAAUAAAACAUCAAACAUUAAAAACUUUCCCACAUAGAUAGUUGUUUAUUUCCUUGACAUCUGAUGGGAGGGCGUUCCACAGGAUGGGCACAACUACUGAGAAGGCCCUUUCCCUGGUUCCCUGUAGCUUCAUGUGAGGGAACCACCAGAAGACCCUCGGAGCUGGACCCAGAGGCGAAGCAACCUGCUCCUGUACCCAGAGCGGCGCUCAUGCCAGAGGGCUUGGUGCACCACUGGGGGCUGGCCACUGAACAGGGGUCGGCAUUUUGUCCCCCCGCCUUUGUAAUGGCACCCCCUUGGAACGCCCCGGCUGGACCUCAGUGUCCAGGCUGAACCUUGGGGGUGGAGAUGCUCCUUCGGGUAUACAGGGCCGAGGCCCUUUGAAGGUCAGCACCAACACUUUGAAUUGUGCUCGGAAACGUCUUUGGGUGCUGGCAAAUAACGUUGUUUGCUACUGGAGAUGAUCUUUGAAAUUCCUAUGGCCGCCUGUGGUUUGGCUGCAGCUUUCCUGUUCAGCUGGGCAAGCAGCCGGUGCUGUUGUGAGUUCUCUAAGUGGAACUAUUGUUAUCUGCCCUUUCUUUGCCAGAGUGGAGGGGUGUUUACUUUCGGCUCGGGCUCCUGUGGGCAGCUUGGCCACGAUUCCUUGAACGAUGAAGUCAACCCCAGAAGGGUCCUGGAGCUGAUGGGCAGUGAGGUGUCCCAAAUCGCUUGUGGUAGGUGAGUGAGCGCUUUGGUUCUUCCUUCGCAAGUGUGUGGGGCAGGGACAGGGGAAUGGUCAGCCUUGCUUGCCCCCUAGCACAGUAGAAGCCACGGCAGUUGGAAUCUGCUGGGCUCAGAGUAGGAUAAUGGCGCUUCACGUUCUUUCAUAUAUCUUACAUGUUCUCUGUACGGUGGUGCCUCGGGUUACAAACACCCCGGGUUACAAACACUUCGGGUUACAGACUCCGCUAACCCGGAAGUAGUACCUCAGGUUACGAACUUUGCCCCAGGAUGAGAACAGAAAUCGCGCGCCGGCGGCAGUGGGAGGCCCCAUUAGCUAAAGUGGUACCUCAGGUUAAGAACGGUUUCAGGUUAAGAACGGACCUCCGGAACAAAUUAAGUUCGUAACCAGAGGUACCACUGUAUAUAAAUCUGUUCUUAAAUUAAGUGGCCAUUGCUGUUUUAUUCUUAAGAGCUGUUGCAGCGAGAGGUUAGGAUGCGCAAUGGCAUCCCUGAAAGCUGCAGGUUCGUAUCCGGAAUUUUGAAGACACCUCAGUGCAUUUCUUUACAUCCAUUACAGCCAGAUACAUAUGGGGGUGAAGAGUGGGGAAAAUAGUAUACUGAAUAAAUGUUUAAAUUGUAAUAUGGUUGGGGGAAGAUAGUAUUUAUUUAUUGUUUAUUCAGUUUAUAUCCCACCCUUCCUCCCGGAGGAAACCAGGGUGGCAAACUGAUCCACAGCUUUAAGCAAAGCAUUUUGUUUAUUCCAAAACGUUUGUUUUAUUCCUGCAUUGCAGGGGGUUGGACUAGAUGACCCUUGGGUCCCUUCCAAUAGUUCUAUGAUUUAAAACAAUCCAAAAACAAGAGUUAAAAGCUUUCCACCCUUUGAUCCCGGGGCUGGCAGGAACCGUAUUUUCCAGCCACCGAAUGUAUGCAUAAAGAUGAAUGUUUUCCCAUCCCUCUUGACAGUUAAUAAUGAAAGAACAAAACACUUUCUCUACUCCAUUUUUUUUUUUACUGAUUUUAUUCCUGCUUUUAAAAAGCAACUGUAAGCAGAAAUAUAUAUCUGUGCAGACUCUUAUGAACUUUGCAAUAUUUUUUGUUCUGUUGUUGUUUGCAGGCAGCACACUCUCGCCUUCGUGCCUUCUUCAGGAAUUAUCUAUGCAUUCGGCUGCGGAACCAGAGGCCAGCUGGGAACUGGACACACCUGCAGUCUUAAAUGUCCUUCCCCAGUCAAAGGCCCCUGGGCAGCUCACAAUGAACAAAUCUCUGGUAGAUCAGGUAAGUUGUGACUUGAACAGAAGCAAAGCUGAGAUUCUGACACGUGCUCAGUGUGUGUAGGCGAAACCAGUAGGUGUAGGUGAGACCAGUUGAGACCAGUCAGAGUGCAAGUAAGCCUGAAUAUGCUGCUCUACCUUAGAUAUCGAUCAAGCCAUCACAUUGCUUAUUACUGACGUGUGUCAUGUCCUUCUAGAUUGUCAGCCUAGAGCAGGGGCUGUCUUAGUGCUGAUUUUUUGUAAGCUGCUAUGGAAAGGGUUUUUUGUUUUUUUGCUAAAGGGUGGGUUAUAGCUGCCAUAAAUAAAUAAAUCACACAUUUGUUUCUGAAGCAGCAAAUUUAUAAUGCCCCAGCUUUACCAUCUGUUAGGAAUGUUGAAGAGUGACAGCUACUGUGCUGUCACUUUUUCUCUCCCUGUGCUGACAAAAAAGAGUCUAUUAUGGAUGAGAACUUAAGGCCUCCAUCUGCACUAUGCAUUUAAAGCAGUGUUACACCACUUUUUAAAAUAAUUUUUUAAUUUGAUUUUCGAAGAAAAGGAAGAAAAAGAAUAAAGUUACAUCAAAAUGUCACACACAUUCAUGUAUCGAGAUUGCUCUGAAUCUCCUGACUCCCCCUGCCCCCAAUCCCAUCCGUGGGUCCUCUUAAUUCUGUUUGCAUCUGCAUAUCAAUACUUCUCUAAAUUGUUCAUCUUCCUAAAUUGUCUGUAGUUUCUAGUGUAUUUAAAAUCCUGCUAAUGUUUCGACCUGUUUGCAGUGAUUUUGUACAUACGUUAUAAACAUUUCCCAUUCUUUUUUAAAAUUUCCUGUCUUCUUGGUCCCUGAGCUUCCCAGUUAAUUUUGCCAUUUCGGCAUAGUUCAUCAACUUGAUCUGCCAUAGUGUUACAUCACUUUAGGCAGCCAUGACUUCCCCCAAGGAAUCCUGGGAACUGUAGUUUGUUAAGGGUCCUGAGAGUUGUUAGGAGACUCUUCACAUGCAGAAAAGCCCAAGUUUGAUCCUCCGUGUCUCCAGUUAGGAAUGGGAAUGAGACUGGCCUGAAACCCUAGAGAGCUGCUGGCGAGCAACGUAGACAGCACUGAACCAUACAGAUCAUGGGCCUCCCUUGGUGUAAGCCAGCUUCCUGCGCUCCUGCUCUGCACUGUGUCACAGUAUGCCAAAUAAAAUUCAGUCAUCAGCUAAGCUUCAGAAGAGCAUGCUUCUAAGAGGAGACAGUCCACCAUUUCACAGUUUCUGAGACAACAGUUAAUGCAGCAAAGAGAAUGCAGUGGCAUAAAUUCUAAAUAAUGUAAAUUAAGAACAUUGUCUUAAAAAAUAGCGAAUGCCUUUGGUCUCUUGUCUUUUGAGUUGUGUCAGGCAGACAGCCACUCCAAAGAGGCAUUAUGAUCUACAGUGGUGCCUCGCAAGACGAAAAGAAUCCGUUCCGCGAGUCUCUUCGUCUUGCGGUUUUUUCGUCUUGCGAAGCAAGCCCAUUAGCGGCUUAGCGGGCUUAGCGGAUCAGCUGAUAAGCGGCUUAGUGGCUUAACGGAUCAGCUGUUAAGCGGCUUAGCGGAUCAGCUGAUAAGCGGCUUAGCGAUCAGCUGUUUAGCGGCUUAGCAGAUCAGCUGAUAAGCGGCUUAGCGGCUUGGGAAAAAGGGGGGAAAAAGGAAAAAAACCCCGCAGGAACUCGCAAGACAUUUUCGUCUUGUGAAGCAAGCCCAUAGGAAAUUCGUUUUGCGAAGCACCUCCAAAACGGAAAACCCUUUCGUCUAGCGGGUUUUCCGUCUUGCGAGGCAUUCAUCUUGCGGGGCACCACUGUAUAGGAUGGGUAGGCAAACUAAGGCCCAGGGGCUGGAUGUGGCCCAAUUGCCUUCUAAAUCUGGCCUGCAGACGGUCUGGGAAUCAGUGUGUUUUUAUAUGAGUGGACUGUGUGCUUUUAUUUAAAAUGCAUCUCUGGGUUAUUUGUGGGGCAUAGGCAUUCGUUCAUAUUUUUUUCCAAAAUAUAGUCCAGCCCUCCACAAGGUCUGAGGGAGAGUGGACCGGCCCCCUGCUGAAAAAGUUUGCUGGCCCCUGAAUAGCUUUUGUAAUCCUGGUUUGCAAGGGAAAAGGAAGUACGUAGGGUGUUUGUGAGUACUGUGCCGUAACUAAUUUGCUUCGUUCUUCUCCCAACAGAUGCCUGUAAAUAUUACAUUGUUAAACAUAUCUUCUCUGGAGGAGACCAAACGUUCGUGCUUUGCUCUGAAACAGAGGUAAAUAGGGGAAGGCGUGGGUUCCUACCCAUGGCUGGUAGGGAUGUUAUUUGGCUGCUUCUCCUUUCUCCCCCGAUUGGGCCUCAAACCCAUGCACUUCUAAUAAGAGGGCAAACUUUAUAUGUGAAGUAAAGGCAGGUCCCAUAUACGACACAACUGUAACAUCACUUGGCCUGGACGAACGCUCCAGUAUUCAGUGACAGGACCAGACAUGGGCAGGGCACGAGAAAUGAGAUGCUGUCCAUAAUGAGGUUGGAGAGGACAUCCAAACAGUCCCUGGGGAGGAUGGUUCUUGGAACUGAUACAUAUCUGUGUGUAAGUUAUCUAGUGGUAGGCGUGGCCUACUCUGGGGUGGGGGUGGCGCAUGGUAGGAAACCCCAGCCGAAAGGGCCUCCCUAGAGGGAAGCUCCCCUUGCAUGUUAACAAAAGCUGCAGUGAAGCCCCUCCAAUCCCACUUGGCGAAAUCCGCGUUGAGACCUACCUCCUUUUCCAGAAUUCUCAGCCAGCGGAUGAUUUCCGGGCCAUAAAUCAAAGUGACUACACCUGUUUGAUUAAUGACGAUACAAUAGACAUGUGGAGACAAAAGCUUUCGGAAAAGAACAAUCCUAAUUCAGUGAAGUAUGUUCCUUUUUUGCUUUUCUGACACACUGUUCAGUAUUUCUUCCUUGUGGCUUCGUAUGAAAUCUUCAUAGGUGUUCAAGGGUUGGGAUGUAACCUCUGGAAACAAUAUGGUUGCCCUAGGAUGGGUUGGCAUGGGAUGUGUUUGAGCUGCUCCUCCUGUUCUGAAAUGUAAGCUCAUCCAUGGCCUAUAGACUCCUGUAGACCUCAUUCCAUCUUUGUCUCCACCCCUGAGAUGUGUGUGUGCCAUAAUGUCUGCCUUCCAGAAUGGAACUGAAAAUCAGAAUCCUUUUCUUGCAUCAUGCACCAGUGAAUGUGCUGUUCUCUGUUGGCUGCUGGAGCAGCGGCCUUGCAGCUCAGGGUAGAUAGGGGGCCUGCUCAGAUUGUUGCUUCCACUGAGUGGUGUGAUGGCUUACAUCAGAUGCUGCAGAACUGCAACUCCCAUCAGCCCCAGCAAGCACGGCCAAUGGCCAGGGAUGAUGGGUAUUGUAGUUCAGCAACAUCUGCAUGGCCAACAUCCUUGGCUUACGUCAAGCUGUCAAUGGAGACUCUGCAGCUCUCUGCUGUAGGUGCAUUCUAGUGUUGAGUCAGAGUUUGUUUCCAAGUAUCACUUUCCAAAUUUCCCAGCUACUUGUUAAGUCGUCUUCUGCUAGGCUACAGUACUUUUUGGCAUUUCUAAAAUAGAUGUGGGUGGUAGACCACACAUGUGUAAAAGCCAGAGGCUAUCUAAGGAGAUGUAGACAGUCACUUAGGCAACCAUUGCCAUUGUUUUUAUUCUUUUUAUUGCCAGUUUUUUUUCUACACCGAAAUCCCUUUGCGAUAUUUUAUGGGAAGUGAUUCAUUAAUGGAAUCAAAUAAUUUGCUGAUGGGUUUCUGAAAGCAAUGAAAUUCUAGGCACUGUUGUUUUUUUGGGCGCCAGAGGAAGCGACUUAACUUUUAGAAAUACUUCACGAUCUUCAAGUGAGGGCUAGUCAUCUAGUUCCCCAAAUUUGGUGAAAAAAGUUCAGUGGGUAGGGGAGCUGCUGCUGCCUGGAUUUAUGUUAUAGACUCCUCUGCAUCACACGGAUAAUUUUCAUCCCGUCUUCAGAGGUCCCCAGCAACAUUUGGCAAUGGCCCUGAAGAUACCCCUCCAGGGUUGGGUAGGUGGAAUCCAUGCUUUGAGUUGUUCGAUUCAGUACUCCUGAGGCAUGACACAGUUGUCCCAUGCUGAAGCUGCCUCAGUCAGCCUCCACAAGGCUGACAGUAUUGAGGCUGGGUUUGGAAUUCCCUUUCUCGUGCAACUCCAAAGGGAAAAUGGGCCACCUGAUGUCAUAGUGACAUCACGAGACUGACAGCUGGGCAGCCAACCUCCACAGAUGUCACUUAGGCUACUCCAGCUGGUUCCAUGAUGAUUUCACCUAGGAGCAAGGGCAACGGAACUCAAAAAGUAAAUAUACUAUGUGAAAAACAACAGCGUGGCCAUAUAACCCAUGUCCCUCUCUCUUCUUGUCCCUCCACUCUAAGCAGUGAGGUUGUGCAGAUCCUGUCCUCGGCUGCCUGCUGGAACGGGAGCUUCUUAGAAAAGAAGUAAGUGCCUUAAACUUACAUAGGGCAGGAGGAAACACAGGCUAAGUCCCUGCAGUGGUGACUCUUGAUCAAGCAGAUAUAAAGCGGGUGGCCAAUGAGGUUUCAGUCUGUGAGGGCCAGUGUGGUCUAGUGGUCUGGGUGUUGGACUAGGACCUUGGAGACCCGGGUUCAAAUCCAGGGAGCUCGCUGUGUGACCUUGGGCCCAACCAUCAUCUCUUAGCCGUUAACCUAUGUCACAGGGUUGUUGUGAAAAUAAUAUGGAGCUAAUAAUAUGUUUUUGCCACUUUGAGAUCUGGAGAGGGUGGGGAAGGUGAGAAUUAUUAUUUUUUAAGCAAUAAGAAGUAGUUGGUGGCUUCCUGACCAAGGAGGGUGGAGGCAUAGAAGAGGGGAAAAUAUUCAGACCCCCCCCAAGACUAGCCAUUCUGCGAAUCCUAGUGACGGUUACAUAAGAGGCCUCACAGCCCAGGGCCAAACAUGUGGAGGGGAGGAGGGACACUGCCUGACCCAGCAGCUUUAUAUAAGAUUUUUGACGGCUGAUGCAGGCAUAGAAAAAGCUCCCUGGCUGAACUUACAUCCUGUCAGAACCAAUUCUGUGUGCUGGCUCUGUACCGUUAGGAUAACAUGAUCCUCCAGGCGCCUUGGAAGGAACCUUCUCGGGUCCAUUGUCUGUGUUGUUAUGGCAAUGGUAGCUAAGCUAUCAGGGGCUACGUUUAGCUCUCUAUGCAUCCUAUUGUCAACUGGCAAAUACGGUAUGUGAUUUAAAUGGAGCUUCUUCCCCAAGAGGGCACCUGCUGUUGCAGCCUCGGCAGCUAACUUAGCAGCAUGUUUGUGCCGGGGGAGGAAUUUGUGGUUGGCGUUUGGAGCACUGACAUGCUCACGGAACACCUGUAAAAUGCUACAGACGUUGCUUGGGAUGUAACGUCUCAAGAACAUGUUAAGCUGCAGGUUUUUUUUGUUUUACUAGAAGGAUUGCAGGUCUUUUGCCUGCUGCCGUUUAUUAGAUUACUGGGUGUCGUCUUUCCUCACUUCACAUCAGUUAGAGAACCUCUAGCUGGAUCUAGCAAAUACUCACCUAAUCUAUCAUCCUUUCCCCCACCAUCAAGUGCUUCCAGAAAGCCAAUAAGCUGGGCAUGAAAGCAAUUCCCAUUCUUUGCAGUUGGUAUUCUUUUACAACUGGCAUUCAGUUGGCAAAUUGCCGCUGAACCUAGAAUCUGCACAUGGUUGCUAAACAAGCUGUGGUUUUAUACAGCUCCCACAGUUGAUAAGGGGCAGUCAGAUUCUGUGGAAAGAGUGCUAAAAUUCUGCUGGGUGACAGAAUUCUACUGAGAGAAGUGCAAGCCCCUUGCGUGGUUGUAAGUUGCUCGUUGGUCUUGCUGAUACUCCUGAUAAGGAUUCAUCUUCAACAUAAUAGGAAGUUUGUAUGAGCAACUAUUAAUUACAGAGUCUGGAGCUGCGUAUAGGUUAAGUAGCUCAAACGUUAAUAAUCACUGUUUGUAAAUACAUUGCACGCCAGGAAUAUUUCUCCCUCCAUCUCUCAAUUUUCAUUUUCGUUUUGUAGAAUAGAUGAACAUUUUAAAACGAGUCCCAAAAUUCCAGGGGUCGACUUGAAUUCCACCAGACUGAUGUUUGAUAAGCUGAUGACGUCCCAGCAUUCCAUCUUGCUUGACCAGGUGCAGACUUCAAAGGCGUUAAAAUUUUUAAGCUUUCUGCUUUGUACAGAGCUUUUGCGAGGAGCUCAUGAGAAAACUCGUGAGAGAGCAAAGCCACAACCUGUUCAUUAGUAUGACUCAGUACCGUCCUAAGGACAUGCCUUGGCAAAUAUCUCGCAGGUCUUAACCCCCUUCAUGUGCAAAAUACAAAACAUUUUGCCUCAAGUGCAUGUUUGAAACCUGGAUGCUGGUUCUCCUGAUGAAGCCAAACUUUCCCAGUUUGGAAUACAGUGGUACCUUGGGUUACAUACGCUUCAGGUUACAUACGCUUCAGGUUACAGACUUCGCUAACCCAGAAAUAGUACCUUGGGUUAAGAACUUUGCUUCAGGAUGAGAACAGAAAUCGUGCUCCGGCGGCGCGGCAGCAGCAACGGGAGGCCCCAUUAGCUAAAGUGGUGCUUCAGGUUAAGAACAGUUUCAGGUUAAGAACAGACCUGCGGAACGAAUUAAGUACUUAACCCGAGGUACCACUGUAGUUGUUUGCCAUGACACCACAGCCCUCCCUGUCACUUUCCCUCCUUUCUUUCCAAAACCAAACUCCAUCACCUACUUUGGAGAUCACUAAGUUUCACCAUGACUUUGUAGAAUUCCAAAUACACCGGUUGAGUCUCCACUUCUGGAGGCCUGUCGAAAUUGCUUCUGUGGUGACUGGUUCGUAAACUUGGGUUGGCUCCAUAAUGCCAGAGUUGAACUGAAACAAGCCUUUGUGGCUGCAAUAAAGCUAUGUUUUGAGCCUCAUUUCUUUCCUCCCCUCUUUGCAGAUCCUGAAGAGCUUCGAAAGCUUUUUGAUCCCAGGGCUGCCCAGUUCCCCACCGGACGUUGAAGCCAUGAGAAUCUACCUGAUUCUCCCAGAGUUCCCGCCGUUUCAAGACUCAAAGUAUUAUGUCACCUUAACGCUUCCCUUGGCGAUGGCGAUUCUGCGUCUGGACAGGAACCCCAGUAAAGUCUUAGGUAGGAGAUGCACACCAAGUUUCCCCCCUUCCCUGUUCUUCACACCACUUUUGCUCUCCUACAUUGCUGUGGCCAUUAACUAUGCUUGUAGGGUUGAUGGGAAUUUUAACAUCCAGAGGUCCAGUUUUCCCCCAUAUCUGGUAUAAAGCGACCACCUUUGGUGUUCAAGGCGUAUUCAGCCACACUACCAUAAACUAGGGAUGGGGAACCUGCGGUUCUCCAGAUAAUUGCCUAGCUGCAACUCUCGGCAUCCCUGCCAUCAGCCGUCUUUCUGUCAAGUGUGAAGCUUGACAAAAACCGAAGACCUUUUUGCACUACUUACUUGGGAAUAUAAGGCCCACGCAGUUCAGUGGGACUUGCUCCUUAAGUGAACAUGCUUAAGAUUGGACCGCAUCUGUAGGAAUGCAUUUAUCAAACUAUCAUUCAUAUGCUGGGAUUUUAGUGUUUACAAAUGGUAUAGGCAUCAUAUGUUGGUGGUUCUCUCUCCCCCCCCCCCCAGCAAAUAUGCCUGUUAAUAGGAUUAUAAUGCUCCUGAAGCCUUGGAGGUUUUUAAGCAGAGGUUGGAUGGUCAUUUGCCAUGUAUGAUCUAGUUGAGAUCUGUCAUGUUUGAUCUAGAUGAUGCUCCAACUAUGAUUCUAUGAUUAAGCUAAUAGCUACAUGUUUUGCUUUGUGUAACCCUGUUUAGAUAACUGGUGGUCUCAGGUGUGUCCAGGUUACUUCUUGAGGCUGGUGGAUCUCUAUAAAGGUGCCGUGGUUUACCUCUUGAACGGAAGAAAAACAUUAUUGAUCCCUGUCUUGUAUGGCAGUUACAUCACAGCCGCACUCAAGCUUCUGGAGAAACUUCAUAAAGUAAGGAAACUGCGGUGGUUGUGUCCCUGUGCAGAGUGGCCGUUUUCGCACGUCAUGCCAAACCACCAUUUAACUUUACACAAAUCGAGCCUCUCUGAACCCGAGCAAGACUCACAAACACCCCAUCCCCUCUCCUGCUUAUUUCCCAGAGGAGAAAUAAACCAAGCUUCCGUUUCACUUCUCCUGUCUUGUCAGCAGCACACAUGAACCAGGAAUUGUGGUUUAGGAAGCAAGCUCACUUCAAAACCCUAGUUCGUUUCGUUUUAAAUUGGCUACGAUGUAAUUUGAGCCACGUUUUAUGGCUUGCACGUAAUGAUCAGCCAAGAAUCUAUGAAAGCAAAAUGGAAUCCUGCUUUGUUCCUCUUCCUAUCAACCCAGGAAGAGGGAGGGGAAGGGGAAGCGGGUGUGCAAGGCAAGCCCUUUGCAUGGGCUCCUUAGAAAACGGUGCCAAUCGUUGGUUCAUCUAGCUCCACUGAUUGGCAGUGGCUCUCCAGAAUUUCGGACUGAGCCCUCUCUGGAAGUGCCAUGGAUUGAACUUGGGAUCUUCUGCAUGCAAAACAUGUUAGUAAUCGCAAUUACCAUGCGUUAACCUACCCUUCACUAUCAAUUCCCAGAGUUUGGGGCCGGGGGUGUCGCAGCAAUUUAAAAUCACAGCAUUAAAAACAGUUCAAAGCAAGUUACAGUCGCAGGAAUAGGGUGGGCCCUAAAAUCACCUAUCUCAGAUGUCAAAAGUCAAGGUAAAGAGCUGUUUCCUCCACUAUUGCAUGCUCUUCCACUGAGGCUCAGCCCUUUCCUUUUCCUGUUAGUGUUAACAGUGUUAAACUAUGCUGUUGCCUUUGAUGCAAAUGUUGUCAACAUGUGCAGUGGAGGUUUGUCCUUGUGCUGGGCCCUUUUGGUGUCUAGGCUCAGACCACACCUUGUUUUGAUGUACAAAGGUUGUGGUUUGUUUUGCUAUGUGCCCGUGUAGGCUCUUCUGCAAAUGUUAAAUCUCCCUUGCUUUCAUUAUGCACCUAGUUCUGUUCACUGGGCUUGGGUUGACCACUCAUUCCUCUGCUGUGACCUUUCUGUUCUCGAUGUUCCUUCUAUUCCUAAACUUGUUCAGCACGUGUCUGUUUUAGUACUGCUUGUAACUGACUUAAAUGUUGGGUUUUCAUGUCCUUUGGUUUGAGGGAGCUGGUUAUUAUUCUCUGCUUCUUCAAAGAAGUGUUUUCCUUCUUCUUUCCCAAAUCAGGUAAAUCAGAAAGUAAAACACGUAGAAUAUGACAAGUUUUAUAUCCCAGAGAUUUCGAGUCUGGUGGAUAUCCAGGAAGACUACCUGAUGUGGUUUUUGCAUCAAGCUGGAAUGGUAAGAGGUGUCAUGCAAUUGGUUGUGAGGGGAGGGAACAAUCCAGGGUUUGCAGCUGUAAAGCUAUGAGCGUUGUGUCAAAAUGGAUCACCGUACAAAUGCAAAUUCCACAGUCGUUAUAGGCUUUUAAUGUAAGUGGUCAGCGUGCGUAUUUAGCUUGUUUUCAAGAUUUGGAUGUCUGGGAGACGUGGAAAGUUUAGGGAUUAUGUGGUCUCCUAGUAGGAUCCAAGAGAGACGGGUUGAUGUGGACAUUAGAGACAAAGUGGUAGAUGGCAAAGAGGAAAGAAUGGUUGUUCAGGAUAUUGAAAUCCCAUGUGGAACCUUAAACUUGAGAUCCAAGUCUGUUUUCAGAUCAUUCUCCCCACAAGGGCUAGAAGCUGGGGGUUUUUCCGUUUUUUCCAUUUUUUAAAAGAAAAAAACCAGCAGUAUUCUCAAAAUAGCAAGUGUUUGUGUGUAUAAGAUAUCUAUACAUGCAUGCAUGUAAAAUAUCUCCAGUGUAUGUAGUAUAGAAACCAGGUGGGCUGCUACACUGUUUGGGGCAAAGCAUGACCAUCUUCCCCAUGUUUGGCAUCCCAUAUGGUCUCAGGUAUGGGAAGCUUCAAGAUGCAGCUAAAAAUACAGUUAAUGGCCAAGAGCCAAAGAACUGCAAGAUUAGUUGUGUGUCCCGCGGACCUUUUAGAAGUGUGUUUCUUGAGCAGCAGCUUCCUCCUCCACCCCAGCGUUGCAUGACAAACUUUCCUUUGAAAUGGGGGACGGUGAGGCACUGGGAACUGAAGGAGAGACACCCUCCUGUUGGAGUAGAGGCCAGAGGAGAAGCGUAGGGCAUUGGGUAGGAGCGAGUCCCUAACCAGCAGGUGAGGUGAGGUGAUGGUGGAACUCUGAGUCUUAAGACAAGAGCCCUGAGGCAAAAGCAGGGUGGGGAGCGAACAAAAAGAUGUGGAAACGCAGAAGGACUUGUCUGUGAAAGGAACGCUGGACUCGAAAUAAAUCAUAUCCAGCACUUCUCUAGCAGGUUCUGUUCAUUCUUGGUUCGGGGGGCAUGAACCAACCUUCUCUACCAAAUGGGGUGGGGUGGGGUGGGGCCUAGAGCCACUACUCCACAGAGAGGCAGCUUGUGUGUGCAUGUAGUUUGCAAACCACAAAAAGACCCAUGAAAUGGGCCAGCCUUUGCUUUAAUCUAGUGCAUGGGUAGGCAAACUAAGGCCUUGGGGGCCGGAUCCAGACCAAUCGCCUUCUAAAUCCGGCCUGCAGACGGUCCGGGAAUCAGUGUGUUUUUAUAUGAGUAGAAUGUGUCCUUUUAUUUAAAAUGCGUCUCUGGGUUAUUUGUGGGGCAUAGGAAUUCGUUAAUUCCUCCUCCCCCAAAAAUAGUCCGGCCUCCCACAAGGUCUGAGGGACAGUGGACUGGCCCCCUGCUGAAAAAGUUUGCUGACCCCUGAUCUAGUGCUUAUGGUGUCGGACUUUGACAGACGAGCCACAUAUCUUAUUGGGGGUGGGGUCAGCCACCCCCAUUAUCCGCCCCUACCCUACAUCAUAGGGUUGUUGUGAGAACAUAGGCUAUUCUUUGGGGGAAGGAUAGGAUUAAAACGUAACGGAUGGUACUGCUCUAAGUAAAACCUCACACAUUAUUCAUUCUCUCUCUCUCUCUCUCUCUCUCUCUCUCUUUGUCUUGCCUCGCCCUUCUCCCCCUCCCCAGAAAGUCAGACCAUCAAUUAUGCAGGUAACCAUUCCAAUUACUCUUGCCAAAGUAGUUCUCAGCAGAGGCCCAGGCUGCCACCGCUAAAUUGAACUGCUCCUACUUUCCAGGAUGCCGUGACUCUGUGCUCUUACCCUUUCAUCUUCGACGCGCAAGCCAAGACCAAGAUGCUGCAGACGGAUGCUGAGCUGCAGAUGCAGGUAGGUGGCCAGGUCUCCUCUUUCUGCCAAUCCCAGCCGUUUUCAUCCAUGCAUUUAUUUAUUAACAUAUUUUCUGCACUGACCUUCGCCUCCCCCCAAAAAGGGUUACAAGGGUUUUCCGUAUCUUACUGCAUCAUGAAAAGCAUUUAUCAAAGCCUUGCAACAACAAGGAAAACGUCACAGCAGAAUGAAAGUAGUAUUGAUUUUGUGGGGGGACCUUUCACCCUUUUUGGGGUGAAGGGAGAUUAAAAAAUGGGAUUUCCUACUGGCUCUUGAUCUUUAAUAACUUUUGCAAAAUCUGUGCGGGAGGCACACGGCACACCCUUCCCCAGUCCUCCUACGUGGAUAUUUUUAGCAGGGAAAUAGGCACUCUUCGUGGCCCAGUCAAGAUAUUUCCAAACACUAGGAAGGGGCAAAGCGAGUUAGGAGGGCAUCCUUGCAAAGCAGCUGGUUUUAAAGGAAUGUUGUUUUCAGGAGGCAUCGCAGCGUCACUUCUACCCCCUGCCCAAAGCGAAUUGCCAGUAAACCCUGUUUCCACAGAUGCCACUUCCUCUACGCCGGGAAUGGAGAACCCAGGGGCUCAGUGCAUUUGUUGUUGUUGUUGUUGCUGCUGCUGCCCUUGACUUUUGUAUGUGGUUUUUAUAGGUGGCCAUCAGUGGGGCAAAUCUGCAGAACGUUUUCAUGCUCCUCACCCUGGAGCCCCUCUUGGCUCGAAGCCCCUUCCUGGUCCUCCAUGUUCGUAGGACCAACUUGGUUGGCGACGCCUUGAGGGAGUUGAGCAUCCAUUCGGAUAUUGACUUGAAAAAGCCUCUGAAGGUAAGACCCCGCGGCAGCUCCUCGCUGCAAUAGCUUGUUUGGUGUUUGGGCCUAGUCCUCCUCAGUGAGGCACUAAAUCUGUGUCUGGCCUUUAUCGCUUGAGGCUGAAAGUGGCUGCUCACGCAAUGGAGUCCAUUUGUUGUUUAGUCGUGUCCGACUCUUCAUGACCCCAUGCACCAGAGCACGCCAGGCACUUCUGUCUUCCUCUGCCUCCCGCAGUUUAGUCAAACUCAUGUUGUAGCUUCGAGAACACUGUCCAACCAUCUCGUCCUCUGUCGUCCCCUUCUCCUUGUGCCCUCCAUCUUUCCCAACAUCAGGGUCUUUUCCAGGGAGCCUUCUCUUCUCAUGAGGUGUUCAAAGUAUUGGAGCCUCAGCUUCAGGAUCUGUCCUUCCAGUGAGCACUCAGGGCUGCUUUCCUUAAGAAUGGAUACGUUUGAUCUUCUUGCCGUCCAUGGGACUCUCAAGAGUCUCCUCCAGCACCAUAAUUCAAAAGCAUCAAUUCUUCAGCGAUCAGCCUUCUUUAUGGUCCAGCUCUCACUUCCAUACAUCACUACUGGGAAAACCAUAGCUUUGACUAUAGCUUUGACCUUUGUUGGCAAUAAGUCUCUCCACAUAGAGAAAUUGCCUAAUUUACUGAGGCCUUGCUCCAAGUUUCCCACAGCAAAGCAUACUGAGGUUUGUUCAUAAUUCUCUGGGUGCUGCUCCAAACAGAAGAAUUACAUUAAGACAGUAGGCAAUAAUAGCCACACAUUUAAAGUAGUAUCAUACCACUUUAAACACCCAAAGGAUUCUGGGAACUGUAGUUAAGGAUACUGAGAGUUGUUAAGAGACACCCGUUUCCCCUCAGAGCCACAAUUCCCAGAGCAGUUUAACAAUCAAUCUCUCUUCCCAGGGAACUCUGGGAAUUGUAGUUCUGUGCGUGGGGAACAGGAGGUCUCCUAACAACUCUCACUACCCUGAGCAAACUUCAGCUCCCAGAAUUCUUUGAGGGAAUCCUCUUCUGCUUAAAAUGGUAUCAUAGUGACUCAUUGAAAUUGGUGGACGUAAGUCUAUUGGAUCUGCUCAGAGUAUGGCUCAGUUGGCUGUUACUAGGUUGCAAUUGCUAAAGCUCCUUUUUGGGCAUUGUGGCAGGUGAUCUUUGACGGCGAGGAGGCGGUUGAUGCUGGCGGCGUCACAAAGGAGUUCUUCCUCCUGCUGCUGAAAGAGCUCCUGAAUCCCAUCUAUGGGAUGUUCACCUCCUACCCCGAAUCGAACCUGCUGUGGUUUUCGGAUACCGUAAGUGUGCUUGGUUUAUGCACUCACAAACUGUUUGCCGGGAUCCCGCUUAGCUUGGUGCAGGGUGGAUUUGAUUUAAAUCAAAUCAAUUUAAAUCAGUAGUCAAUAAGACUUGAUUUAAAUCAUUUAUUUUUUUUUACAGAAAGACUCAUUCUUUCUGGUAUAAUCUUAAUAUUUACAACCAGAUGAAGGUUUCAUUUUUGGAAUAAUAAAUUUUCAGAGUAGUUUUUACAGUUCUAUCAAAAAUUACUGAUUUGGUUAUACUAUUAGAAAUACAUGGACAAAUAAUUAUGAAAUUAUUGUGAGGUUUAAUAAGUUAAAUUUAUAUUAGGACAACAUUUCUGCUGCACUUUAUUGGAAGGAGAAAAAAAAUCAUUUCCUUAGUAACAAUUUAUAUAACUAAAACAAUAACAUUAUAGCAUAUGAAUCCAUGUUUGUUAACUUAUUCGGUUAAUGAUUUUUUUUUAAUAGAGAAACCUUAGACUGAGUUUUAGCACACAUGAAAAACUUAAAACAAAUCCUUAUUUCCUGAUGAAUAGCCUUUGGACUAUAAUGUAACUUAAAUAGAAAACUAUCUUUAGAAAGAUUUUCACUCCAAAAGCAUUUUAUUUUAAAAAUCCGAUUUAAAAUUUUUAAAUAUAUAUAUAUAUAUAUAUAUAUAUAUAUAUAUUUAAAAUCACUGAUUUUUAUUCACCCUGGCUUUGGUGUAGUUUGGAGACUCACAGCCUGGGUGUGUGUGUGUGUGUGGAUUGUUAGCCGCUUUCCAGAUCUAAACCUUUCCAGCUCCUUGCUGACGCUUUCCUCCUGCUAACUAGUCCUUUUCUUUGUGUGUCCGAAGUGUUUUGUAGAGCACAAUUGGUUCCACCUGAUUGGCAUCGUCUGCGGUCUGGCCAUAUACAACUUCACUGUUGUGGAUCUUCACUUUCCAUUGGCUCUCUACAAGAAACUCUUGAAUGUGAAGCCGUGCUUGGAAGACUUGAAGGAGCUUUCACCCACAGAAGGAAGGUAGAAAGUAUUGGAAUUAUGUCUUCCUGUCCGCUUCGUAAUUGGCCUAGAUUGAAUUUGGCAAUGGCACUUUCAUAAAAUUGGGGCAGCGCUGUGGGUUGGGGAUGGAAGGCAGCAUGUGUCUCUGUUAUGAGGGGGAAAAAGCAAACCAUUGGAAGAAAGAAUACACCUAUGUUUUCAUCCUUCUCCAAUGAGAAUAUUUCGUGUUGGAGUUCUGUUGCCCCAAACCGAUAUUUGUGUUCCUUUUGGGGAUGAGAAUUUUUAUUUUUCAUUAUGCCCAUUGAAAUAAAAAGCAAAACAAAGUCAUACAAAGCAUGAUAUUUACAAAACAGAAAAUAAUGUGUGAGGUUGAACGCCUUCCUGAAACCUACCAUUUUUACGUGCUAUAAAUAAACUAUAUACUUAAAUAACGUGAAACUGUUUGGGUGUGGCUCCUUGAGUUCUUAUCAUAUAUCUAUCAGAUAAGAAUUCUGCAUUUCACAUACUCUUUAUUUUACAUUGUUUUAACGUAACUGUGGAAGAUUCCAGUAUGCAGCAGUGUUUUAUUUUUCUCACAAUUGUUAAUGAACAAAUAAUUCAAAUUGAAACUCUCUCCUGUAACUUUUUUUGGGAUCAGAUUGUAUUUUUUGGCCCGCUUUCCUCAAUUUCAUCCUAAAAUCUGAUACCAUAAAUCCUUAAUAGCAGGGCAAGGAAGAGGGUGUGUCUCAGAUUCAGACUUCUUCUAAUGUCUUUCUGCCUUUACGUUUCCUUUACGUUAUUUAUAGGAGUCUUCAACAGCUCUUAGAUUACCCUGGGGAUGAUGUUGAAGAGACAUUCUGCCUAUAUUUCACGGUAAGACCAUCUAUCUGCCUGUCUCUUGCGUUUACCUUAUUUUCCCGUGUAUAACAUGACCCCAUGUAUAAGACGAGCCCUAUUCUGGGGAGCACCAAAAUAAGAAAUCAGUAUUUUAAAGUGAGCUGAAAAAGAUGAUUGAGCUUUUUUUUUAUAAGGUCGACCAAAAGGUUGUUAGCUUUUUUUGGGGGGGGGGGGAAUAGGAUAGGUUGGUUAGGCUGAGAGACAGCAACUGGCCCAAGGUCACCCAGUGAGCUUGAUGGCCAAGUGAGGAUUUGAACCUCAGUCUCUCAUGUCCUCAUCCGACACUCUAACCGCUACAUCACGCUGUCAAAGGAACACCCAUUUUUGAGGGUGUACAUCUUGGCUCAGGUCCGUGUUCAUGAAAUGGACACCACAGAGAAGGUUUGGCUGCAUUUUGAAGUUCUUCCUGGUGUCGAUGGAAAUUGAGCUCAUUUGAUUUUAAUCUGGAUUGUGCCUCAUUGGCUACAAUCCAGCGGUAUGCCAAGGGUGUGGAAACGUGGUCAGAGAUAAACUGCACAUUGCUCUCAAAUUGGUAGAGCGUGGGACUCUUGAUCUCAAGAACAUGAGUUCGAGUCCUGCAUUGGGCAAAAGAUUCUUGCAUUACAGGGGAUUGGACUAGAUCAGCCUUUCUCAACCUGUGGGUCCCCAGAUGGUGUUGAACUACAACUCCCAUCACCCCUAGCUAGCAAGGCCAGAGCUCAGGGAUGAUGGGAGUUGUAGUCCAACAACAUCUGGGGACCCACAGGUUGAGAACCGCUGGACUAGAUGAUUCCCCCAUGGGUCCCUUUCCACUCUACAGUUAUAGGAUUUUAUGUCCUUUUUUAUUGUAUUAAGCUUUGUUGAUGAGAUACAGAAUGAAGCAGUUUUGUUGUCUUUUUCUGGGUUGGGAAAACAAACAAACAGAUGUGCAGAGAAAGCUAUGGAGUGGCGGAGCAGAAGAACCUCAUCCCUGACGGAGACAAAAUUCCAGUGCAGAAAGAUAACAGGUGCAUACCGUCUGAUGCCUAAAGAUGCUCUCUGUGAUAAUUUCACAAGUGACACAACAGGGUCCUUCGUAGUGGCUGUUUUGGGAUGAGCCCAACAAGAGGGCUCUGUAUUGGGCUCUUCAGAUUGGGAGGAUAGAAAUCUUAAGAAAAUAAAAGAUGGAGGGGGUGGGGGAGAAGUACUGUUGCGCAGGAAGCCACGAGGGACCAUGCUUGGGGAAAACAAAAAAUGCAAUAAAGUAGAAAAGGUUCUGCCAUCUGCUCUUCAUCCUUCCUCGUUUCCUGACAUUUGGUUUGGUCCAGGGAGGGAACGCGAAACAAUAAAAUGGAUCCAAAGUCUUUUAGAUUAACACCGCACAUAUUGUUUGGUAAUAUUUGUCGUAGAUUUGCAUAGGCAAACAUCGCCCAGAGCUUGGUUUGAGGUUUCUUUUUUUCUGGAGUCUGAAAAUAUGAUGGCAGGAGAAGGGGAAGUUUUUCCCCCCCAGCUGGUUCAUGCAAUUGACCACUAUGGGAAGAGGAUGCUGGACUGUUGUCGUUUAGUCGUGUCCGACUCUUCGUGACCCCAGGGACCAGAGCACGCCAGGCACUAGAUGGGCCAACUAGCCUGAUCCUGCAGGCAUUUGUUAGUUUUAAUUUUAAAAAUCCUGUGCCGAAGUAGUGCAGAUUGUACAGUGGUUUGCAAUGUAAAUGCAUUUUAUGAAAUGUGCGUGAUCUUCCAAACAACCUUUGGAAGUGGUAUCCCUUGCUGUCUGGGUGGACAGUGGCUUCAGCCGACAACACCCUUAUCUGCCACUGUUUGCUUCUUCGUAAUGACCAGUGCCGUUUCUUUGAAUCCCCCAGGGAGGAAUUCGUCGACGCGUACGUUAAUUAUGUCUUUAACCUUUCGGUAGACGAGUGGUACAUGGCUUUCUCCACGGGCUUCCUGAAGGUGUGUGGGGGUAAAGUUCUAGAAAUGUUCCAGCCCACCGAGCUGAGAGCCAUGAUCGUAGGGAGCAGCAACUACAACUGGAAGGAACUGGAAGAGGUAAGCAGGCACACCCUUCUGUACAUUUUGCCCGUUGUGAAUCUAGAACUGCUACUUGUUGUGUUCCGAAGGCAAAGGAAGGAUUGGACCCUGAUUAAUAAAAUAGACAUGAGGCUUGGCCAGCAAGACUCUGGGAGGAAGUGUCAAUAGCCACUCCCUCGUCCAGGCCGUUUUAUUAACAAAAGAACUCUUACACAGCGUUUGUAAGAACCAUUCAGAUUUGCCAUGAGCAUUUCAAAAAAUCACCACGUGGGGACAAAGUUAGAUCAGAGAAAUCCUUUUAACUACAAAGAACUACUUUGAGCAUGCAUACAUGUUUUAGGCUAAAUAAACAGGAAUCAAGGAGGAAUGCAUUUAGCAAACCCAGAGGUCAUAAACAGGCAGUAAACAGGAAAGGAAGGACGGCAAGGAAAGUCAGGCAUUUACCGCCUUCUUGUAAACUCUCUUCCUGGCCCUUAAAAUCUACCUAAAGAUUCACAAAAGCUACAUCAAAGCUACCUCCUUAUCUUACGUACUGAGGAUGCCUGGUGAAGCAACCGGUCUGUGUACGUGACUUGUCAGGCAAGAGAAAUGGGGCAGAGAUGCAGAGGCUUGGAUUGAUCAGAAAUCAUGUCAAAUGGCUCAAGCCCAGCCAAAGCAAUGCUUUCAUUGCUGACACAAUGGCUUGCUUCAUUUUUCAUAAUUCCUCAUAGCAAUCCCACCUGACCACCACACUACUGUCCUGAGUAAAACCUUAAUCCUUACCUUCUGAGAAUCUGUCUGGCUAGAAUGUGAGACCUAAGAACGCCCCCAUCUUUCUCUUAAUUAUUUACUGUUUUCUCCAUUUCCCCCCUCUCACCUGUCCUCCAAAGUGUGCAUGGUUCUCCUCCUCUCUAUUUAAUCCUCACACCCACCCUGCGAGGUAGGAGAGGAUGAAAUAUCAACCUGUUAGCUUCCUGACUUAAGUAGGCGAUAUGAACCUGCACCUUCUUGUUCCUAGUCUGACACUUGGGAGAAUUUUGCCGAAUGGUUCAGUUCAUUGGAGAAAGCACCAAACAGUAAACUAAACAUGAAAGCAAAGCCAUCGCUUAAAUGAUUCUUGAAGUAAAAUAAUAAUGAGCCUUGGUUUUGGGGUUGUUGUUUUUUUUGCAAUAUGCUGUGCUCAGUGCAUUUCAGUGUGGUGCCUCCUUUUCCACUGCCAGCCCGAUCCUGUGUGUGUUUACUUGGAAGUAAGUCCCACUGUGUCCAAUAGGGCCGACUUCCUAGCGGGUAUGUUUGGGAUUGGAGCCUUACUGGAGAGCUGCAGAGGUCCUGUUCUUAAAAGAGCAUGUUGGUUCAAAAUGGUUCAGCAUCCUCUGAGUGAACAGCUGUGUCAGGGGAAUCAGCAUCCAACAGCUUUGGAAUUCAAUCGGCUUGCAUCUCUAAAUUAUGAAGAUAUUUAGAACCCUUCUGGACCAAGCUAGAGAAUGCAGUUUGAACAUUUGCAACCUUCUGAGUCAUUUUACAAAGUUCAAAAUAUAUAUGCCUUUGAAAGUUAUUACAUUAUUUGAAAGCAUCUCUAAACUUCUUAAUAUUUUAGAAAUCUCCAUGCACGAUAUAAAAACACAACAUCCAUUAAAACAAGAAUACAGCCUAAAACCAAUAAAAUGAUAUAACAUCAAGUUAAACAGAAAUUCAAGGGACUCUUACACAUAAAUCAGGGUUCUAUAUUAAUGGGUCAGGGAAAAACUGGACAGAAAGUUAAAAGUCCUUACAAGACAUCUGAAGCAAUUGGUAGUUGCUGCUUUACACGUGGCAGAGGGAAGGACAUUCCAUAGAAGGGGCAACAGCAUAAAAUGCCCAUUUGGGAGUUAUUACCCUAUGAUGUAAGCAUUCUUACAGGUCCAUACAGGGGCAGGCGGUCUUUCAGGUUUACCAUGAGUUCUUAAAACUAACCCUUUUUUACAGAGCGCAGUUUACAAAGGGGACUACUCGGCUACCCAUCCAACCGUGCAAAUGUUCUGGGAGAUCUUUCACGAGUUUCCUCUGGAAAAGAAGAAAAAGUUUCUCUGUAAGUAAUUAGUUUUUUGUUUUUUUUAGUGCGAUGGCAGUUUCCCCUUGGCUUUCAGAGUGGUGAUUCCGACAGUCGAAGCCAAUAACUUGUUCUUGCUAGCUUAAUAUAUACAGUGGUACCUCGGGUUAAGAACUUAAUUCGUUCCGGAGGUCCGUUCUUAACCUGAAACUGUUCUUAACCUGAGAUAUCACUUUAGCUAAUGGGGCCUCCCGCUGUUGGAACACAAUUUCUGUUUUCAUCCUGAAGCAAAGUUCUUAACCCGAGGUACUAUUUCUGGGUUAGCAGAGUCUGUUACUUACCGUCCCCCUUACGAAUGCUGUGGGUUACGCGCUCCGCUAACCCGGAAGUAGAUGCCCCUUGUUGCGACCUUUGCCCCGGGAUGCGAGCGGAAGCCGCUCUCCGGGGGUGCGGCAGCAGCAGGAGGCACCAUUAGGGAAAGCGCGCCUCAUGUUAUGUGCGGUUUCGUGUUACGAAUGGACCUCCGGAAAGGAUUAAGUUUGCAACCGGAGGUACCACUGUAUGAAACACACCUGAAUGCCUUCCACCAGGUGGCAGGUUUCUCUUUACCUGUUCUCUGGCACGGUGGUGAAGGGAGUGAGCUGCUGAGAUUGGAACUUCCUGUCCAGAUCUCACUUCUGCAUUGUGGUGAAGCUUUUGAUACUGGCCCUCUCUGCUUGCGGGGAAUCUUCCCUUGUGUAUGGAACUUUCUCUGCAGUCAGCGGUCCAAAGUGGCCAAGGAGGAGACUCAACAUGUGGCUUUUGUUGAAUGUGGAAAACAAGGGUGGGGAGCUGUCUGUAUUGUUGUUGUCACACUUAAAUCUAUCUCCCGCUGCUUCUCCCAAAGGAGCCCAGGGCAGCAAACACUUCAAUUAUAUAAAAAAAAACCCGCAGUAAAAACUCCACAUAUUUAAAAUUUCUAAAAAGAAUAAAGCACAAAACAUUAGAAACAAAUUUAAGGACAGAUAACACCAAAUAUUGUGCCUGAACAGGCCCACCGAAACAGAAUAGUUUCCAUCGAUUUCUUAACUUGUUCAGGAAGAAGAAAGAAUGAGUUGAGGGAAGAGUGUUGGUAUUUUUAAAAGGGAAUUGUUAUAAGAAAAAAGGCUCCUUUUCCCUUAUGGGGUCGAGCAUGUCGAGUUUGCGCAUCGUGAUGUAGGUUCACUAUCGGUAGGAGAAAACAACAGAGGCCAACCAGAGAAUAUUGAGAAGCAAAACAGCUAGUAAGCCGGAUCUUUAUUAAACUGUUGCGACAGGGUGCUCACCCCUCAAGCAGGAGGGAGGAGGAACCCAGAACAAUAAUUUGCACCCUGUAGCUCAACUCCCCCCCACCCCAUCCCUCAAUACAUCCAUCACAGAAGGGGUGGUUUACAGCAGAAUCCUGUCUGGCCGGAAACCUGUUAAAGGUUUACCUGGAUAGCCUGGCCAUUCUUUUGUGAUGAUAAAUACUUAAUUCCUGAGUCCAGGUUACAGGCUCACCCUAUUCCUACCCAAAUGUGCCCUUAAGGCAGGAUUUGUGAGCACAGAGACAAUGGGGAGGCGUUUCCCAUUUCCGUCCAAACCGCAGAGGAAUAUUUGAGGUUACUGAAAUUAGUCAAAAUGGCUUUAGGGCUGUUUCCCUGUACUGUUUCAGACACGUGGUUUCUAUAUUGAUGUAGGUGUUUGCCCGAUACAUUUAUGAACAUUUAUUUUAUGUCUUAGACCUUAUCUCAUACCAAUAACUAACUUAGUUGGUCUCUAAGGUGCUACUGGAAGGAAUUUAUUAUUUAUUUAUUUAUUUAUUUAUUUAUUUUUCUUUCGACUACGGUAGACCAACACGGCUACCUACCUGUAACUAGAAUGAUAUGUGCUUGGGAUGGGUAAGCUUACAGUGCCUGAUCCAGGAUGCCUUCGAAUGCCAGUUGGUGGGCCCUCAAAAGCUAUUGCCCCCAUAUCAUCUGUUUGGCCACUUGUGAGAACAGGAUGGCCUCUUCAGGGCUCCGCUGAUGCUUUUAUGUUCCCCCUUCCAGUGUUUCUGACCGGCAGCGACCGCAUCCCCAUCUACGGCAUGUCGAGCUUGCGCAUCGUAAUCCAGUCCACCUCCAGCGGGGAGCAGUACUUGCCGGUGGCGCAUACCUGCUACAACCUUCUCGACCUCCCCAAGUAUAGCAGCAAAGAAAUCCUGAGCACGAGACUCACUCAAGCCAUCGACCACUAUGAGGGCUUCAGCUUGGCCUGA